UUUCUUCUUUUUUUAUUUUUUUUUAUUUUUGUAUCUAACUUAUGCAACGCUCCGCAGAAAACCAGCAGGGUGCAGACAUGAGCUUUCUGUAAAAUGUUAUCUCUAUCAAAAUCAUCUUUCUGAGAUGGACUUUGUAUGGAAAACUUUCUACCCCGAGACACAAAUCUGAAUGUAUGCUCUCAGAAUAUUCCAGCUAAAUAGUAAUUUCAAAUCUCUGCAAGUUAAACAGAGAAUUGAAGCUCUCUAAAAGGGGAAUUCCAGCUGAGGAAAUCGGGCAUUUAGAGCCCUUCUUGUGCACGGAUAGAGGAGGAAAAAAGUGGGUGUACACAAGUUGAGCUGUGUGGCUCCACAGUGCUUCAGUUCAGAUGAGCUCACCCAGCCGAUGCGCACAUCGUAGGAGCCGAGCAAUGUGAGAAGAGAGGAGCGCGAAGACGGCGAGCUGCAGCCCUCUAGUCACAGGGAAGAGUGGAUGUUUUUGCCCAAAAGGUUCCCGACUUUGUUCUCCGCGUAGUCCACAGGAAAAGAGAAAAGAGAGAGAGAGAUGGGGAGAGCGUAAAUGACUGUUGGAAAGACUCAAUGGAUUUGUAGGUUGCCUGGAUGGAUGUGAAUCCACUCUUACAUCGAAGACUGGACUGGACGAGAAGAAGCCUACUUUAAACACUUCAUUGUCUUCUUGUCUUUUUUUUUUCUCUCUUCUUCUCUUUCUUUUCUAAAAUGCCAGGAUUUCAUUCAUCAUUUGACUCAAUCCAAUUCAAGCCAGGCUGUUCAUUUGGAAGGACGCCAGAGCUCCAGUCUCUCAAAUCUGCAAGUUCAGUCCAAUAAAUUGUGACAUUGUCUGUCAGCCUUUGGAAUAAGAAAUCGAUACUGAAGAAAAGGGGACGCGAUAUUCUUCCGGAAUUUUAACGAUCUGUUACCCCAGCUAUCCUUAUAAAUAUGCGAUUUUGCCCGGAAUAGCUUGGUUCGGUCCAGCUUCAGGCUUUUUGAAAGCUGGAGCAGCGCUGAUAGUGACUGAUUAUUGCUGUUGAUUUUUUUGUCCAUGCAAGACUCGGGGUGGAAACAUGUCUGGCCACUUCUUUGAGGGGAUCACUGCUAUCAGAGAUGGCAUUUUGGUCCAGCACUUCGGUUUUCACGUCUAAAGUGCCCCGGAAAAUCUUAUUCAUGUUCACCCUCUCCCUCUCUGUCACCUACUUGUUCUACAGCUUGAUGAGCUGCUACAACUCGCUGCAGUUCCCCCUGCAAGAGAACUACGCGUAUCAGGGGAGGCUGGUGACGGAGGAAACAACUUUUGUGACAUUGAGGGAGAAACUUUACUCCGCGUCUCCGGGCUUGAACGAAUUCACCGAGGCCGAGGGGACCACCGCGGCGACCCGCACGAGGGAGCAUGCCGAGGCCGAGCAGAGGACCGUGGAGUGGAUUAGGACUCAGGCGUCUCCGACGAAAUCCGCGGUGGCGGUUUAUCACACCAGCGCGCAGGAGAAGGAGCACCAGGAAUUCAGCACCACGGACAGCGAACUCAGGGUGAACUGCACCAUGGAUUACGGAGAGAAGAAACUUCCCCAAGCCAUCAUCAUCGGGGUGAAGAAAGGGGGGACCCGAGCGCUGCUGGAGGCUCUCAGGGUGCACCCCGACGUCAGAGCCGUGGGGAACGAGCCCCAUUUCUUUGACAGGAACUACGAGAAGGGGCUGGACUGGUACCGGUAAGUUAUUUCAUCGGAUUUGUUUACGCUUUAGUACGUUUUACCAACAAAACCUGUGCUCUCUUCUGCGCCUUUUCAGCCAAAUCAAUCCAUUUAUGGUAAUAUGUGUCCCACCGAUUCAAAUGGAAGUUUGGGAAUACAUUUGCACCAGAAAAAUGAAGGAUAAUAACCAGAUAAUCUAUAAAAUAAGAAAAUAUCUCUGACUACUUUGUUGCCAAAGUUAAAGGAAACUUUUACAGUUAAAGUGCACCUAUUACAGCAGAAUACCAAUCUGCAGCAACAGAGUCUGGGAGAUUUCCUAAUUCUAAGUUGAUUUUCAUUCACUCCAUACAAGCUCAGACUGUAAGAAAAUGCAUGUUAAGAGCUGGAGCAGAGCUAAGCAAUGAUGCAAACGUGACUUGAGUUUAAUAUAACUCUAAUAUGGUCUUUAAACCAAAUGUUUAAACUUCCAGAAAAAACAUGUACUGUAGAUCCAUCAGCUGCACAAUCAUAGUUUACAAUCAACAAGUUAUAAAGUGUGUUUAAAAAUAUUCAAACUAUCUAAUUAAUCACUAUAAUUUGUGUUAUUAUUUAGGAAAAUAAACCACACCAAAGCAGGUCAGCUGUCACAAAUUUCUGCUGUAGCUUGGGCCUCACAGUGAUAGCACAAAACACCCACUAAACAACAUAUAUAUAUUUUAUUUAAAUUCAUCACUAAACCUCAUUUUUAUUCUACCUGUCCAAAUUAAGACACUUUCAUGUGAGUGCAUCAAGCUGCUUCACCUAAAUGGCAAACACACCGUCUAGUAAUUCAUAUAAAGCUGACAGUUUAAGCCAGUUGUAGACAGUCAUUGAUUUGUGCUGAUUCACAUUCACAGCGUUUAUUAGACUACAUAUCAUAAACUUUACGUAACACUGUGGAUAUUUCUCUGUCCUGGCAAUAACUUAGUUUUUUCUAAUCUCAUAGUAUCCAACAACAUGUCAGGACACUGUCAGUUCUGUGUUAAUCAACCUCCUCUGACUGUGUUUUGGUCUGUGCACAUUGAGAUGUUUGACUUUCACUUUGAGUUUAUCAGCCUGAGAGCCACCACCUCCCACCCCACCCCCGUGUUUAUCACGGUCAUGCCUAUAGAAGAAAAAAAAAUCAAUCCGAGGGUUCAUUCAUGGUCAGUUGGUCAUGGUUGUGUUAGGCGCUGUUCUCACAUAAUGAUGUUUGACUCAAGAUUUUUUCUAACUGAGUCAAUGAGCUGAUGAGAAAGCCGCUGACUCAAAGCCCCCUUAUGGUUUCCUCCUGUCGAACCGGGGGUCUGUCACACCCGGUGUUUGGGUGGGUUUUUUUUGGGGAGCAUCUGCUUUCAUCUUUGGUGCAUAGACAUGGGAGCUCUCGGCUGUUCAUUUAGCUUGUGUUAAUGCAAGCUGUUUCAUUACGCUGUCAGUGAAAGGCUCAUUAGACAGGAGGAUGACAUGCUUACAUAAAUAAUAAUAAGUGUGCUCAUGGGUUUCAGGGCCCCUGAGCUGAGCAAAUCCCUGAUGGGGCCUUCAUUUUUAUAUCCGCGGCUGUCCUGUGUGGAGAGCUGCGUUCAGGACGCACACUCAGGCCUCAAUUUGCAACCAUUUGAAAUUAAUUGGUAAAAAAAUAAUCAUAAGUCAAGACGAGACCGGGGUAUAAAAAUCCUUUCAUCCCACGUUUGUUUGAGUGUUUGUUUGUUUCUAAAUGAUGCAUUAUACUGAGCCUCUCUUCCUGCUCGGGCUAAUGUGCCCUUAAUGGAAGUGAAAUUAUGAUCGGUUACAGAUGUUUGCAGUCAUUUGACAUUGGUGGAGUCGUCUGCUAAAAUGUGCGAUUCAUAAAUUCGGGUGUCUGUCUUAGGCAGCACCUGCUUUUGACGGAUGUGGUAGACAAAGUACAGGGGAUGUAACCUGCAGGCAUCAUGUGAGCUUGUAAAUGUUCAAAAAGGCAGCAUUCAUGUUUCCAUAGAUCUGUUAUUUUAUCCGUUACAGUUACACAUUUGUGAUCUUGAGAGGAUAUCUGUGAGGUUUUUCUUGUUUGUUUUACAUCUUUAAGAAGACUCCUGUCCUGCCACUUUAGUUGAUCCUCUGAGGACACUUCCAUUGAGUUUUCAACUGUGAAUUAAAUGGAUUAAUUGGAUUCAUUGAGUUUGGCCUGCAGCCUUUUGUCUCUGCAGUGCUGUGUGGUUCACUAAAGGUCUUAGCCAGCAGGGUUUGUCCAUAUAGUUGAAUCUUUAAACACUGAAUUGUGAAACAUUUUUCCGCCACUUUCUGCAGGAUAUCACCUUCUGCUCUGGACAUGUCGCGUAAAAUACUGCUCCUCCUUGUCCGGGAGCUUUACAGUAAAUUCCCCUUCUUUUGCUUUCACUUUUGCAAAGCAGAGCCAAGGCGUCAUAAAAAAUCCGCUUCCUCCAAGGAUGUUAUCAUUACCCUGUCUGACAUGGCCAAACGCCGGUGACAGUGGUAGAAAGCAGGUUAUAUACGUGUUCCCUUUUUUGUAGGCAACAGCAAACGCCCACUCUCAUCCGGCAGUGACUGUGUGUGUGAGGAGGUAAAACAAGUGACAGGCUCUUGCUCUAGUGAAUAAAAGCAGAGACUUGCAAGUUCAUAGAGUCAGAGGGUUAUUUUUAAGGGAGCCUUUUUAAAUUACUGUACUUAAUCAAGUCUAAAGUAAGAAGACAAUAAAAAAGAAACCAAAAGAGACGAUUAUCUGAAGCUUUUAUUGGCAGUGUUUGAAUGUGAUUUGGUCUAAACUUUGUACCUUUUAGAAGUACGCAUGAAAAGAAAAAAAGAAAGAGAGGUUUUAUUGUAAGUUUUCUUGGAUAUUGCCUUAAAAUUUGCACAUCAGCACUUGUUGCAAAUGAUUUUCCAUUAUUUUACUUUUUGGGAAAAAUUGACCUCCUGCAACUUUUCCUCACAGAAUCAUCACAUUUUGAUUUAUUUUUGUGAACUAUUUUAAUAUACAGAAAACAAGACAACAUAUCAGACAUGGUCAGAUACAAUCACAAGGAAAGCCUGCGUGACACAUGAAAGGAACAAGGGAGGAGAUCAAAUCAGUCAGAUAGUGCCAGAGGUCUGAUAAUAAAGUAGAACAUCAAAAACACAUAAAUACACAGAGCUGUACAAACAGAGCGAAAACAACCAAAAAGUAACAGUUUAAAAAAAGAAAAGAAAAGAAAACAGCCCUCUAAGUUACAGCAUCACUAAAACAAAUCAGUUGUUUAUUCCCAACUGUUCCUAUUACUUUCAACAAAUUAAAGCUCCUGUAGGGAAUUUUUGGCUGCUCAUGAAACAAACUUAAAUUGGGUGGAAAUUCAUUCUUAAUCUACAAAAAGCAAAUACAACCAUCAUCAACAACACUGAGAAUCUCUGUUGCGAUUUUUAGAGGAUUUCUAUGAUAAUUUUAAAUGCAUGGCAUCACUACCACUGUAUCAUUAAACAACAAAAAAGAAGAGGACCCCAACACUACAGCCUUGCAAAAAUUUAAAAUUUGUGAGACAUUUUUGACUGAUAAUAAGAAAGCAGAGUGAGAUUGAUCAUAAAUAAACACAAUAUAUAUAUUAUAUAUAAUUGUAUAUAAAGUAAAGGAUAAGUGAACCAGAAGUUCUUCACUCUGCUUUAAAGCUCCUGUGAGAAGUUUUUGGUUGGUUAUGAAACAGACUGAUAUCAAAGGUAAUGUCUCGGUGUGGUUUACUAAAGCAAACGAGACAAACAGCAACAACGCUAAAUAAUUUUAUAGCAAUUUAAAGGACCUUGUUUUAAAACAUUGAUUCACUAAGUGAUCCAGAAAGUUUAAUGUAGAAAAACAGUGCUUACAUAUGUACAGGAGAAGCUUGGCAAAGAUAUGAGAGGUGUCGUUUUUUUAACCAAAAAGCUCCUCAUCAAUCAAUCAAUCAAUCAAAUUUUAUUCAUCUGUAAUCCAAAGACGCUUUUCAAAGAAAAAGAACAGGUCUAGACCAUGCUGAUGGGGGCUGAAGACUACAAAUGACCGAUUACUGGCACCACCACCAGCUGAAACUAAAGCUGACAGUCGAUGUACCCGCCAGAUGUUAGAGCUAAAUAAAAAUGAAGCUCUUUGUUCUUUUUUGUGAACAUGCUCUAUAGGGUUGUUUUGAAAUUUCUGAAUUUAACUUUAAAGUUUUUCACACAUCUGAUUGUAGCCUCACAAGGAUUAAGACCCUUUUUUUCUAUGGAAAGAGAGCUGCAUAAAUCCAGCACACAUCUCAAAUUCACAUCAGGAUCCAAAGUUUAUUGAGCGUCUGUUCUGAGCCUCCUCAGACAGGCCCAGAUUGGUGAUUGGUGCUGCUUGCCUGUUUUUCAGCGCUCUUGGACGGUUCCUGCAGUGUGUUUUGGGCUUCCUUGAACAAGCAAUUAGCAGUGUAGUGCCAUCAUUAGCGUACACAGAGGAAUUGGAACAGCCAAUUGGCGCUUCUAAUGUUGUCUCUAUUUUCUGGGUAAAGAGGAUGAGCCACCGCCACAAGGAUUUAACUUAUGUGUUCUCCUGAGUCCGCCUCAACCUGGUGUCUACAUCUGUCCUGGGAUCAGGAACAUUUGAUGCAUAAUGACCAAAACAGCAAAUGUUACUCCAGCUCUUUGCUAGCAUUUGAGGAAAGAUAAUGUGUCUCAUAAAUUCUGCUAAAAGAAACUGGUUAUCCUUCAUAUAUGAAGAUUUCUUGGUUCAGGGGCGGCCUAAUUAGAGCUUAUUAAUGGGGUUUUGUGCUUGGCUGUUGUGGCAAUUAUGCAAAAUUGGAACAAAUGGUCUUUACAUCAGAGUUUAAAUGAUGUUUUAAAGCAGGAACAUUAAACAUUGAAAAUAAAUCGCUGUUUGACAAGCUAUCAUGUAUAAGUAAUCACCAGAAAACGAGAAAACAGAGCAUAAUUUCAUCAAAAAUAAAUCAUAUUGGUCUGGGUCGACGGAUAAGUUAUUUUCUGAUGUAGAAAUGCUUCAGCUAUCACACUACAAAAUGAGAAAAAUGCAUUUUCCAGGCACUUCAACAUUUUGAGUCAUUUGGCAGAUUAACACAGGCAGUUUCAGCCCACCACGCUGUUAAAACACCAUUGUGAAUAGUGUCAGAUUGUCCGUUUUUAGAUUAAUUCCACUUGAAAAGCACGUGUGACCAGAUCAAAUAAUACAGCGGGAGGCGUGAGGUUUCUCAUCUAGUGAGACUCAAUGGAUCUCUGCUCCGCAUUGAUGUGUGAACCGGACAGUCAGCAGAGUGGGAGCAGUUCUAUCAGUCUUUUUCACAGGGAGGAAGAGUGUUUUUCAUCCGCACUGAAAGAGUCUGGGAAGGAGAUAAUGGUUUGAGGAAUAUGCUGAGCGAUAAUCAAAUUAAGGUGCCAAUGUGAAGGCAUGAAGGUGUUUGUGCACGCCCCCUGUAACCUCUGAGAAAAGAUCAGUUGCGAUGGAAAUGUUAUGUUAUUCUAUACGUGUUUGUACUCUCACCUUUGACUUUAGUCAUGAUGUGUUUAUGUGCUUGCCAGUUGCCCUAAGCUCAGCAGAAAAAAUCCAUAAAGGAGUCAGAGAUACAGCUACAUCCAGUCUUAAGCAAAGACGCACAGAUCUGUGCAAAGUCCAUGUGAAAUACAUCAAAAAUCAAUGUAGCUUUGAAACACUGAUCUUAAAAUUUGCAGAAGCUCCGUCUUUGUGCCUUUUUCUGUCUCUUGAGUGUGUCUGCUGUAUCAUACAUACCCUGAUUUAAGAAAUCCACCAAGAAGAAAGUCUCCUUUAUGAACAAAGCUGGGAGAAAUCUCAGCUAAAGCAUGCAAAAUGUGCAACAAUUAUAUUAGAGAGAAGAAAAGCAGAAUAUUAGUUUGAAAUCAAUGUUACAUUCGUCUGCGUUAGAUGACAUUGUGGUCCGUGAAGCUUAAAAACAGAUGAAAUAAAAUGAGAGAGCUAGAUCACGCCCUUAGCAUCAAUAUAUCACAUUAUGUGCUUGAAGCCUUACACUCAGUAUAAACAGGGAAAUGUCUGUAAAUUUAAUCUGAACGUCUGAGCAGACCUAUGAAUAGAUUCAUACUCAUGUCCAAUCUAAUAUCAUUUUUCAAGAGCUGUAAAUUUUCCCAUAAAGCCUCUCUGUAUAAGGCUUUACAGGAUAUAAAAUCAAUUUACUGUCCUUAAAAAAAAAGUCACAAUCAGACCGUAAAAGGCAGAGUAAGGGCAACCCGAAAAAAGACGCUCCAGUGAUGUAACAUGAGUGUAGAUGCUGCAUUCAAAAGCAGGAGUAUCUGAUUAGUGUCAGUGAACGCACCACAGCUGAAACACUGAGUCUCACCACGGACUCUGUGGGUUUGACCCGGUGUUAAAGGAUUUAUUGCCAAGCUCACCUGUUUAUGAGGUGAGGACAUCAUUUAUCAAACUCAUAGCCCCACAGUCGGCUCUUGGCAGCACUAAAUUAAAAGGAUAUUUUAAGGAGAAAAAGACAAAGCAGCAGCAGGUCGGAAUCUAAACAACUUUGCUUUGGAGAAGUUUCAUGUCUUACCUUCCUCUUCUGAAACCUCCAAGCUUUAAAAGUGACGUAAAAUCUAAUCAUGACAUGAAGACAGUCAACUGCAACUUGAAUAUCUGCAAUCAAGUCGGAGAAGUCUGCCAAGAUUGACUGUGCAUUGUGCAUUCUGCGCAUCCCUGUUUCAUCCGGUCGGUAUUAAUUCUGGAGAUAAAUCAGCAAACGGCGAACAGGAACCAAAGUUCUGCAGAGGUUUGCAAGCUCUAAUAUCUCUGUGUUAUUAAAAUGACAUCUUAACCCCUUUGCAAUAAAAGCUGAGAGGAUGUUCCAAUAAAUCUUUGGAGUGAUGUUCUUAUCCUCUCAGGCCUGCAUCCCUGUGCUGAGAAACGAGUCGGCGUUUGCUCCCAGCUCUGAUUAGUCCCAGCAGACAUUGUUUUGAUCCCCGCGUACGCCGAGACUCCUUUUUUUAUAUAUUUAUAUAUAUUGUGCGGUUGGAUUUUUCGAGUCAUCUUUUUUUAAUGCUUUGUAAGACGUAGCCUAAUAAAAGAAAGUCAAAAAGAGUCUUUCCAUUUCCAAGGACGUCUCUCUUUGUGUGGGUUGUAAUGCGCUCUAAUCAAUAGAUCCUACGCAGCUGCAAAACUUUUACUUUAGCCAAGGGCACCACAUUCACUCCUCACCUUAUCUCAAAAAUGGAUCCUUUCUGUUGCACCAUAUUUUGAAGAAUUCACACCUUCUUUUUGUGAAAUAUUAAAGUCUAUUCAUAGAGGCAGUGUCAGUGUAUCAUCUGAUUCAGCUGCUUGGGGACUUCAGAGGAACAGCGUGUACUUGGAGCGCAGGCUUUUUGUGUACCUUCAACCUCCGGUCGUAAGACAGGGCCGCAAGGAGGUGUGUAAUGUAGACAUGGAUCCACUGCAGAGCCCAGCAGCACAAAGUCUAAAUCCAGCGUUUAUCCCUUGUUUAGCCCUGCUUUCCCUCUCUCAGCUGCUCCACGAGCAGCUUAGCCCCUGACUCAUGCCACCUGACUGGGAGCCUGUGACUCCACUCAGUGGGGAGAUUGUGGAAAAAAAAAAGAGCAAGGUGGGCCAGAUCCAGGAGUAGGCCGGAUGCCAUCCCUUCCAGCUGGGGCCUGUGCGCUGCUGCAGUGGCUCCCUGUCCUGCGCCUUCCCGACGUGGCAGAAUCUGCCGACGCCUGAUAAGACGAAGCCAAGACUCACAAGGACGCACCUCUGAGUGCUCUGAUGCCAGUGCUGCAGUUGUGGAAUUAAACUUUUUAAUUAGCAGCAUACCCCUGUGCAGCGGAGAGAGUGGACCGCUUCAAUACAGACUCUUAUUCCACGCUGUCUUUCUACUUGAUUAAACUCCCAAGCAUGUUGGAGCUCUGAGGUUCGAGCUACCACAGGAGCAAUCAUGUUUGUUUUCUUGUUUGAGCAUCUCUUUGGAUGCAGUAUAGCAUGGGGAAAUUACUCGUUAUGUCCUUCAGCUACAGGGGCAGCCUAUUUUCUCCUGCUCCUCCUCACACACACAAGACCAAUCAGAUCAAUGUGAUGAAGAAGAAGCAUUUGGUACAUACGUGUUCAACCAUCAAUUCGCUGGAGAUGUCUUCUCCGGGAGGUGAGUUUGGCUCAUAAAUAGAUGCUUCUCAGCCAUCAUUGAAUAUGAAACUGAUUGGGAGCAUAAUAGUGGAAUAACAGACAGUAACUCAGCUCUUGAAGUAGGCUUUGUACAUUAUUAUAGUGGUAUAUAAGAGGAAGUGCAUCCAUAUCUUUAUGUGCGGGGACAGAUCUGGUGAUUUAGCUCAGACAGUUAUUGAAAAGUUCUUUCAAUAAAAUUUUCUUUCUUUCUUUCUAAAAUUUAUAGUGACGCUUUUUUUAAAAUUACAAACAGAAACAAAUGAGACCAUUAGCAAUAAGACUGAUGACUUUUAAAUUGUGAAUUUCAAUGUCUCAAACUGGUGUGAGGGGGUCAGUGUCAGCCGAGCAGCUGGAGAAAUAACUUUUUUUUUUGUAACGUUUAGAAAAAAUACAACGAAUGAUACAUUAGACUGUCAAAAGUCAGCAGGAUGAGUUUAUAUUUGUCAGAUGACACUUUGUAGGCAUUGAAUCAUUUGUCCACAGGGGGCGCCAGAAUUAACACAAACUGAAAGCUCUUAAAAGAAGCUUUAAUAUGAUCCUAUAUUUGACGUCUGAGUAAUUUAACUACCCCUAUCUCUAUAAAAAUGGCUGUUAUGUGUCAAGUAGUAUCUUCAAAUGUCUCUGUAACCUGGUUUCAAUUUUAAAAAAUCACCGAGCUAAGAUAGCCGGCCACACCCUGCAGCUAGUAAGCUAACCUGUUCAAAGCUGUUACCUACCUUUGUCCCACUAUAUCCACCUUCCAGCACCCUUAAAGCAUGGAGGACUUCUCUGGUCAUGUUUCAGACUGAAGCAGGUUUUUAUAUGAUAUAUUUGUGUUUUCUGGAUUUGCAUCAUUAUCAUAUUUAGAGAGUAUUUGCUGUUUAUAUGAGGCAUAUUCUAUUAUUAACAGCUCGUGUUUGUUUUCUGAUCAUUUGUGAUUAGACUUCACGCAAAGUUCAUGUUGUCUGUCUGCAAUAAGUGAAAUUUACAAGAAAUUUAAAUGUACAUUUUCAGUCCAAGGUUUAUAGACGUGUUAAUUAUGACAACUCUGAGACUGUUGUUUAUACUGUCAUUGAAUAUGUUCCCUAAUUUUGUUCCCAAAUACAAACCAGGCAGCAUGUAAACAAGUCUUCAGUGAGGCAGUUUCUGUAUACUGUCAGAGCCUGGGUUGCACUGAAGCACUUUACCAGUUUGAUAUCACUUUCUGCUUGAUGAACCAUCACAGAUUUCCUAAAACUCAUCAUCUUGUACCGAGCUGAUGAAUCUCAGGUGAAAUGCCCUUUUCGUAAUGCACAAAUUCAAUUUGAAUUUCAACAAGUGGAAGCACAAAGCUUGAACUAUUUCAGCAGAGCUAAUUAGUACAACCAUUAAAGUGCUAUUCUGCAGGUUUCAUAUUGUCUGCUAAUGAUAUGGUGGAUCAACAGUAUAAAGUACAGAGCACUGUGCUGAAUUACCUCGUUUUUUUUUUUUUUUCCUCCUUUCAGUAGAGUUUUGUUUUGUCUGAAUGGAGGCUUCUUUUUUCAUUCCAUUCCAGCAAUACAGAUUGGUCUGAUCUUAUUCUAGCCACUUCUAUUGUAACGUGAGAAUUAUGGAAGCAGUAAUACCACUCCAUCCUUUUAGCAUAUGGAGAGAGAGAGAAAAAACUCGAGCAGUUAAUGGGUAUAGCCAAUUUCAUCCUGCCGUCGGUCCUGCUCAGAAUUCAUGUGCGUUCCUCCUCUCCCUCACACACACAUCUAUCUCUUUCUCUUGCCCUGCUGUAGCUACACUCCGAUGCUUUCAAGUGGAAGUCUAUUUUACUUAUGGUUAGAAUUUAAUUCUCCAUUUUUUUUCCCUUCUUUCCAUCGCUAUGAAGUGGCCUCAGGUUAUGGUUCACCAUCAACUCUCAUAUCCACUUUAUUUUUGUGUCCAUCAAAAGAGCCUGAUAAAAUUCAGGACAGUCUUCUCCUGCAUUUUUGACAGAGUAGAGGGGAGGACUUGGGCUUGUGUUUUUGUUCCAUGACAUGGCCAGAUUGUCUGAAAAUGAAAGACAUUGUUUCGGCUGUUAAAUUAUUUAUUUUGGCCCCAAAAUAAAGUAUAAGCUGAAGUCAUUUUAUGCUCAAGGGGAUUCAUCUCUCCCAAAAGAUUAUUUGCAUGCAACAGAAUUUCCAUGAUGUGCUUUUAGUCUGGAGGAACAAUGAUUCUGUUUCAGCACAGCGCUGCUUUACAGGCAUCUUUAAAUCUCUGCAAAUAAGACUACCUAGGGACAAACACGCAUGUCAAUCAUACUUGUCAAGAUUCCAAUUUUCCUUCCACAUCUCCUGGAGCACUUGCGCCGCUCGUGCUCCUUAUUGGCUGCGAGGGAUGUGGUCCCGUGACACAAGCUGAUGCAUUUGUUCAGUCAAAGGGGAAACCCUGACAGGAAUGGUCAUGAAGCCAAGAUACAGGGACUGCUGGGAGUAUGUUUCAAUGUGUGUCCGUGAGCUGAUAGGUGCCUGUGGUGCUUUUAUGCUGAGGGGAGGGGGAAUGAAAAUAUUUGCCAUUCCCAAAAGUAUAGGCAGCAUUAUCUUGUGACCAUUAUGCAGGAGGACAUAGCAGAAAUAUGCAGCUUGUGGCUUUUUUCCCCAUCAAGAAACCUUGGCUAUUUUGUGUUACUGCAUAAAUUAGCAUCUAGCGCUGGCUGAUACGCACAGCUGCCACUUCAGCCAUUUUUUUUUUUUUUAACAUGGAAAAGUUAGCAUCUUUGCUCCUCACAGCAUCUAGACUUCUGUAACAAGCUGACAGACUUAAUUCAAUUACAGCUUUGUGAUGUGCUGAGACUCCGGAGGUGCGGGCUAAUUCCUCUGUUUACACCCCUGAGUCACUGUCACAAACAAAGACAAACACAUUCAUUGGCUUCCAGGAUUGUGUUUGCUGUGAUUGUCCCAUCGCCUUUGAAGUUUCUCAUCGCUUUAUGUUGUUUACUUAUUCAUGCUCUUUCUUUCCCUCAAAUCACCAUGGGGUAUUCCGUUGGAAUAAUUUUAGCACAGUGUGAAACCAUGUUUAUAAGCCCGGUAUUAGAUCUGUAAACUGCACUCAACACACCUCUUACAUAGUGCACAGACAGCCAGAGUGGCGCUUUGAGUGGAAAUCAUAACCAGUGAAAUCCUGAUUUUGUAACUUCCUGCUGGAGCAUAUCACUGACUUCGCGUUUUGGAAGUCAUUAACACACGCUGUGGUACACUAAACUCCCCCAAGACUUUGAUUAAGCCAGUGAAAUUCAAAAGGACACUUUCAGGGAUUAUGCUAAUUGCUAACUGUUAUAUCAAGAGGUGAUUGUUUUCCCUGGAUGAUUUGGAUUAUUUGCGUUAGGGAUUUAGAGGGGAAGAGCGGAUGUGUUGUGACUGUCUAAUAGGGUUGGUACCUGCUGUCAGCCAUGAGUCCAAGUCAUGGAUUGUGAAGUCGCUGGUAUGUGUGAUUUAUUGUCCUCAGUUAUACAUAAAGCAACCAUUCACAAUCAAAGAAGCAAUGACAUGUGACUCAGUGGGAUAGGAAAUGUAAAGAUUGCUAAUAAUAGCGUCUUAAGUGCUGCCCUGGGGUGAAUGUGGCCUGAAUGCUUAAGUUAGCAACGUUCUGACGUUAGCCAAAGGGUUGUCAAAUUCAUUUUUUCAUUUGAAAUGUGGUUCAAUAUUUCUGGAUUCCCACUGCUGUCCUCAAUGUGACGUCACAAGAAAAUAGCUGUCGAGGAAAUUAGGUCUUUAUAGCCGGCUCUUCACAGCCUUAAACAUUUGAAAAUAAAAUGAGACAAAUACCACUGGAGUUUUUUUAAGAGAGUAACUUCUCAUGGAAGGAUAUUAUAAAAAGAAAAUAACACUAUUACGCUUACACGCCGACAUUUUCUGUACAUUGCAUACUGCUCCCACUGAGCAUUUUUUGGUCUAAAAGAGGUCUAAUAGAUGUCUAAAUGUAGCCUAGACAACUGGUCCAAAAUCAGGCUACCACAGGUCUAAAAAUGAAAGUUUUUUAGACUUCUAAAUUUAGACCAAGUUUAGACUAAAUCUAAAUCCGGGCUAUAUCUAUACUACACUGUAUAUAUAUAUUUAUAUGCUCAACAUCUUUCGUAAUUAUUUUGGUUAAGUACCUGGAGAUCAGUUAUGCAACUCACAGUUUAUGUCUAUUGCUCAGUGGGCUUCAUACCUCGCCAUUAAAGGGCUGUCCACAUAAUCUGAUGAUUCAAAAACUCGAAGAAAGUUUGAGACAAAAGACAUAAAACCCAUGUUCUACCGCCUGAAAGUGCAAAUAUUCAUAUGUUGCUAUUUUUAAGAGCCCGUCCAUGUUUUAAAUGAAAAUAUUUGGCAUGAUGAGCUGGUGCAAGUAGUGACUCUGGCAAGGAAGAAGAGAUGUGUGUGUGCACACUUGCACUGUGCAACACAAUGCUUCAAUAAUGCAACAUUUUGACACCUGGGUCCUUGCCUGAGCUAAAACGCUGUAUUAUUAAAGCUUCGUGUGGCUUGGAGUUAAGUGUGUUGCUUGUCGUCUUUGCUGCUGCUUUUUUUUUUUUUUUUUUUAUUGCCUUGCACCUGCCCUAUGUCUAUUUUUCCACCGGAACACAUUUAGAUAGACGUCUGUAGACAUCACAGAAAAAAAAACAAACAAAAAAAAAUACUGGUUCAAAGUGAGCAUCUAUGUUUAUUUCCUAUUAUGCCAAGAAAUGCAUGAUCACACAUUUAUAAGGACUUCUAAGCUACAUCUUAUAUGCAUGAUGACUCAAAUGAUUGUGAAAAAAAUACAAGGCAUCUCAAUUACUACUAAAAAGCAUACCUGCACAUGUACCUGGGUUUGAAGGUUAAUAGGAUCAACAUUUGGCUUUUAUAUAAAACCAUUACUCAUAUAGUUUUUAGGACUGUCAAAUAAUAAAACCUUACUGGGAAGAGACCCGCAAACAUUAAAAAUAUAUUUAAUGUGAACAUUCCACUAAAAUGUGAGACUAUGUUCUUGGGCAACAUAAUGUUUGAAACAUGGACUAAAAAAGACAAAAAACUGCUGACCAUAUUGUUGGCAGUUAGCAAGAAAUGUGUCACUAGGAAAUGGUUAAAAGUGGAACCUCCCACCAUUGACGAAUGAAUUGAAAUUGUGUAUGAAAUUUAUGUAAUGGAGAAGAUCUCUUUUUCCUUCAAAGUUGAAAAAGAAAAUUUUUAUAGGAUCUGGUCCAAACGGACUGAGUAUGUAAAACCAAUCAGAUCAGAUUUUAUUUGACCAUACUUAUGCUUUGUGUGACCCUACCCUCUUUUAUUUCAUAUUUUUUGUAUACGGUACAUUGAUUACAUGUAGGGAUGCAUUCCCCGGUUAUGUUGUUGUUGUUUUUUUGUUGUUGUUGUUUUUAUGUUAUUGCUUCCACCUGAAACGGUUUUGGUCUGUGGAAGAAAGCUUCAGAAGGGCAGUUUGUACAAUAUCAUUAUAUCCUUGAGAAAUGGAAGUACGGUAUGUGUGAAGUGUUGUAUGUGAUGGAGAUCUGCCUAUCUCAAUAAAAAGAGAAUUUCAAAAAAAAAAAAAAAACAUUGCUGUUUAAAUUUAGCAUAGAACUAAUUCAGCCUUGAAUUUCUAGCCUCACUGACUCUUUUAAGUUCCUUUUUGUGGUUUCUAUCAAGAUAAGGACAGUGGAUGAAGUGUGUAAAGGAUUAUAAGGGCUGCAGGUUGGAAUCACUCCCUGGUUGGCCGUCUUUGAGGACUGCAGCCUUUGAGGUGUUGGAUUUCACCAAACUGGUGCUCCAUUACUUAACUUUUAAACAGAUAUUCUGUCUUUUAUGACAGCUCAGAAGAAAAAAAAAUCACUUGAAGCAUCAUGUUUCUUUACACAAACAUUGUUGUUGUGUUGCUAUCAGCCCUUUAAUCCAGUGUGUCUCUGUUACUACCACAAGCCUUUUGCCAAAGCCAUGACGUUAAAGUCCUAAACACAGACAGAGGACCUGUAACAUUAGUCUUAUUUGAAGGGACUCUGAGUGUUAAUAAGCUCAUGCCACACUUCUGUAGCUAUCAUCAAUGGACAACAACAGUCACUGCCCUUGAAAAAUGACCAGCAUCAGCAGGUUAGUAUCUGUAGCCCACUGUUAGUGCCCCUCUGCUCUCCCUGUUAAAAUGUGAAAAAUGCCUUGACGCCCUUUUUUAGCUUUUGCUGUAAGCAAAGACUUCAUCACCGUAAAAUAUAAAAUCCCGAGCCAAAAUCCAGUGUGUUUUUAUUUGAGGAGACUGUCAGGGACAAAAGUGUAAAAACAGAGCUGUCUGCUCUCAGGCUGCUGCAGGAUUAAGAUCCUUGACUUCUUCUCUCUGCUUCUUUUUUUUCAUAAAGAAGUUCAUGUGAACUGCACUGACUAAGUCGCUGCAUGCAUUUUAAGUACGCCCAUGGCGAAUCUCCAGAUAGUCGCUUUCUACUCUGAUCGACCUCUGGUUUGUCUCAUGUCUACAAGAAAGGGAGAGGCAGAAUCCUAAGUAUGAAUUGAUUUUUGAGAGAGCAUACAUUUGCUUUUAAACACCUGCAGAACACAGUGGGGGCUGUGCAGUGCAGCAAACAGGCCCUCUUAAUUGAUUUGAGUAAUGAACAAGGACACGCGCUCUGUCUUGCGGCUCAAGGUUACUGUGCCAUCACAGCCCUGCGCUCUCUUGUCCUCUGGUCUUUAUAAAAAAGGACAGACUUACCAUGAAAGUGUAUCUGGGCUGAGGUGAGAAGGUAGCUGCUGUGACUAAUGGGUUUAUUUAAUUCAAUUUAUGGCUCAGCCGCAGCAUCAUAUGAGACAUGCUGGUCACUGGAAGAUUGAGGUUUCUUCACGAAAGAAAGGGAGAUUAACCCUCGUUUUAAAAGGGCAGAGUACACUCUCAUGUCAUGCUGGAUUUCUGUGCCAAGAUAGCAGGAUGUAGCAAUCCGCAGAACCAAAUGAAUAUAGGUUUGUGGCAAAAUUUAAGCUUAUUUCAUAGGAGCCUUUCUAAUCAGUGUCUUGCCGGGGCUGCGCACUCUGUCAUAAAUGAACACUUUGCCAUCACGUCCACUGUUGUAUGCAGAAGAGACGUGUUUUAAGGGCAUGUUUGUCCAAGCAGAUGUUUAGCAUUCACUGCUAUCUCCUCCAUCUCUUGAGUAUUUCUAUGGAUUAAAGAUGGCAUUCUGUUUUUUUCACCCUUAGCGUACUGCAAUAAUUAAUAAUCCUUAAUACUAUUAUGCUGGCUACAUGUCAGACCGUAUCUGCCUCUUAACACAUUGUCUCCAAUUAACAUUUCCUAAAUUUCUGAUACCAUCUCCAGAAUACAAAUGAAGCAGCUGCUGCCGGCUCUGCAUUGUCUGAGCUCUGAGCCAGUUGCUUUCUCUUAAAUUUGAUUUGUCGAACACCUCCUUUUUUACAGGCAUAAACAGGCACCCGACACUCUGCGCAUUGGGUAAACUCAACAAAGGCUUGUGGGUUGAGAAAAUUAAUGUGCCAUGGUAAUUAGUUAAGCAAUGCCAGAGGAGGGAAUUUCACACCUUGAGUUUAAUAAUAUAGAGGGUAAUUUGUCUUGGUUGUAAUGUGCGUAUGUUAUUUCAAGGGCUUUGGUGUUGAAUUGUCACAUUUUGAACAGAUGGAUCGUCAAACACUGGUACUAUUAAAGCAAAGAGACAUCAUUCAUUUGUGUCAUACAAGCCUGCGCGCGGUACGUGUGGAUUCCUCAUGCAUAGCUUGGCCAUGAUUGUUAACUUUAGGAUGUUUGGAAGGUUUUUUUUUUACAAUCUGACGUCAAUGGAUCGGCAUGAUGCUGUAACCUAUCUUAGCAUUACCCCCAAACAACCAAAUGUACGAAACUACACCAUUAAAAGCAGCUCCACAGGGUGUUUACCGCACCACUGAGGAAUCAUUAGCUACUUCGCUGUUAAGGCUCCAGAGCACCGCUUCCUCAUGUCCUGCCAGCUAGCUGAUUGCAGGUAAUUGCCUUCACCUGGUGUCCCAGGUGUGCAUCACUUCCUGAUUACAUGUUCAGAGUGAAAACUAGCAGGCAUCUAGGUCCAGAGGGCUUAGAUUGAGAACUACUAUCUUAAACACUCAUCUACUUUCAAACCAAUUUUGUCUAAUUGCUCUCCAGCCAAAUCAGUAAGUGUUUUCUUUAAAGAAAACAUUACUUUGUGUUAUAUUUCUUCACGGAGGCAGUCAGAUCAGUGUCAAUAAAGAAAGGAAAAAAAAAAUUCUGAUAUUAUAAAUCUUUUGUGCUUGCUUUUCUUUAGUCCACAGAGGAAUGUCUGCAGAGGCGUGGUGGCAAAUUAUUCACAGUAAUAAUGAGACAGUGGGUUGCGCCGGCACUUCAACAUCCAAGAGGCCAUGCCCCCUGCCCUGAAUAAGUGCUUACCCACAGAGUCAGACAUGGCUCUUUUUCUCCAUGACUUCAUUGCUUUUUGUUUCCGCAGUCAUUUUUUCCUGACGUGAAAGCUGAAAUCUGAAAAGCGCAACGCUGUCCUCGCAAGUUCUGUCAAUUUUUUCCAAGUGUGAGGAGGGAUCAUGUGGUGAAAAUUAAGGUAAUCGUUCAGACCCCUGUUGUUGAAAACAAUUACAAAAAAAAAAGAAUGUCAGGUCUUUGAGCUUAGAGCAUAAAAAACAGGGAAAGAUCUCAGACCACCAACUACAACACGAUACACGGUAGAAUAGCUGAACCUAGAGAAAGUCAGAGAAACAUGAAGAACCAUCACGGAGAUGAAGUGAGUGGUAUAUAAACAUGACAUAGAUGAAACGUAUAUUAUAUUGAUAUUAUACAACACAAUUAAAUAUCCUUGGGCGUGGGAGGUUUUAAUAUAUGAUAAUAAAUGGCAUGGUGGAGGAUGAUUGACCUUUAUUCCUUCACUACUCCUCAGAAAUCAUGUUUCGAUAUAAUUUAGGGUCAAAUGUAAAACAUAUAAAUUCUUACGCCAAAUGUGAGCCUCCCAGUGCAGCGUUUUAAUCUUGUGCAAAACAAGAUCAAUAGACAGUUAUAAACUUGUUAUAACCUCCACAUGUGAAAGAGACCACCAGCAUAUGAUUGAUUGAUUCGACUUUUUAAUGCAAUGUAACAUUGCUGCUGUGUGGGCGCUAGAAGAGGCCAUUAGCGGCACCUUGUUAAAUGGACUUUGUCUACAUUUUAACAGCACAAUUUAAUCUUGAGAGAUUUGUAUGUCUGAAAACAGCAGGAUGAUAUUUUCUUGUAUGUCAGAGGAAAUUCAACAGAGAUUUAAGAAGUCCACAGGGGGGCACUAAAAUCAGUACAAAGCUGUUACCUUAGCUUUUAAUACUACGUUUACACAUGCCUAGCUAUUUUCAUAAACAGACAUUUCACCCUCGCCAUUUACAAAAAAAAAAAAAAAUGCAUGCACACCACGACAUUUUCAGUAAAGUUUUCAUUUAUACUAACCCGUAGGUGGCAGUGUACAGAGAAGCUUAAGCCUAUGUUAGCCAAUCAGAAUCAAGCAUAGCACUCAGUCAUCUCUGCUCCUCCACAUGGUACAGCACUUGCAUUUGCAAGUACAAACAAAUACAAAAGGAUUGCACCAGCAAAAAUGCGAUUGCUAUUUUGCAUGCAUUAAUGAUUACCAUAGAUUGUUAACAACGUCGCAUUUAACCCAGUUUCCAGCGCACAAUCUGCUGUCGGCUACCCAAAUCUCAGUUUUUCUCUGUUUACAUGCAAACACGCAAACAGAGUUUUCCAAAAUUUCCACUCUGGCCGGAGUUUUUAAAAAGCAUUGUUUUCAGGGGGAAAUUCUCAGUUUGCGUCUAAACAAAGGGUGCAAAUGAUGGUUGAUGUCUCAGUUUUUGAAAAUAAUUGGGUAUGUAUAAACGGGUCCUGAGUAAAACACAGAAUAAGUAAUUUUACAUUUCCCCCGCAGAGUUUAUAUGCACAAUGAAUCAUCAUUUCAUAAUCUGUAGAACAUGCACAACGAUGACAUCCCAACUCCAAUGAUCCAAAACAAUCAGAAAACGCUUUAAGCACACAUGCUGUGCAGUUAGUCUUUGCAUACAACAGUUAAGAGAGAAAGGUCUCUUUACAUGUCAGUUACUUUUAUCAUGUCCGUUUAGGAAGUAUGCAAGGUUAGCUGGCAUGAUGGGAAACGACUGCGAUGAAAAUGUGUCUGUUCCUGAGGUAGAUAAAAACGUGGAAAAGCAGAAAGGUUAGGGAUGUGCCUCUUCAGUCCAUCUGAAUAAUCAAACCUUGUCAUCUUAGUUAGUUGGUACCAGGCUCAAAUUGCUGGCCACAUGUUGUGUCCAAGCUGCAGCCCAGUCAUAUGCUAAUAUCCAGGGCUUUAGCUUUGGUUAGUGACUUCUACCAUCAUGUUAUAAUGUAAACAAGCCAUUCUGAAUGCAUGCCAUUUGUUGAUAAAUCUGACUAUGGCCACCUGUAAAACACAAUGCUCUUGGCAACUCUUUGUACCUCUCAGAUCCUCUUGGAAGUCAGCGGUGUUCCCACUCAUGAGUUUCAAGUUGAGCCAUAAUGGUUCACUAUUCCCUGAAAUGUGAUCAUAGUCAGUAUCUCUGAUUUAUUUUGGUACACCAUCUACUUCCAUAGCUCAUCCAUCAAAUGAUAAACAUUUUAAAUUGUCCUCUAGGGUCGACUUUGUCUUUAAUAUGUUUUAAAUAACAUCUUCACGGAUGUCAACAUCUGCCCGCUGAGGCUUGAUUUAGAUAUUUAAAUUACUGUUCUUGAUGUAAAAAUAGCUACAAAAAAAUGCAGCAUUCACUCAACUUAAAUAUACUGAGCACAUAUGAGCUUCACAGAUCAUUGGCACUGUGUGAUCAAAGAAAAGUGUAAAGCCUUGUGCAAACAGUAAGCCUUGACAGAAAGAUCAAGUAGAUGUGAGUGGGAGUCAGGAGACUGUUUGAAAAUGUGGGGGGGCUGCAAUCUUUGGUUCAUUGUUUGCUUAAAGUGACUGAUCUGAGGGAGGGUAAUGGUCAUGGCCAACACUAAGAGUUUGUUUAGAAGUCACACUUUUGUGUUUUUCUUCUUCUGUACAGCAUGUAAAGUAUAACACCUGUAAGGUUGGUGUUUUCUUUUCUUUUCUUUUUUUCUAAUUAGUCAAUACAGUCGUGAUUGAGCCAGUUACUCAACGAUGAAAGCCCUUUCUUUUCCUUUCUUCUGGAUUGAAACAAACAGGGUGUCAUAUCGCCAUCCCAGGAAUAAUCACAAGAGGUGUCCAUCACCCAGCAGUGGUUGGUUCGAUACAGAGAGUAGGCGUAAUCUGAACUGUUUCUGUGCUCCCUGCUGAGUUGGGAGUCAACGGUUACUAUGGCAAAACAAACAAAGAAGAGAAAUCAAUGAGCACAGGUGAAAAAACUUCAAAGCAAAAAUAAGUCGAGAGAACAAGAAAAAUCUAAUGCAGAUACUAUUUGGGCAGAUUGGAGAGAAAAGAAACAUAUUACAAGUGUAAAGUUUUACAAUUGCCACAUUAAAUUAUCACAAAAACGUAAAUGUUUGGCUGUCAAAAGAAUUGUUUGAUACAAGCCAUUACGUACACAUGUGUAUAACAAGAUAAGGUAACAUUGUUUUGUCCACAAAAUUCUUCAAGGAGCUUUAAAUGUGUUGCUAAUAUGUGGCUGAAUGCUACUUUAAGCUAAAUUAAGCUAACGGUUUAUAGUAUUGUUAUUUAUUCCUCUCAGAUGUCCCCUCAGAUUCCCACUUUUCAUAAUUUCUGAGGCAGUUCAAUGAUAGUGACUACCUUUAUGUCUUUUCAUACCCCACGGUGGAUGUAUGAAAGAUAUCGUACCAUUUGAAGUCCCAAACAUGAGAGUAACAUCAGAGUAAAUUGACCACCGUGCGAUUGUGGUGAACUCUCUUUUUUUCUCCCCUGGCCAUCAAAAGAACAGAGAGGUCUCAUGUACCAUGACGCCCGACCUACAACAUUUCACCGUGAACCAUUAGCAGCUCUUGCGGUUUCUGAAACAUGGUGGUGAACUUCCCAUGCCGCCUACAUUUGUAUGACAGGGGCCUCUGGGUGUGAUUUUAGCCUCCUCUUUCCGGUGUAGUGGUUAGUUUGUUUGUUUAUUUUGGAGCACGUUCAGUGCCUAAGCUGGCCUCUUUAUUACCGCAUUCCCUAAUGCCUUGAUUUAAUGCUCUCUCAGAGGUCAGAUAUUGUGCUGGCAGCCACAGACCACUUCCUUCAACACCGCCCCAUUAAUAACAGCAAAUAAAUCAGGGCGCACAGGGUGAAUUUCCUCUCUUGCAUAUUGGAGCUAUUUGGGAGUGCAACAGGGACAUCUUUAUUACAUGGAGGAGAUACUGCCGAGCAUCUGUUUACACCUCAAUCCCACGUCCAAAACGGGCGGUCUAUGUCCAAAUUAAUUAAAGGUACUAUUCCCUGCGGUAUACUUACAUUUGCAUUCCAUUAGGAAACCUCAGGGGGCCGUAAAUUGAUUUGGGGAAGAUUCAUAAGAGCCUGUAAUGUUCACUCACUCUGCAAACUCCUGCAGCCCAUGACUCUUUCCUGGUGGAAAAAAAGAGCUUAAAGGGGCAAUUUCAAAUGAAAAAGUACAACAAAAAUUCACCCCAUUUCAAGAAUGUGCUUUGUAUCUUUCUAUGAACUGAAAUGAUAGUAAACACCUCAUAUGUGGAGCAGCAUUAGCAAAUCAGGGUUUGUAACUAACCUGUUUGAAAUGAAACACAGGAGAAAAUGAGUCACUCUCGAUAAGCAGAGCAUUGCCAGAGAUUUGUGUUUGCAGCACACAGCUUUCUGCAAACACAGAUCAAAUUCGGUUUCAUCAUUAUCAGAAGAAUUAUUAUGAUUUUCAGCAUGUGUUUAUUCCAGUACGGCUGUAUAUCAUCAACUUUUAACAAGCAACUUUGCUUUUUUAAGUGCAAAUGUACCAUCAAACCUGCAUGUGUCUUUAGAGAUUAGACUUUGAAUUACGCCGAUAUAUAUUUAUGAAUAAAUGCAUGAACAUAUACGGGACAGCGCCUCCAUGCUUACACAGUCAUUUAUAUUGUUUAUGUACCAUUAAUCUCCGGCAGCAUUCUUCCCUUCACUUUUCACAUGAAAGCAUAAAUUGCUGUGGGCUACUGUCACGCAACAACAGCUUCUACUGUCCACAGUGUUUGCAGAAAAGCAAGCGUCAUACCCACAGAACUGCUCCCUCAGAGCAAAGGGAUCAGUCUAAAAGAGAGAAAAUAUCUAGGUAUACAUAUGACACCAGGGGUCAUGGUUGGAGGGAUUUCAUUAUACAUAAUUAUGAUUUUGUGGAAAUCUAUUUUGCCUUGAGAAGAAUAUUAAUUUCAGUGUCUUCUCCACUGAAGUAAUCAAAGGCUCUGCAUUAAUUACAUCCCUGAACAAAGGCUUCUUGUUGAUGGCGAUAAACACCAUUAAAGUUGUUGCAGAAACUUAAUGCAAAUAGGAUCCUUGAGAGAUAAUUGUGCCUUAGUGUGUGUUUGUGUGUAGGUGUGUGAGUGUGUGUGUGUGUGUGUGCUGGCAUAAGGACAGUGGGCUCUAUAUGGGAAGUCAAUGAUUCUGUGAUGAAUCACACUCUUCUCAAAGAAAACCAAACAUGUUGGUCUGCCCAACUGAAUAAUCAACAUCAUUAGCCAUUCUAUUUUUUCUCCCCCUGCUAUUAAAAAUGAACAAACCCUCUAUAGCAGCAAAACUUGGCAGCAGGGGCUUCGUCUUGAUUCGUGAGGCAGCCAAUGAAACGUCCUGGCGGGGGCGGGCAUUCUCUCAGAUGUUAAGAUGUAUGAAUUAUGCAGAAAGCAGCUAUUCCAAUAUUUAUCACUAUAUGUGAUAGUCUUUAUUGCAUAGGGGAGCAGGUGUGAUUACAUGGUGUUGCAGAACUUCAACUGUCAAAAAACUGUCCAAUUAUCAGUUUUUUUUUUUCUCUUGUUCAAUCACAGUAAUCUCAUUACAACCCUGCAGUCAGCUUAAGUGGAUGCUAAGAAUACAACUGAGAGAGAACGAGUGAAUGGAUCUUAUGUUUUCACUUCUAUGCAGCUAAAUUAUGCACUGGAGCAUUGUUUAUCCAUCAAACCAGGCCCUGUUCCAGCAAUCCACUCACAAAGAAAUUCAGAAUUAAUUGGCAACACCAAAGUGGAGACAGAGCAAGCAGGCAACUUUUUUUUUUCUGCUCUCCUCUGUCCAUGAUGCAAAUAUUAUCCAGUGUGGGGGUAAAAGGGAGAAGAAAGAGCUUGCCUAUCCUUUAUGUCUCGUCGUCCCCUCUCGGUUCUUGUGCCAGAACUCGGUGGAGUCUUUAACCUCUCCACCCCCGGUUCCCUGCGGCUUUGGCAGGAAUAUCCUGACUAAAACGGAUGCAGUAGUGAGCUGCAAUUGAGGAGCUCAAUGAAGGAUUGUGAAUGAGCGGUGUGGUAAUUGAGGUCUGCUGCAGUUCUCCGUCCUCCCUCUGAUCUGGGGGACAGGAAGGGAAUGGGAGUUGGAGAAAGGGGGGAGGGCACCGGGGCUUACUCAGCAGAAGAACCUAUUUGAAGUGGUGACACACAGCACCCUUUACCUUCUGCUCUUAUAAUAGGUCUUUAAAGAGACUUGCUGAGAUAGAUUGCGUGUGGCUUACCUAUUUUUAAAAGUUACUCUUCAGCUGCGCUAUCAGCAGAGUGCUGUUCAAGCUCUAAGCGCGAGUGUGCGUGCGCGCGCGUGUGUGUGUGUGUUUACCCAUGAGUACUCAACACAGUGACACAUGCUUUCACUUUGGCUAAUAAAUCAUUGAGGGUCUGAUGUGCAUUGAUGGGAAAGCGGUGUCAGUUUUGAUACUUGAUUAGCAUUUCUGUCACUUUGCCUUACGUUUAACAUAACUCCAGCUGUGCGACUCAAUUCACACUGCCCAUGGGCGCCACGAUGACGAGCCAUUGCUCAAAGUGACAGCCUGUCAUAGCAGCAUGUCGAAGCAUGUGUAAUUUUCACGGAAUGUCUGAAACAAAUAAGAUGCGUACUGAGAGGUUAUUUGCAAAGUGUUUAUACGACCAUUAGAUUCUGUUGUUUCAGUGAGUUUAAGUCGCUGCUGUCCAGCCACAGAUACGCUCUGCCAACUUUCAGAACAAACAGACUCCAAAACUGAUUUGUCCUUGUUGUCGUUGGCUUUUCAAAGAUUAAGUGUGUAAUUGUGUGUGUGCGUUAGUUGUGUGUUUUUAACUGGUCUACUCUGAUCUGUUUAGUGUCGCUUGUUGGAUAUACUGCACAACAAAUAAACCCUCAUAAAGAUAAUUCAGACUACCUUUGCCUCUACCUUUUUACUUUAAUGAUCAGCUCAAUCAGUUUCAGGCCAAUUUACUGUCUUGUAAAAAAUAUCAAUGUUUUAUAUUUUCCAUUAAACAAUUAACUACGAGACAUCUUAGAGAUGAUAAUCAUGAGUAAACUCUUGCUUUGAAUUGCUUUGACUUGAUAGCCAGAUGGGUAUCUACCAACACGUCUUUGUCCAUUUAAAGCAUCUGCCUAUAAACAGGAAAUUUUACAGUAAUGUCCAGUACGAACUAAAUCUAUGUUUGAUUUCCUGUUUAUCAUAAUUUCCAGCUGGUUGUGACAGAUUGCUGUCAACCGUGACUGGUACAGCCUUUUUGUUUUUUUUGCGUGUUUCAGUAACGGUGGAUCAAAACUAUCUCAGAUUGUAUUGGGGUUAUUUUUUACCCGUCCACCACACUUUCAGCCCAGCUGGUUGAGGCAGAUGGUUGUCCACCAAUGAGUCUAGCAUUACUUAAAUCAUUUCCACACGUGCACAUUGGAAUAUUUCAGGAAAAUUCCACGGACUCCCUCCCAGAAUUGUACACAAUUGUACUGUUCACACUCACACAUUGUCAAGUUUCUGUUGGAGGUUUCAGAGGGGCUGAUCGUCACGUCACAUAGAUGCUGCAAUACAACUCUAUUCCAGAUGAAAACCCUAGAGGAUGUGUCUGGUUGAUGAUGUUCCACUUUAUUACUGUCAACGAUAGCAAUAAAGUUUAUAUUUUCUAAAAAAAAACAGAAGCAGAUACAAACACUUUUGUUACCUUGAUAAAAAUCUACUGAAGAAAGCCUCUCUUGAAAUCUUAAUGACGGCCUGUGUGACCAACUAUGCUUUACCGCAUCAGUAUAUGUCAUGGUGUGUGGCGCCAAGUCUUAAUCAACGAGUCAGAGAUUUCCAGAAUUCAUCGAAGACAGCACGGAAGAAGAGACACUCAUUAUGGAGGUGGAAAACCACUGAUUAUGUCCUGACUAGUCGUCUGGCAGUGCCGCCCUCUGAAAAUGCAGCUGGUGGGUGUGGAUAAGAGAGAGAGCACAGAACUGUCACGCAAUGCACAUGUAACCAGUAGAAGUGCCAAUGAAGCUACUGAAGUGGUCCAGUCUAUCAUCAGGCAGAAGACAGGUCUGAUUCUGGUCAUGUCUCAUUUUUGCUCAGUUGAUUUUUGUAAAGAUCCCAUAAAUUAUAACACAAAAAGUAGUUUCUGCACCUGCUCUUUAUUCACAUACUCAUAGGAUAACUGUUACUAGGAUUUAGUGCAGUUUAAAUAUAAUGAUUCAUUGAUUGAUUUGAUUGAAAGUGAGUCUGACCCAUGUCAUGAAAAAAAAAAAAAAAAAAAAAAAAAAAAACAAGAUUCCCUGCAUCAUUUCAGUCACCGUGCCGCCCUGACUGCAUGUUUGCUUCAGUUUCUCACGCCACUCCUGGUUAAAUAUAGACACUCGGGCAUGCCAAAGUCCCUGAAGAUCAGCUGUUUCUGGGAGUCUGGAACCAACAGUCAUGACAAGUUAAAAGCUGCAAAUCACACGUCCUGCCUGUUCUUGCGUUUCCAAUGAGCAGAACCUCUUAGCGCUUGCCUGUAUGUUUUACACUCGUGUUUUAUUUAUAUACUGCGUGACUCAUUGAUUAAAGUGAGCUGUGUGCAUGCCCAGUAAUGUAGAAAUUGCAGCGUGUAUGAUGUAAAAUAGCAUGCAGUAUGAGGUUCACAACUCCCCUCAGAAUAUUAUGUAAACAGCAUGCCGCUGUACAGAUAUGGGAAUUAGCAUCCUGCCAUAGCGUAUGUUAACCUGUGCUGGGCUCAGUCCUCCCCAUCUGUCAAACAGUGCUGUGCAGAACAGUGAGGGAGACAAAUCUGUGUGACACUUGCUCGUAUUAACAGUAUAAUGAUAAACGUAGCCUCUCUAAUAAUGACUGCCUCUCUGUGGCGAGGACAAGCAGGAUUGUAAGUGUAAUUUUAUACCCCUUUGUGAUAACUUCAGAGUUUUAAAUUAAGAGUGUAAAUGCCAUUUAAGCAAAAUCAAUCCUGGGUUUAGCCAGAGCAUGAAGAAAUAAUUUGAAAAUACAGCGAACGCCUGCACACCGAAACUGCUCACUUAGCUGAUAAAAUAACACCCUCACAUUGUUGACCCUCCUUGCACAGACUGAAUAUAUAUCACAUGUUGUGCAUUGAGAAACUGAUCUAUUUGGACUUUCUGAAGGAUCAGAGUUAAUGUAGCUGUGACCUCGGAGUCCAACUGGAGUUUAAUUGCAUUAAGUGCAGGGGCCAGGUUUUUGUGCCCACUGUUAAUAUGGUAAUGAGAGGAUAUGAUAAUAUAAACAUUCAGUCUUGUCCUUAUUCCUGCCGGCUGUGUGCUAACUGUCUGUGGUUUCGUCCUCCUGCCUGCUCACGGUUAACAGUAACACUGUCACAGCAACUCCAGGGGUGUAAAUGCACUUAACCCUUUCUUAGACCUACAUACCACUGUGCAAUUAUAUUCUCAUUCACCCUGAGUCUGUAAGGUACCACAUAUUCAGUACCAAAUUAAACUUCCCCAAGAGAUUCACAGCACCUUUUUUGAAAAGUUCUUUAUUCUCUCUAAAAUUGCGAUAGCACUCGACUGUAUCAACAGUUUUAGUUCUCAUCUCACUAAAAAGUUGGAUUUUUUAUGUUUUAUAAAAAAUAUGCAUUACUUAAAGAUAGAAAGAAGAGCCACCUAGACUUGAACUUUUGUCAAGUGUUUUGAGAUAGCACUUUAUAAAAAGAUUAAUAAAAAGUAUCAGAGUCCUUCCAAGCUUCAAAUCAGCAAAGAUUAAGGUGCAAGGAGCAUUAAAUGUGAGCAAUAAUGACAAGUUAGUGUCCAGAAAACCAUCUACAAAUAGUUUCUUUCUGAAGACUCUGGGUAUACGUGCUCAGCAGAGUCAUCCAAAACAUCAGGUGGUGGUCAAAUACCUUGUUCUACUGGAGAGCGGAGUUCAUUCAUUCCUCCAGCGACCCCCCUGAGUUCCAGUCUUUCACGCCUCACACCCUUCCACUAUUCUUCACCUGUUGAGAGGGAUAAACAUAACAACAACACGACUGCUGGCAUGAGCGCAGAGAGUAAGAGCUUGAGUAUUGAAUUCCAAUGUAUCUAAGUGAUGGUACUAGACUAAAUGUGUUUACAUCAUUUAUAGCCAGGAUAUCUUGAUGACUCUGGUAUUAAAUACAGCUUUGAGGCGCAAAAUCCAAACCUAUGAUAGGCGUUAAACAGACUAAAUUAUCCGACCCUCAUGGCUACAGGUGGUUUCUUUCUAUAAAAAGUUGUAUUUUUAUGGAUAUUGUCAACCUUAAAGGUGGGGUAGGCAGGAUCUGAGGAAGUGCCAGUUUUUGGGAGAAAUCUUGAAUCUAAACACUACCCCUCCAAACCAGUUUUCCCUUCAGCUCCUCCUCUCCCCUCCCUCUCUGCUCCAGCAAGCCCCGCCUACACACAGACACCCUCACUCACUCGUAUCAUUCCAACUAAAUUCAGAUAUAAUGCAGAUAAAUACUUCAGAUAAUUACACAUGGGGGUCCCAGUCAACAUAAAAGUAAAAAGCAUUGGUGCUACUAUAGAUGCCAACAGAUGACCAGCAAACACCAUGUUUGCAGGACUUCUAAAACAAGGAUAAAGUGACAUAGUUCAGGACCAGGACAUAGCAGGUCCCAUUUAACAAGAAAGACUUCUGUUACAGACACUUGGCUUACUUUGUUAAAGCAGUUUACCUGUCCAGCAGAAAGUUUACAGGGUCUUUAAGAUCCCGAAGUGUUCCCCAUCGUUUAUGCUGAUGUUGACCUGGCUUCUUGGCUCUUGUCCGGUCUAUCUCCGUUUUAAGCGCUCGUUAUUCCGCCAGAGUCUCCAGUAUUUACUUUGUUUUCUUGCUUGUGUUUUCCGUAUUUUCUGGUGGGUUUCUACUGUCUAAUGUUGUAGCAAGCUAACUUUGUUUGGGCUCAUGCAUGUCAUUUAAGGACGUGGCGUGUGCCUCACAACAUGAGGGAGCAGUGUCUGCCUCACAACCAAUCAGGUUGGGGGAGGGGGGGCGAAGAAUGAUUUUGUUUACAGUUAGAAUGAGCGGGCCGCUCAAAAAAUUUUAAAUGUUGACUACACAGACAUAACAAAACACAGCGAUUUCAUUAUAUUACCAAAUGUCAUCAAUAACUAAUAGCUAUUGACUGAUUUUAAAAGAUUUUUACACCACACAAUAAGAUACUUUUAUAACGAAAUCCUGCCUACCCCACCUUCAACUUUCUUCAUAAUGUAUUUUUGGGAAUAAGGAUGUUGAUUGCAAGUGUUAAAUAGACAAAAAGUGAGUUUUAUAAAAAGCGGCAAUGAAUCUGAAUGUGUAUUGACUGUUAACAGCAUUGUCAACACACUUAAAACACUAAUAACAGCUGCCAAUGUUGGCACACAGGCUUCUUGUUCCGUCUUGCUGCAGGCAUUUGGUUCAUAAAUGUUCUGAUCAGUGUGAUUACUUUGAUUCAGUUUCAUCAGAACUUUACUGGAGAAAAGAAAAAAAAAUCCUCUUUUGAAAUGCUGAGCUGAUCAACGUGUGAGACACUGUUUUCCAUGGCAACAACAAAGCCACUUCCUCACUCAGCUAGCCAGCUAAUCAAAAUCAGCUCUUGACACUGCACAACAGAUUAGCCAAAGAACUACCCUUGAAUCAAGCAAAGUAAUGAGUCUGGCUGCGUGCAACGAUAUUCAGCUGAAGAAUGUUUCAUGUAAUUUGCCACUUUGUGAUGGCGGGGGAAUGGGUUUGGAUAUGAAUGCAGAUUGAGCUGAGAACUCCAGGAUUCUUGUUCACUAUGAUGAGAAGAUACUGACACUUUUAAACCGCUGUGUAGUUCAGAGGUAUUUUUGCAUAAUAGAGGGAAAGAUGAGCUAUUAUUUUUAUCAGCUUUCUGGGAAUUCACAUAAACAGUGCUCAUCUGUGUGCAUGCUGACUCUUGAACUGAUUUUACCGUAUUACGCCCUUAUACAACAUUAGUCUUAAUCCACUGGAAGACAUCAAAACUUUGACACAUUAGUGUUCAUUGUUGAAUCCAAAAAUCCAUCUCUUAAGGUGUGAAGUCUUUGUCCUCUAAAAGGCUUUGCGUGUCCUUUUUGUGUUAUAGGUGAGCAUAAAGAGCAGAAAGAAUUUAUAGAUGUACUCUUGAGUUUUCCAAAUCAGGUGUUUUAUAGAUGUAGCAUUCAGAUUUAAAGUGAACUCCAUGAUUAAAUUUUAGUUUCACCAGACAAAAAAAUGCCUUUUGUUUGAAAAGUGAAAGGAAAAAGAAAGACUUUCUUUCUCAGAUAAGAUUAGCUUUUACUCCAGACAUCUUUCCGACAUAACGCUGUUCAACUGAUCAACCACAAUAGAGGGGGCGGGGCAAAACAACGAGCUCUGCCCUUGGGUGGCUACUGGGAAGCCUCAGGAGAGGUGUCCAAUCAGAGGAAAGUAGGCUUGUGUUAGGGGGGCCAGCAGCUAAAAUGAAGCGUUUCAGACAGUUGCUGAAAUAAUGAUAAUUUAAUGCACCACUGUGAGAAAUUUGAGGCCUCUUUUGAUCUGAAAACCACAUAAAAGCUAUCAAAGAAGUAUCAGUGAGGAAAUAUAGAGUCUGAAAAAAAUGAAAGAUACCUCCCUUUUAAUAUUAUACUAUCUAAACAAGCGCUGCCAGUGCAAAAACACUGCAAGUGGACACAGGCCCUGACCAGGUUACCAUAACAUUGGGAAUAUAAAUCACACCCCUACAUAAAUUGCAGUCAACCUUUGAGGGAGUUCCAGAGGGGAUAAGCUCUAAACUGUCGUCCCUCAGUUCAGCAAUGUCCAGUUCCUAUGCAGCUGUGUGGCAUUAUUUCCAUGUGUUAACCCCAUGCUAUGGCUAUUCAUAAGAUACUGAAGCUCAGCCCAUAGUAGCAUCAACAGUUGUCGAAUGGACUCACUGUCAGCAGCUAAUUCGCUACCCUCCUCUGAUUGUGAGUUUUUAUCCUCUGAGGAGUAUUUUUUUUUACUUAAAGCAGUGCUCCACAAAGUCAUUUACUCACAAACAACUUUUAUCUGAAUGCAUAGUGAAGAGAAGCAUUAUAAAGUAGCAACACCAGAUUGCUUACAAAGCCAGUUUGCUUUGCACAUUAAAGUGGUUUCCUGCUUUUUCUCAGUACUACCCUCUGGGUGAAAUACCAGAAUAUAACACCAAACCUCUUCCCGUAAUUUAUACUGGCUCACUGGUGGCACCAGUAUAAAUCUCAGCUCAUAUUUAUUUAAUACAAAUAGCAAACAUUAACAUCAUAUGUGUCUCUCCCGGUUUUAUUAUUCAGAAUGUGAAAAGACCUCUCUGCACGUGCCUGUGGUUGGUUGUUUAUCUUUGGUUUCCUUCCAGACUUGGUCGGAGAAUACUCUGUGAGGCUUGACCCUUGCUUUAAGGCUUCUGACCUACAUUGUGUUGAGCAAAUUAAAUUUUCUUUGUCUUUCCCUCUGAAGACCUCUGAAUCAGACACAUAAUCGACGUUCAAAGAAGAGAUGGUUUUGAAGCAAUAAACAGAGUUCUUGGUUUUGUAUGGUUUCCUCUUCUUCUGGCUGUAUUAUAAUGACAUCUUAGCGUGUCCUUUGUUUUGGACAUGGUGCUGCAUCUAUGGACUAAAACACUUCAUUUAAAUUGUGGCUGUAUCGCAGUGGCCAGCCUGUGAAGUCAGUCAGUCUGAGAUGAAAGCGUGACAUAGCUUUCAAAUCUUCUCAUCUUUAGAACAAAGACACAUCAGACUGCAACACAGAAGUCUGCAGUCUGUGGUAAAUCAGAGCGUCUUUGUGUUACAGCAGCUUGUGCUGUCCAGACCUUACACUCAAGAGCACUGAAAAAUUAAUGCCAAAGGUUUCAAAGGACUGAAACUUGGCAAUAUUACACAAUUGAUUAAAAUUUAUUAAGUAGACGCUGCGGAAUUUAAUAUCUGGUGAAGAGGUCGUCAUUUAAAAAAGCCUCCAGUCGUCGAUGAUGAAAAACAGUAAAAUGUUAAACAGAUUCUUUUGGACCAUGUACAGUGUCCCUGUGCUGCUGUUGACUGGAGCAACAGUAAUAGCAUUUUGGGGCUUGCAGCUGUAGAUCUGCCCUGCUGCUCCGCUCUCUGACAGGUUUACUGGCACAAAUGCAUUAACCCAACACUGAGAGGAAGAGCUGAAUCUGCCAGUCCCAGGUCUGAUUUUCUAACAGACAAAAAUCCACACUUUCAUUUGUUGAGGGAGCUCUGAGAUUUUUGCUCAGUUUGCUCUGCUGCCCGGAAAUCUAACUGUUUAGGUGGGAACAAAAGAGCAGCUGCAGGGUUUGGAGGAAAAAAAAAAAAAAAAAGCUUAUUCACAUCAAAUCAAAGGAUUAAAUUCCCAGUUUGCUAUCGCAUUCAUUUAUAAAGGUAAAAUUAAAUGUUGGUUACCUUAAGCCCCUUUAUUUCAACAUCCAACAUACACUUAUCAUUUUAUCAGCAAAGUGCCAAUACAAUAAACAGUAAAAAGUGAGAAAUUUUGGCUUCAUGCUUUGAAUGAAAAAAAAAGAGUAGGCAAGUAUAAAAAUUAGAAAUAGAAAGCCAAUAGUCCACAAUAAAAUCUUAACAUGUGUGAAUGUAUUAGUUUAUGUUAUGAUAAAUGAGGGACCAAAAAUGGCGUUUUCAAUGGUUUUCAAUUGGACAUUUUUUGUCACAAGGAUCAAAUGUGUCGGUUUGUCUGUAGCUUAGCCAUUUUAGGCUAAUUUCAGGAACUGAUACAACAAUUCUGAAGUUUUCUAAAAAUCAAUAUCCUUUGGCAAAUUUGAGCUAUAUUCAUUUAACACAGCCAAAAUGUCAUGAAAAUCAAAAAAACGAACUGGCACAGAAUGUCACAAGGAUCUUUUAAGGUUUAAUAGUUCAGCCUAAAAAUCAAAUUAAAGUUACCACCAUAAAAAAAUGUCACUAAGUUACUGCUUAAUAAAAGUAACCUGUUUCUUAGUAUCAUAACUCUAGCAGUGGUUCUUUUUGCUUCAAUCUUGUCUUCCACAACAUAUCUAUAAUAAGUCUGUUCAGUGCUUCCUGGCUUAUAGAUUGUGAAGCUGAUAGUGAGGGUUCAGAUAGAGUAGUUCCCCCUUACACUGUCAAGCUGCUCUUGGAUCACUAGAGUCUGAAGCUGUGGGCUCUUUGGUAAAUAGUAAAAGAGUUUGUUUGGUUAGGUGCUCUGCAAGAUUACCAGUCUUCCCCCUCCUCUAGAGAGACUUUAAUCCACCAUGCUCUUAGUCAUCAGGUUAAUAUUCAUGAUCAUCAGCCAGUGUGUGUGUGUGUCAACUAUGCAAAAUAUCCAUACUCAUAGGAUACUACCAUGCUGACGUAGGUGUAACCUUGCCUGCCGAGUCAGACGAUUAAUCAUACAUAGCUGUCGUUUAUUUGACAUAAAGUAAUGAGGACCAUGUUGGGCUGUCAGUUUUUCAAAAAACAACCUUGAACGGUUAUUGAACGUGACAUGUGCAAACAUUUGGAUACGUUGACCAUUGAUGACCAUUUAAUGAGCUUCUGAAAAAGGAAGUCACACAGGCCGGGGUUGAACAGGGUUGAACAGGGUUGCGCCGCUCUGUUAUGCUACCUGUAGGUGGGCCAAAUUUGUCACCCCUAAUUUGCUCAAAGUUGACAUACAACCAGAUUUUUGUCAUUUAUUUUUGCAUCUACAGCAUAUUACCCAAAAAGUAAAUUCAGGCAGCACUUUUCAGAUGUUUUAGACUGCUCAGUGCAUUUUUGCUUGACCAAGUCCUCUGUUUAUCUUGAAUAACAUCACUGUGUUAGUUGCGUGCAUGCAUAGAUUGGCCAAGUUCCAAUGAGAGCGCCCUCUACUGGUACAAAUGGCGGGGUACUUCAGGUGGCGGGAUAAGCUGGUAUAUUGCAUUAUAAUACGUUUUAAUGGUUAAUCACUUUCACUAUGAAUUUUCCCCCAGAGUUCAAGUUAAGGUUUAAGUUUUAAAAAAGAAGUGACCGCUCUCGUACCAUUUUACAACUCCCAUCAAUUUCUGCUAAAUGGUUAAAUCUUCAUGCAGGUAAUGAAGUUGCCUCAUAUUCUUUGUGCUUCUCAGCAUAAAAUACUACACAUAAGUUCAGUUCCAGAGUUCUAGUAUAAAGGCAAAAACUGUCAUCACACUGUCAGGCGCUUCUGCUUCGUUCACUGUCUUAGAUAUGUUGUUUAUGUUUCACUGUGCUGUUCUCAGCAUCCGUUUUAUGACCUUCAUGUCUCCCUAAACCAAAACCCUCUCCGGCCUCACAUCUGACAAAUCUCCCACUGUGAAGGACUUUUUUCUUUUUAAAAGUGAGGGAGAAACUCAGGGAGAUUUCAGGGACAGGCUGUCCUGAGAUUUUAAGGUGAGCAUGUGUAAAAAAAAAAAAGAGUUUAGACGGAUCAAGACUGUUACAGCGGUGCAAGUCUACGAAACCGUGCUCUCACUUGCACUUGAGAUAAAAUUAAAACACUAUAAACACAUUUGUAAAAUAAAACAAACAUACAGGAAUUAUUAUAAUUAUUAUUAUUAUUAUUAGUAGUAGUAGUAGUAGUAGUAGUAUUUGUGUUUUUAUGAGAACAAUAGAAAUCAUAUUCAUUUUAUUACCUUUUUGGAUCUUGAAGUCUUUUUUCUUUUAAAAUCAACCCCCUCUUUCUUUUCUCUCAGACUGCUCAACUAAAACAGAGAUUUUUAAUCUCAUUGAGGAUUUCUUGGUUAAAUAGAUUUAAAUAGAAUAAAAUAGUGAACACUUGGUACAGCAGAGAGACAGAGGAAAGUGAGUGUGGAGGGCAAGCGACAAUAUACUUCAUAAACUUGACUAAUAUAUGCAAUCAACUCAUCUACAUACCAUCAAUCACUUUUACCAAUGUAUAAGGUUAUGAUCAAUUUACUAUGUAGCUCAUCAGCCCCAUGGUAGUAACUUUGAAUUUAAAGAAAAACGCAACAUCUUCCUCAGACUAAAAAUGAAGGAUCUUGUCCAGUUAAAAGUCCAUUUGAGUGCUCACAAGAAUCACAAGAACAAGGACAACCAGGGAUGUCCUGGUCCUCCUGACAAAAUGUGUUAACAUGGGUAUGUUUUUCACAAGUCUGCUCUGGGGUUUAUUUGUGCUCUAAUCCAGGUGCAUGUGCUGGGAUGUGACUGUUGUGCAUGUCCAUAUCCCAACCAUAGACUGUAUAUACUAUGGACAACUUGGUUCCGCCUACCGCUUGUACACGGAUUUGAAGCCAAAUAGCUCUCGGUGUUUCCGGGAUUUUUUUCAUUUCCUGAAACCAGCGCUGCGCAGUAGCGAUGCGCGCAUUCGGGCGCACACUUGCAGAGAGUUGCUGUGAUGACACUUGGCUCAAACAGCAGUCAAUCAUAGAAAACAUGAACCCCCUAAUAACUUUUAAAAACGGAGCUUCACAGAAAAAAAGGACUUAAGUUUGUCCACAGCUCCAUAAGCUUUGCUGGCGGAGGCCAGACUCAUAACCUAUACUGCAGCCCAUCAACAGAGAGUGCUGUUCUCGGAGUGGCUUCACCCAGCAGGGAGGCAGACUCUGUCCAUUCUAUAUACAGUCUAUGAUCCCAACUGAUCACCCCAUUUACCUGCCAGCCCUGAUUCUCUGUCACAAACAGCAUCAACUCUGUGUUCAGUUUUGUGCCCGAUGUUCAAUAUGAUACCGUGUCUAACUGUCAUUUGCCCUUUUCUUUCUUUUUAUCACAUUUAAGUUGAUGUUUGACCAGCAUAUGAAAGCAAAGUCAAAGAAGGCCCAUUUAAAGAAACUCACUUUCCCUGUAGACUCACUGCGUCUUUCAUCAUAUUAUAUGGAGUUUAAUUUCAUUAUUGAAUCAUUUAUUUCUCAGGACAGCAAAGCUGUGCAGCUGCAAUGCCAAUUUGGUCACUGUUAACAGCACUGAAGGUCAUGUUUUCAGAGCGAUUGUUACUCAAAGUUUUGUAAUUAUAUUGUUGAAUAGCUAAUUAAAAAUCCUUGUUACGGAGGUUAAGAUACUCCUUUAUUUAUCUCCCCUCCAUGGACCAUCUUUGCUCCUGUCAUUCAUGGGAAAAAAAAAAAAGCUGUGCAGGAGUACACACAUACAUACAUAUAUGCACACACUCUCACACAGCAGCCACGUCUGCUUGCACGUCAUGCUGGUUUAAUAAGAGAUAGCAUAGAAUUAGAGAAAAGACAAUACUGGGUGUUUGCACUCCCCCAUACUGGGGUAAUGGCCUGGGGAAGCUGAUUAAAUACCAGGAGAGCUGCUGUCCAACCAGCUUAAUCUGGACAAUACAGUAUGUGGGUGAACACUAUUCCAUAGUGUUCACACCCGCCUAUACCGAAGAAUGAAAUUAGCCACACAUCCCACACGCCCAAGUCUUCUCUUUCUUAGGCACUUCUUGUCUGAUACAGUAAUCAUGUAAAUUGUAGAAAGCUAAGUGUUAACAUUGCACUUUGUGUUAUUUAGGGAAGAACAGCCAAUAGACACCUUAUCCUUAAUAAAAAUACUCCUAGAGCAACUCUGCCUGCAGCUUCAGUCGGUAGUAUAGACGGUGAGAAUCUCGUCCCCAGGUGCAGGUGUGAGAAAGUGGGAGGGGAUGUGUGGACCUGAAAAUAAAUCCCCUGAUGAGUAGAAGACAAAGUGAGCAAAGGUGGAGUGCUCACCCACUGCAUGUGACUUUCAUCAGGAGAAUACAUGUGACGGAUGAUGGCCGUUUAAGUCGCUAUGUUUCAGACCUGAAGUGAUAAUUUGAUAUUGAAGGAAGUGACAAGACUGCUGUGUAAGCUACGGAUCGUCUCAUUGGCAGCCAGGAAGUUUUCUAACUCUGGCUUCUCAACUUAUAAUUUCAAGACAGGUGCAAAUGUUACAAGUAUAGUUCAAAUCUGCAGGCGACAAUAACAGAACAGCAGGCCAUGUGAAAAGCCACAUGUAAGAAUUUCAUACAAACCUGUUAGCUGUGUCAGCAACAGAAGCAACAGGAGAUUGGAACUGGAGUGGCUUUUAUUUGUUUGUUUGUUUUUUAGUUGUUUUUGGUGAAAAAAGAUUAUUUUUGAUUUGAUGACUUUGUAUUAUAACAUACAGAAGGGUAGAUCAGGACCUGAAGCCCCUGUAGCUCCUGUUUGCCCCUCUUUCCCUCUGCCAUUUCUCAUUAAACACGAAGCUGCUGCUGCUGUUCUUUUAGAGGUACACUGUCCUGUUUGCUUGGCUUAACAACCACACCGUAUAUUUCCUGUCACCAUGACCCCGGGGGUUCUUUAAAGAUGUGUGUACCACAUGAUGCUAUAGAAAGAGCCAGAAAGCUACGGCAGCUGAUCCCUUUUCAUUUCAGUGCACUCAGCGCGUUGGGCCCAUAAUGCCUUGAGUGCUUGCCUGAGCUACAUGACAUCACUCAGCUCAGCCACUCUCCAAUUCGAGUCCCCCCUCUGAUAUCCAGGGUAACCAGAACAGAAAAACUGGAAGGGAAAAAGGUGGAAUAAGUUUUUUUUUUUUUUUUUGGUUUUAAAUUUGGAAAGCAGGCAGGCAAAAGCUUGCCCGCGGCAGAGCACGCCAGAAAGCUCUCUGUGGUACACACUAAUCUGGCCACCCACUACUUGUGACCUAUGUAUUCCCUGUGUGAGCGGCGUACUCCAGGACAAGCCCACCCUUCCAUCACUGUCACAGGCUGCACUAAUGAGAGCCAGAGGGCGCGAGGUCAACGACUUAGCUGAUUUGCCUGCUGAUAAGUGAGUGCUAGAAGGUAAAGCAGUAAAGAAACUCAGAGGACUUCUCUGCAAUUGCCCGAGCAUUUCCCAGUUUUGCUUACCAAUAAAAAAAAAUGUGAUUUCACACCUUGGCCUUGUUUCACUCUGUCCCCCUAACCAAACCGAGCAGAUAACCUAAUUACAAAUAUUCUUCCAUUGAAUCAUGAAUACAACAUGAUGUAACGCGCAGUAUUACCUCACCCCAGUCUUUCCUAGCAUCCAGGAGCGUUCGCAGUUAAAAAAACAAAACCUCUUUGUGUGUUAAUGUUUAUUUCUAAUGGUACAAUAAGUGAUUUGAGAGUUAAAUUGCCACUCAGUAACUUCAGCAUGCCACUCAAAUAGGUAAGUGAUAACAGCCCACCAAGCCCAUUUACAUGUGAUUAUGUAGCUGUUACUGUAGAAAAAGGGAGAAUAGCUGUCUAACUUUAAGCUUUUAAUUACAAAGCAAUUUUCUUUGUGUAAUCUGACAUGGUAUAGUGGGAGCUGUGCAGCAGAAUUAAUUAAAGAAAAAGGUGAGCUGUUGUGAGGCAUACCUCUUUGUUCACUUCAAACCAAUUCUCACAUUUUUUUUCUGUUUAAUGAAGUGUGGUUUUCACCUGCAACCCUGUAAAGGGGCACAGGUGUGACUUCUCAAGUUUCUUUUAGAACAUAUUGGAGGUUUUUUUUUUUUUUUUUUUUUAAAGCAGCGUGGACACGGAUAAGUAUAGGGUGAAAAAUUUGAGCUAUUAUUUAAUAGUUAACCUUACAUAGCUGAGGGCUGAGCUGACCUAUUUUUUAAGGAGGUAAAAUCACCUGCACCCGAUCAUGCAGAGAAUUGUAAACCAGUGUCCUAAGAGCAGAAUCAGGUUACUUAUUACUUCAAUUUUCCUAAAAUUGAACAUAAUUUUAAGAUUGAUAUAACGACAACAUAUAUGAGAAUGUAACUAUUAUACUAAUGCAGGGGUGGAGAAGGAUCACACACUUAGUGCAAGCUAAAAAGAGUAUAUUACCCAUAAAGACACUUAAACAUCACUCACUGGAUAUUUCUCUGACUUGGUGGAAAGAGUCGAUCAGUCAGUGCGUUUACAUGCACAGCUUAAUCAGACUAAGCUCACUAUCCAUUUUUUUUCCCCGCCAAAUCUGACUUCUCUCCUUGUCUGAUGUCUAUAUGGGUCUUUUCAGCGGCGUUGUUUCUGACCCCAUACAACUGUCAAGAACAAAAGCAGGUCUGUGCCAGACAUCAGAGGUGGCUACAACUGCUGCAAGAAGACGGAGCAUCAUACAGUGUUGCUUCUGUCGUACAUGAUGUACACGCUACUUUUUCUGCAGAUGAGAUGCACGCUACUCCUCCUCUCUGGGUUACGGGGGCGUGGCACAUGCGCACAUGGAUUGUCCAAUCAUACUCCGACUACGCUGGUUACAUGGUAGAGAAAAUCGAAUUCCAAUCGCAUUAUCUGGGUGUCUUAAUUGGAUUUCUCCGACUCCAAUUGGAGUUUGAGAAUUAUGAUUACAGUCGGACUUCAGUUGUCCGGACUAAGGUGUUUACAAGCACUUCAGUUGUCUGGUCUUACUGGAGUAAGACAAUAAAUCUGUUUUCUUGAGUGUCAUGUAAACAAACUGAGUGUUGCCAACUCCUCAGGAAGGAAAGUCGCUAGUGGCUGUUGAAUAAGUCGCAAGAAGUUGCUAGAUGACAUCAUCGCCUAAAUUGCUUAAUUUCUCAGGCAAACCCACCCUCACCCCUAGGAGGAGGAGGAGUGGGAGGAGUCCUCCGCAGGGUAUCUGUAUGUGUCUGUGUUUUUGGUGCCCAAUGGCAACCAGUUGAGAAGAGUAACAUCGGUACCUGCGUUCAUGUUAGAGUCUUCAAACCUCAGCAAAAGUCACUAGAUUUGCCGCUAGACGCUUUUUUGAAAAUAAGUCGCUAGAUCUAGUGACAAAGUUGCUAGGUUAGCAACACUAGGGUCAAUUAUGUUAAUUUACGUUGUUACCAAUGGUAUGGUAUGUGGUAUGCAGUGUUGUGAAUGUGUGAAAGAGGCUUUGGUGGUUAUUUUAUGUCUGCACUGAACCGUGAAACUCUGUUUAAGUCAUCAAAUACAAACAAAAAUGUUUUAAUUUGCAUCAGGAUGCUUUCUCCAAUAUAUUACUGUUUGCUUGUGUAACAAAGUGCACUGGCAAUAUCUACACUGGCAACCAGCACAUCAACAUUAAAGCAGCUCUAGACUUAAGGUCACAGGAAAACGGCUGCUGUGUGAAUGUGGUGGAUUGUGUUGUAUCUCAGCAUCGCUUCCUUGAUGCCUUUAUUUCAGCAAGACACUGGAUAUUGGCAGUUUUCAGGAAGACUGGCAGCAGCAGUGAUCAGUCAGGUCAUGUGGUGUCAGGGGGAGACAGCCAAGCCCGGGGGCGGCCCGUCCAUCAGGGUGCGUGGCAGCUAUCCCAGGACACAGAGGACCUUGCCUGCACUACCUCCACACAUGUGCAUAAAUGGAGUGCUUGUUUAAAUUAGUUGGUGCCUCCUUGAAGUGUAUUCAAUUUUCAGAGCGCUUAGUGUCAUUAGAAGGCAGUUAAAUAAUGCAGCAGGUACCGAGAGAAGAGGAGGUUUUUGUGCUGCCACUCAGAGGAUUUGCAAACAUCUUUGAAAGAUUUAACAGUUCCCUGUGAAGCUUUUACAUCAGAACUGUUUCAGCCGACUUCACAAGGAGCUCAGGCAGGCAUCGUUUUUUUGUAGUCGUAUGAGGGGGUCUCUGUUUGGUAGGGGGGCUGUGAGGGGAGAUCUAGUUCAAAGUUUAAAUGAGUAAUCAAAAGAUAAACUAAAUAGAAAAUGUGCCAAAGCUCCCCAUAAUCACUAUGACUUACUCCGCUCACAGACACGUUAACAGAGCAGACGAUGCGCAGUAAAAGUUGUAAACUCAUUUUGGACUUAAUGCCGGGAUCAUUGCUCUGAUUUACUCUUGCAGGAGGACGGAGAUAACAUAUGCAUCUGCAGGUGGUGUUUGUUAUGAACCCGCCCAGCAGCAAGACUAUAAAACUAAAUCCAUUAAAAUUGCAUCUGUAUUUCUAGGGAAUAUGCAAACAUCUUGUAGCCGAGAAAUUAGACAUUGACAAUAAAGAAUGUUUGUUUAUUUUAAAGGCUUUUUAGAUUUUAUACCUCUGCCAUAUUAGAAUACAUUCCAGAUAUGAUACUCCCAAAGAUGGAAAGGAUACUGUUUUGUUGUUUGUCUUUCACGCCCUGGUGUUGUCCUUUGAAUCUAAAACUGCAUGUUAAAUUGCCAAGAAGAAAGAAAUGGAAAAAUGAUUCUCCAGUUUCUGCCUGAAUCAAAAAGUAUGCAAUCAGGUGGAGAGACCCUGACUCUAUUUACUGUUUUUGGUAUACCUGUACUUGGGUUAUAUAAGAUUUUGAAGUCACAGAUUGUUAGUCAACCAACAGUAAUAUGUGAAGAUAUGAUGUGGCUCUUGGAUAUAAUAUCUACACAAUUUUCUGACAUUUCAUUGACUUAAUGAUAAAUUUAAAAAAUAAUAUACACAACGUUUUUAAAUGUUUACUAGUCUUACUUAAUAAAAAUUAACAUUAUAUUUUAAUCUACAGUAUGCAGUUACUGAUAUUAUAACAGUAAUCAUUGCAAAAGCUGUCUCUUGUUUUCCUGGGUCAUUUUCCGUGUUUGUUGCAAAGCCUGCAGGGGCUCUUUAAUAGUGACCCCACAUUCCCUCGCUCCCAGUACUAGAAGGACGGGGAAAAGAAAGUGGCAGCCUGUAACAGUGUUGACAUUUUAGAGUGACUGAUCCACAACAGAUGUCUCUUAAUGGUGUGUUGUGUUUCACGAAAAUCUGUUGUUUCCUUGCAACACGGCACAGGUCAGCUGAGCCGCGCUCGCAGAGAUGAUGCUUCACCAGGCAGUACAAAUCAGCUUUCCAUUUCACUCUGCAUGAAAGAUCCUGUUUAAAAAAGGCUUCUAGUUGAGAAGUGGCUCCUUUUCAUGAUGGAAAUUCGAGUCGUACUUUUUUAAUACCACAGGCAGCAGCCACGAGAGUAUUGUCUCACACUGCCAUCAUUGUGAAUUAAUGCUCUGCUGGCGAAUGUCUACACAGAGCAUCCCACCUGCAGAGUGUUUGGUAAUCAGUGUUAAGGACGGGAGAAAUGGGAGCUAUUAAAAUGGAGUUUAUUAGAUAUGAAACGAAGUGCCUUUCUGCACCCUCUACCCAUCGUGAAAAAGGACUGGGAGUGCCAAUAAAACCUGUUUAGCAUUUACACCAAGUCUUAUAUUUUUGCCCAGUUUAACAUUAUUAUUUAAUUAAACAGGUCUAUUAUGAUAUCACAAAAAAAUCAUUUAGUAUCACCAAAAUAAUCCAUUUAAAGAUGUCUUUGAUUGGAUUAAUAUUUAUUUAUGCAAUAUAGAAACAAGAAUAUUUUACUUGGUGAAAUGUUGCCAUACGGGACUUUUGGAUUUCUAUCCAGCUGUCUGUAAUUAAUAAAUCAGUAUAAUUAUACUAGUCCAUGUCCAUUACAAUCUAAUUGAGGCUACAUGGAUAUCUUAGCAAGACACAUGCUGAUUAAUUCAUAAGAAAGACAAAUUCAUGGGCUUAUGCUAUGAAUGAAUAAAAAAUAUUAAUAAAUAAAUAAAAAGACUGAUAAUUAAGUUAAAUGCUAUAGCUGGCUAAUGUUUCCCAGAUAUACUAUGCUGUUGUUUAGCAUAUGUGGUUGACUUUAAGGAUGGCAUUGGCCUCACAUUGGGUGAUGCAAAUGUGAUGCUGUUCCGUUCAAAACGCUAUUAAUGGCCCAAUUCAUCAGCCCGAAUCACCCUAAACUAAUAGGCUAGCAUUUGUGUCCUAUACCCAGCUCCACCAAUUCAGUACUGAGUCAUAUUAACUCACUAAAGUUUAUUUAAUGAUGUAUUUGGGUGAUAUAAGUCAGAAAGUAACUUAUCACAUGUUGACAUCACUUUGGUAAAGUUUUCACAACUUACACAAAGUUUAUGCUAAGGAAACAUUGCUAAUGCAAAGAUCAUGCAGCUGAGGUAAAGUGAAUGGAAGCUGCAUAAAGCGAAUAUAACAUAUAUUAUAUAAAGUAAUUGUAACUUAUGUAAGCUCAAAUUAGCUUUGUGGUGCUAAAACAACGUAACGUAUAAAGCAACAGUAAUUUAAGUAAAGUUGUGUUAACUACGCAAAGACUAUGUUACCUAUAGCUCAUGUUAAGUCAAUGAAACUUAUUUCAAAAAAGUAAUUGUUACCAACAUAAAGUCACAUAUCUAUGCUUACUUAGGGUAAAUUAUUGUAACUUGAUUAUUACUUACUGUAAACAUCACUUCUAAAAGUUAACCUAACUCCAGUGUCUGCACACUGCAUGAAAUGUAAGUGAAACUUGUCAACAAUGCAAAGUCAGUGUAAUCUAAAAGUCAAAAUUAUUUCCAUUAGUUAAAUUAUUUGCAUGACAAAGUUUAUUUAUACUUAUUGUUCCCAUAGUACUUAAAGGCAAACUGUGAUUGUUACACAAAAUUCACCAUAUGUUUUUCAAGUUUUUCAGACAGGUGUCAUAUUUGUGUUUUGGCUGAAAAUUGACCAACUCUGCAGUCUAUCUGUAGGUGUUGAUCUUGAUCUAUCUGAAGGGUCUUAUUUUCUCCAGCAUAUACUUAUUUACAAGGGGAUGCUCCUACAAAAUAAAACUGCAUCACCGUAAAAUACAAAUGGACUCUGGGCGUACAUAAUCAAAAAAUCAUGUGCAUAUAACAUUCAAAUGUGACUGAGUUAAGGCUCUGAGGAGCAGUGAUGAGAACCCAGUCCAUUUUUUUCACCCCCUCCACCCCCACACUCAGGUGCUCUGGACAAUAUCCUGCGUCACAGUUAUACCACAAAUCUACCACUCGGUCCCUGAGCUGAGACUCUGCGAAAAUGAAAGCCUACCUUCUGGUCUACACUUAAUUUGUGCCAUUUAUCCCUUGGGAAAAGAUGAAUUUUCUUGAAGAGCUUGGGAUAAAUCAUAAUUAUGGGAAUAGCGUUGGCAUAUUGAACCAACAUAAGCGUAUUCCUCCUCAGGUUUUCAGACAAAGUGAGGCUUAGAGGAUUUCUCUUCCAUUUGAAACGGUGAUUCUUUGCGGAUUAUUUGAAUCAUUGGCUUUAAUUGAAGUUUUGAUUAUUUCCCUGCUCUAAUUUUGAGUUGUUAACAUGUUAAAGAGUGCAGCUUGAGAGUCUCCUCCCAGUUAUCUUGUUGUGUGAGAAAGAAUUCACACAUCCACAGCUCUCAUGCAUACAGAUAAAAGAAACACUGAACAUUAGUCCACCAAAGGUCCAAAAUACUAAUUACCUGCUGUUUACCAGGCGUUGUACACCCCACCUUUUCUUGGGACAAUCGAUAAUUACACACAAAGGCCAGGGGAAUGAAAUCACCCUGAUAACCAUUAGCAUGAAACUGGAUGAAGUUCAUUAGCCAUUCUGCCGGCGUAGUGUGCAAUUUCCAAUAUCGGAGACGACUAGCUCUGUUAUCCCUUUGUCUUUUGUUCUCAGCCAGCUUUCAAGGCACACAAGAUGGUAUUCUGUGACAAUUCAUUACAGCCCUACACAACACACAGGCUAAUAUAUGACCUCUACACCAUAUGAGCUGUUUUGAUGCAUUUUAAUGUGGAAAGCACACGUUUUCCCUCCACUUCAUUCACUAUUUUCAGCACUGAUAGGACUAUUCUGUGACCUAUACUGACAGGAUUUCUGCAGAUGGGGCACUUCCACACCUAUGAUAGAAAGCAAAACAUAAAGGUGGUGAACUAAGGGAGGAAAAAAAUAGUUAUGAUGGCUGUGAUUACAGCACAAGGUGAAACUGCUUAUCCAUAUACCUUGCAAUUAUCCAGGUGGCUUCUGUGCAUAGGUAAUACCCUUUCAGUGUAAUGUGACUAGUUUCAAUGCCACUUUUUCCAUCCAUGUGAAACAGACAGACAUUAAAUCUUUUUUCAGGUAUUUAACAAAUUCCAAUUCACAAAUUAGAUAUCUUAAAUAUGUGUAGCACGGAGCGAAGAGGGUGACGGAGGCUUCAAGUGUAGUUUAAUUCAUUUUUUGCACAUCCUUUGUAGAGAAUAAAAAAGAAAAGAGGUUGAUUUGAUUUUGUUAAACCUGAGAUGCUGCCUCUCUCUGCUUGUAUGCUGUGUACUUUCUUCUGCCUGAACAUGUUAUUGUGUGUCACAUCAGCCUGCUCCGGCUGCCUGCUCUGACAUUACACUGCAUGACUGGCUCCCUAUGGCAGCCCACCAGAGAGCUGCUUUCAAGCAGGGGAUGGACGACACACAAAGGGACCGAGCAUGCAGAAAAUAAAUAAAUGAAGAGAAAUGUUAAAAAUUUACUAUCUCUGCUUUUUCCCCCCAAAUGACCAAGGGGCUUUAGAUGAGCACUAUAGGCGGAAGUAGGCCGCUGCUGAGGAUCACUUGAGCCUCGCUUGUUCCUAACAGAGAGAAAUGACCAAAACGAGAGAUAAAAAAUGUACAUCAGCUGUUUGACAUAAAACAGACUGAGGUGAACUUCUUGAUUUAUAAGACUAAAAAAAGAAGCCUUCUUCACGUAUUCAGGGCUUUUGCUUAUGUGUGUGUGCAGGUUUUCUAAACACUCUGAACAUGAAUCCUCUGCACCACUUUAAUUAGCUUGUGUGGGGCCCAUUUACAUUGACUGAAUAUGUAUAUUGAACUGCAUCCUUGUCAAAAUAUCUCAUUAAUUAGAGCAGUUAUGUGCACAUGCUGCUCAUUAAAUCAAGUAAACAGUUUCAAUUCAGAGCUUAGAAAAAAAAAAAAAAAACUGAACAGUCAUUUGUGGAAUAUGCUCAUGAUGGAGAGAAAAAAAAAUCUGACCACAAUAAAAGCAUAGCUAUAAUACCAGUUUCCAGAUGAGGCAACUUUCAAACUCUGAGCUGAGAGUUGAUUCAUAUAAAUAGGAGGAAAAUUCAUUCAUAUCCCGUCUUCUUUUUUUUUCCAUUUCCUCACAUUUUUAGCGGAGUAGUAGUUUUGUAUCUUUGAUUGAGGAGCUGCUCCUGAUAUCAAACCAAAUUCAAGGUUUUUAUAAUUUUAUAUAAAAGUGUGUCCAAACAGAGUCUCUAAACAGGUUGGCUCUUCAGGAAAUAAUAAAUAGCCAUAGCGUUUCCCAGGAGAUAGCACGAAACAUAAAUUUAUUACCUAAAAAAUCCACAGUAUGAAACAAAAAAUGUUACCACCCAGCAAAAAACAACAAAUAACAUUAACUCAAGGGGGGGAAACAACUGUUUUUAUGGGUGGACAAGAUCAAUAUCUUGAAAUGACAGGAACGUUUUUUAACUACAUUGUUUUCUUUAAAAUUUUAGCACCAUUAUCGCACCCGUAUUAAAAGCAUUUAGACCACUUAAAGCCCCUGUGAGGAAUUCAAGCUUGGUGUCCAUUUGGCACCCCCGGUGGACAAAGAUGUCUUUGUUUAUCUUGUUCUCAAAAAAAAUAUCAUUCUGCCGAUUGUUUUUUUGUUUGUUUGUUUUUCUUAUCCCUCCCAAUUUUAUGUGAAAGACAUAAAUUAAAAAUUAUAUAAUAAUAUAAUAUUUUUUGUUUGUUUGUUUGUUUUUGUUCCAGCAGCUCCACCCUCUUGCACUUUUAGGUUAAUAUUAAUUAAAAAAAAAAAAAGGAGAUAAAACUUUUCAAUCUUGUUGCCGAUAGUCUUGUUUGCUUUUUUGAAUUUUAUUUUAUUUCUAUCAUAGACAAACAUCAAUCUGAAUUUAAGUCUGUUUCAUAAAUGUCAAAAAACUCCUCACAGUAGCUUUAAAGAACCUAACAUUCCAGUGCAGUUAAGUAUAAUGUAGUUUAUUGGUUCAGAUCUUAGCAGUGCAUUGUAUUGGUAUCAAUUUGUUGAUUUUGUGCAGCCAAUUAAAGGCUUUCCAGUUGUAUCAGAUGUAAAGCCUAUCUGAUCUGUCGACAUUGCAGCAUUUCUCCUGAAUCGGAUGAGCCAAUAUAAUUUACCUCAUGAAUAUAACAUCAUUCCGAAAAGCAAUUAGGCUACACAGUGACUCAGGAGACAAUUAAGUUAUUGCUGAACCCAUAGAGUGCAUGAUUCCUUGUUUCUUGUUACUUCAGAAUAACAGACAGAUAUUGUCUGUUGUGUGUUUGUAUAAAUCAUUACUCAUAGCAAUGAAUAUUUUGUUAAUUAAAAAAAACAGGAUUUUUUUCUUCUUCAGUGAAUGCUUUAAAAUUAUGCAGCUGUCUGAACUGAGAUGAAGACAAAGAGAUGCAUCAUACGAAAUAUUAAGUGGAGAACCAAGAUUUAAAACUCUGUCAAAGUCAGCCUUGUACAUUUCUUAAAUAGCAGCAUUAACAUAUUUAUCCCUCAACUUUACUCUCACAUCCUCUGCUGUCUGGAGGGAUAAAGACGUUUUCUGUAGGUUGUAAAUGCUCUGCUGGUUUUCCUUUUUCUUUCUUUCUCUCUCUCUCUUUUUGAAAUGCCUCUAACUCAUGGUGAACCAAUUGGAAAGCACAGUCCGUGUAAAGUGUUAAACGUGAAGAACGGUUCUGAGAGAACCACAUGUCAGGAGCAUAGAGGGGAAUCUUAAUUUAUCACCAGGGAAAGGCCUUUUCACCUUUUUAUUCACCACAGAAGGGAUAUAAAAGAUCUGGUACUUUAUGACAGGGAACUUAAGGAGAGAAUUGAUUUUUUUUUUUUCAGUCACUUUUUACUGUUACUUUUAUGUUGAAAUACCUCUUAAACAUGAUACGUUCUUUAAUGUCACUUUCCGUCUCUUAUACUUUCACAGUUUAGGCUUCAUUGGUGUCCUGGCACUUUAAAUAUUCUACAGUGAAAUUGUGUGUAUUAGCAUUAGCAACACAACAUUAGCUUCAAUGUUUUUUUUUUUAUUUUUCAUUUAUUUAUUUAUUUUUUUUACUGCAUUUAAAGACCUGUGGCACGCAGCAGCAGGCCUUUAAAUGGGCUAAAUGGACCAAAAAAUAACAGCCCUCACAUAAUAUAUUUGAUAUUUUUUUUGGAAAAGGCUCUACCUUGAGUCACAAAGUAAGAAAUAUCAAAAUAAUAUCCAGCUUUAAGGGCAACUGACACUCUUGAGACCCUAAUGGACAAUAAGUAAGGUAAUGACUUUCAGCGUUUUGAGUCCAUGAAAUGAACAAACAUAUUACAGAAUCUUCUAGAGUCAUUUUUGCAAGUUUUAUUUGACUUUCACGUCAAAAAUAGACAACUAGAAAAAACAAGAUGUGAAAAUAAUAUCUUAGACAAAAUACAUGAUAAACUGAUAUAACAUGGAUCUAUCAAGCUUUAUUCCUUUUUAAUAAGGGGCACAGUAUGUCCUGCAUUUCCGUGUACUGUACUUGAAAUAAUUUAUCUGUGUCUCUGCAUGAUUUGGUUGGCAGGAUUGGGAGGCAGUUCACUACAGUUUAUAAUAAGUAAAUAUGGUGAAGAAACAGACUUUGUGUUAUGUGGAUGUGUUUAUCAUGCAGAUUCUUUCUUGGCUCUGUAUAUUUCAGUCAGCAGUUUAGUGCUUAUAUCUGGCUGAUAGACUGCAGAAAUGUAGAGGAACCAUCACGCUUAUAUACAAAGUUUUAUUUCACUUUAUUUCAGGCUGUAAUUAUCCUCCACUCUGCAGCUCAUGCACAUGAUCUCAGCCAUCUGUCUUUGCGUGCAUGUGUGUGACUGCAUCACUAUUUAUUUUGUUCGUUUUUAAAGGCUGAUGAACUAGAAGGGAGAGAGACAGAGAGAGGGAUCACCACCCAAGUCAUUUGGUUUUAAUUUUGUGUGUGUAUCAGUGUGUGUUCGUGUGUGUACUGCCAGACUGUAGUUGUAGCUUCUCACGACUGCAUAUUGAGUGAAGGCAGAGCUACUUUUGUGACACAAUGUUGGAUAACAAGAUACACUUGUGCAGAUUUGUUUUGUAAAAUAUAUAUAAGUAGUUAUUCAGCUAUUUUCAGAUUAAUGUUGUACGAAAUUUAGCUUGCAAUUUACACCUAAAGAUAUUGAAAGAAGCAAGGUCAACACCAAGAAGAGUGAGAUUGUAUUUCCUGAAGACUUUUGCCGCCGGUAUAAAAAAUGUGUCCUAAAUUUAGCAGAAUUCAACAAGGAAUUAAAGACAUUCAAACCCUAACUGAGUAACUCUUUUUAUGUAAGAAGUACAAUACUUUUUCUAGCCGAAAUAUAUCAGUCUAAACAGAUGUCCAUCUUUCCCCCAAAGGCUGUUUUCCUACUUCUAUCUCUGCUCCUAACUUUCAAAGUGAAAAAGAUAAUUUACUGAGUGCCAAGGGAAGCCUCGCCUCACUCUAGUAAACCUGUGUCUUUCAAGUUUCCCUCUUUGCAGUCUCUGCACUAAAUCAAAUGAGCACACUUCUCUUUUCUCCUCUCCUGAGACAUAUUUUGCUUCACUUUUCUGAAAAUCACUCAGUUUAGUCAGGGUUUGAGAGGGUUGUUUACUGCUCCAGAAACACUGCUUGGGAGAAAACCUGUUACAGAACAAAUGUACAUAUUUGAGACAGAACUCUGCAAUUGAGUCGGCUUUGCUUUCUGCUUUGUGUUUUUUAGAAACACGCCAGUAAAGUCUUUGCUUUGGGUGUGAGUGUUAAUGACAAUAAAGGAUGACCAAAGAUAACCUUUGAGCUGUCUUUGUCUGGUCAGAUACUUGAUGAGAGACGGAGAGUGUCUCAAGAACAGAAGAGAUGUUCAAGUGCUCAGCAUACCCUUCCUCUGACACUAUCUCAAGUGAGACUUACCGCGAGUGGACAAGAACAGAGUGCAGAAAACACGAUGGAAAACGGGGAGAUAACAUUCAUCAAGGAGAAAAAUAGGAGCCUCCUUCUGAGUCGUUCAUCAUCACCUCGCAGUGCUACUUAGUGUCCAGACGACACUGAUUACUGUUUGCUAAGAGCAUUUCAAACCUGAAACCAGAAUAAUUAAAUGAUUCUAUCUCUCUAUCUAAAAAUCUUUUUAAUUUCUCCAGUACUGCAGAGACACUAAAGUAACUAGAGUCAUACUAAAACAACCUUCCUUCCAUAAUUUCCAUACCAGAGAGCAAGAACAUGUCUGUACACUGAAAUAUUGCUGGUAUUUUGGGAAUCAUCUUAUCAGUUGCUAAAGUUUAGCUUACUCAAACCAAAAAUGGCAGUGAAACAUUACAACAGCAUUUGUGUGAUGUCUGAGAAAAGUGGCCACCAAAUGAAUGUGGUGAAUGGAUGCCAAAAGACUCCAAACACAGUGGGUAAUGUUAUGCUAAUGCUACGAUAUACAACAACAAAAAAGAUGAAGCCAGUAGGGAUUCGAAAGACUGUCAGCCAUCUCAAAAAAUAUAAUUAAAAACAAGAAAAUUACAAUGAAUAAACUCAAUGCCAACCACAAAAAUAUACACCACAGGCCAAAAGUUUGGAAGCAAGGCCAUUACAGGCUGAACAGUUGGGAGUAACUUCAAGUUUUUAUUCACAAUGCUUUUUUUAAAUCCAGCAUGAGUUUUAUGCACAGGCAGUUUUAUGUAUUUUGGGAUGUAUUUACUCUAUGAUCAGAUGUUGCUUUCAUGGAAAUGCACCAUUUUACUUCAUUUACCUUUAGAUAUACAUUGACGUUAACAGACCAUAGCUAAAUAUAUGUCAGCAAAAGAUAAUAAGGGCUUAGUUUUAGAGUUGAAAACAUUAUGAUUUCAUGACAAAUAAUCAUGUAGAUAAUUGUUGUAUUCAUUAAGAAAAGAGAGAAAGGAGCUGUUAGCCUCUUAGCUUGUUUUGCAUCAUUUUAGCCAUUGUAUCUAUCCAGGACAGUGAUAUGGUGAUGGGGGUGUUAGGGUUCAGCAGAUAUCAUGAAGUCCAAACACAACUUAAGAGGUUGAACUGUGUGAAUUAUAUCACGGCAGGAAGAAGUACAAUCGAAAAAGUUUACCACAACCCAAAUAAUGCAUGAGAGAAAAAGGGGAGCACAUCAAAACUGAAAUUUUGGAUUCAUUGCUCAUGUAUUUUAAGACAAUGUUGUCAAGCUUAAAGGGAAUGCAAAACCCCUGCAGUCCCACCGAGACAUUUUUGUGGAGUUGUGUUCUUAAAAAUGUUACACAAAAAUGGUAAAUAUUUAAUAAAGGAGAAAGAAUUUGACAGUUAUUGAAAACUUUUAUCCCCCUAGAGCGUCUGAAGGCCCCGCUAUGAAAAGACGCCAUAGUCUUUCAUCCUAAAUCUCUUCAGACAAGAAAAGAGGGCUGUGCUUUGAUCCUGUGGCCUCAUUAAUUACCCCAGCUCAUAUCAGCUGAGAUGCUCAACCAUUACCAGCACAAAUAUGGAGAAACACCAGUCCUGACCUAAGUGUUUCCGUGCCAUUAGGCAUAGUGGGGACCAGAGAGGAGCAGCCCUUUGCUUUUAGCGCCUUUUCACCCCGGGCAUAUUGCUUACAAUAGCAGAACAUAUUUUUUUUUCACUCACUGUCUUAUUCAAGGGAUAUUUUCAGCCAUUCUGAGAGGAUGUGUCUUCGCUCUCUGUUCUGUAACAGCUAAAGCACUGUAAUAAAUAAAUAAAACCUGUACUGGUUUGCAGUCGCCCCACCCCACCCCCAGUCUGAAGUAAAACCACUGUCGUACAUCCUCUGUUUGCAGGUAGGACAAUGUAGAAACACUCUGUUGAUGGUGAGGUGUUUAUGCUUUGAGAAGCAGCUAAAAUGGUUUACUUGCUCACUUCAGAAACAGUGUUCAUCCAGUCAGUCCCCUUGGCCCACCUAGAUCAGCUGAAAAUCUAUGUGCUGAUUUAAAGGGAGGGGGGUGUUGCCUUUUUCCUAUCUUUUUUAAAGGGACAAAUGCCAUGAAAUAAUCAGGUGGGCUAUAGUAAGCCUGUUUAGCUCACAGUUUGCCAGGUAAUUAAAAUGGGAAGACAGCUAGCUCCCUAAUGUUUGAGGGAUUUCGUUAUCAGCUCAGCAAGCUACAAUGAAAAGAGUCUCUGAGCGCCAUAGUCUUAACCGUUCGUAUCUCCCUCCUCACACUCGGGCUUGAGUUGCAGUUUUCAGACAAGGUUGCCAUCCCGGUGCCCAUGACUCGAUCAUUAGAAGGUCAGACGCACACAAGACGAGACAGAUUGUGCAGCCACCUCUCAACAGGACUCAUCUCAUCUCGUUUACAGCACAGUGGGUUGCUUUCACAGUGCUAUGCCCAGGAAUGUGACAUGGCUAACACUGACAACUGGAAAUGUACAUAAAACGCAGUGAGGAACCCGACGUUCGUCCUGCCUGGUGGAAAAAGAUCCGUUUUGAGAUGCAAAUUUUCCUCCACCUCACAUUUCUGACAGUGUUGUCACAUGGUUGGGUUCUGCUCCUGAAGCUUUCAGCCUAAUGAUGCUGCCGCUGAUGAGGCAGAGUUUGAUGACAUACUAGUUAGCAUCCACUGAACAUGAACCGCUACAUCUGACAAAAAAUGCAGAGAGCUGAUGUGGAAAUGGGAAAUGAAAAGUUUUCCAACAUGCAUUUGCAUGAGGAGGGGGAGGUGUAGAUUUCAGGUGGAAAUUUCACUUUAAUUCUUUGCUGGUUUACACCAUAAGUAUCUUUUUACAAAGUCCCUGUAGGUUUAUUUUACCUAAAAACUUACAGAGCCAAUACAAUACAGCAUGUUCUGAUACGACACGAUACAAUACAAUAUGAUUUGAUUCAGCGAGAGUCAAUUCAGCUGGAUGUGAGAUGACUUGUCACAAUAAUUACAACACCAAAGUAUGCCUUACUGUCUCCACACACCAAGCACAAGUAGAAUCAGUCGUGCAACUGAAUUACAUGUUAAGUCAAUGCAAAGAUGUGAUUAGAUGCUCGUUCUACUCUGGCGGCGCGAAUGACGCAAAUUGGGCGGGAGCUGAAAAUUUCUGAACUUGAGUGGAUAUUUGCGUCGCAAUAACCAAUCAGCAUGAAGGUUGCUGGGUGACGUAUGAAAAUGGACGGUUGUUCACUGGUAUCUAAAAUGGAGGAUGAACUGAUCCUGUCAGUGUGUGGGUGCCCCGAAUUAUAUAAUACCUUUUCUGUCAAUUACCAAAACCGGAAUAAACAGGAACUCGCCUGGAGACAAGUGAGUGAGGAGGUCAGAUUACCUGGUAACUUGUAGAAAAAAAAACUUUGUCUUUCACUUGAUCCCGCUGGUUGAAUUGGCAGGGAUAACUAUUGAAAUUAGCAUAAACGGCUAUAAUCAAAUCGAAUUAAGCAAGUAGAUGAUUUUACUCGUGCUUGGUGUGAGCACCCCAUUAGACUUAAGUGCUGCAUCUAGUUGUCAUGGUAGUUUAUUCUGAACAACAAUAAACAACAACUAGAAAAAUCAGCAUCUAGUCAGUGAAGAACAACCGCCUAAAACACCCAAAAGUUUAAUUAAAACGCAGACAAGUUUAUUUAUUUUUUAAAUUAUAAUUAUUAUUUUUUGAGGUCAUUGGUCAAACACUUGGCACACCAAAUAUUUUGGAGAUUAAUUGAGUCUUAUAAAUGAUGCAUGUUUCAAUUAUCUUGUUUUUUUUUUUUGUCCUGACUAUCUUCAGUUUUGUCACCUUUACUGCCCAAAACAUCUUUCUAUCUUGAAUCUCUCCUGUUUUAGCUGUUUCCUUUUUUUUUUUUUUUUUUGACUGGAGUUGAAUAUAUACCACACCUCCUCAGCGUGGCUGUCCUAAUCAUUGACUAUACAAGUUUGUGACUCAUAAAAUACCAUGGACUGUGUAAUUCAUCAGUUCAAAUGUGGUACCUAAUAAAGUAAUGCAGCACAGUCUGCUGGUUUACAAGAGAUACAUGAAGCAUUGUGAUUUCGUAUACAUCAGUCCCCUCAAUUGCACAAAUGUUUGAAGAAGGCACAACCUCCUUGAAGAUUUUCAAAGACACACUUGACUCAGUCUUCAGUGACGUAGGUACGUGUCAAGUGUGCAGGGGAGUACAUUGUAGUGUCGCACAGCAGGACUAAAGUUCAUCAGCUCUGCAUCUCAGUGCCUGUUUGAUAUUCCACCUUCAUGCUACAUCACGAAAUACUCCAGUAUCUCCUCGACAGUUUUGUGCAAAGGAUGGACAUGCGAGGUAAAAAAAGGUCUCCCCGGUGUAUCAGACUAUUUGUGGAGGCAACGCUGUGAUUCAAACCCAGAUUCAACCCUCUCUUUAUACGUGUUUGAAGCCAGAAGAGUUGCCCUUAUUUUAUUGACUACCUAGUAUACACCUGCACUUGUAAUGCUUUGAAAUAUCCCGACCAACUCCUUCCUUGUGGGUUGUUUUUACUUUUUUAUCAAAAUUAUUGGAACAACACACAGUAUCUCAGUAUUUUGUUGUGGCUUCUUUUGUAGGAUUUACUGCAUCAGUGUGACGUGUCAUGGAGUCAGUCUGUUUGUGUCUCUGCUGGGGUGUUAUGGACUUCCUCUGAUAGCUCUUUUCGCAUGUCCGAACUGUUGCUCUGGUGUCUCUCAUCUUUCUCUUGGUGAUGCUCCAGAGAGCCUUUAUAGUGUUCAGCUCAGGCUACUUGGCUGGCCAACCAAGCUCAGUAAUAGCACGGUCAGCAAACCAACUUCUGGUAGUUUUGGCUCUGUGGGCAGGUGCCAGGUCCUGCUGGAAAAAAAAAAUGUGUAUCUCAGUAAAGCUUCUCAGCAGAUGGAAGCAUGGUUUCUAAAAUCUCUUGGGAGGCUUUGAGCUGGACUUGUGUAGUGAACCGAUUGACAGAUUGCAGCAGAUGACUCUGCACCUCAAAUCAUCAUGGACUGUGGAAACUUCUCACUGUAGCACCUUGGAUUCUGUACUUAUACAUCUGAACCUGUAUUUUUGUUUAUAUUAUUAUACAGGUAAUAACUUAUAGUGAAAUAUGGUGUUUAAAAAAAGUCCUCUCCAUGUAGAAUCAUGAAAAGUAGAAGAUAAGGCACAUCACUACCACAAAUGAAAAGUAUCACAACAAACUGGGAAUUGAAACUCCAACACUUGCACAGUUGGUGGCCCUGUAAGUCCUAAAGAAACGCCCACUCAUAGUAGCUGAAGUGAUUAAUGAGAGAUAUCUCACUCACAACAAAUAUAUUUCUGCUCAGUUGGUUAUCAGAGGUUGUAUCAGUUGACACUGAUUUUUGCACAGGCAGGCAGUACCUAUUUACUGUGCAGUCAGUCGCAGUAAUUGGGCUUUAAUCAGUGAGAAAUAAUGAACAAUCAGCCUUUAAGGUAGGAGGUAAGCAAAAAUGAGCUUCUCACUUGGAGAUGACCACCUUACUGGUGGUUUUGUUUUCUUUUUAAAUCUCACUGCAAUUAAAACUGCAGAGCUAAAACUGACCCUCUGUAGGAAGCACACACACGUAACACUGCUCAGCAUGAAAAUAGUGACUCCAUGGGCUCAAUUACAAGCCAGGGUGUCAUCUGCAAAAGUGCUUCAUCACCAGGAAUAAAAAAAGAAGUGGUGUUCUGUUCAUCCAUACCUUUGGGGAGUAAUUAAACUCACUGCGUAUGAAGCGACUAAGUAUUUAAUUAUAUUGGUUGUACACAGAGAGGCACUGCUCCCUCCAGCUAAAUGGAUGUUUAAAUGAAUUUUCAGUUUGGUGUUUAGCGGACACAUUUUCUCAUAUUUCAACCGUUUGUUUCUCAUUAGUUCAGAUUCUCAUGUCCCGGUGUGUUUCUGAAUAUUGACUUUCCCUUUUUCAGUUUAGUUAGAUCAGGAUGACAUAAAGUGUCCUGAAUGAAUGUACCACUUUCAGGAAAAAAAAGAGGUUUUCGGAGGAUGGGAAAGUGAACAAAAAUACCAUUCUCUCUAGAUUUUAUUCCCUAAACCCCUUCUCUAAUACUUUUUCUUUCUCUCAUGCUUUUAGUUUUUAUUUGACAACCCCUUCUUCUGCCUUCCCCCGCCUAUAAAGCUUUUAAACGAGGAUAGCGACUGCCCAGGGCACGGAUAGCCCAUGUGGGAGUAGGGUUUGGUGACCUCAGGUGAUUUGAGCACCUGGCUCUCAGUGGAGACGUACCAGGAGGGAGCGGCUCUGGGGUUUUGUUUCUGCUGCUUUUAGACAGACAUGAGUGAGCUGCAGACCCACUUUUCUGCGACUGCUGCUGAUGAAUUCUUUUUCUUCUCAACAGUCCCUCAUGAGCCUUUGAUCACUGUGUCUAUUUUUACAGACUUUCAUUGUCACCAAGAAGUAAAACUAAUAGAACACAUAAAGAGAUAUAGUAGAUCCCAGGCUCAUGGGGUGUUUGAUAUCAGCCAUGUAAAUUAGUCAUUGUAUAUCCAUUUAUAUUCAUCUAUAUUUCCUGCCUCGGACUGCCUUGAGGGCCUGUUUGAUGCCAAGUAGACGGAGCAUCAAAGUGCCAUGAAAGACACGUUGCGUGGCUUAUAUCAGGUUUCCAUCAGAAAACAUUUACAAAUCGUGAGGUUGGUACUUGGCGCCAACCUUUCUGCUGAUUGCUGAAUUUAUGUGUCUGGCAGAAAACCAAAUGUUUUGCCCACUGCUGUGUUUUGGCAGAGAAUCUUUCUUCCCAAGCAUCAAAUUCAGAUAAAUAUUUCCUAGAGUGCUUUCAGCCAUACUGCAUUUGUUUUGAGGACAUUCAACAAGCUCAAUCAGUUGGUCUGUUUCCACCAUUAUUUAUUUUCGAGGUUUACUAUGAGGCUAUGAAUCUAUGUUCUGAUUCAAUAACUUAAAAAUUGCAGGAACCCAAUACUUUUUCUGAAGUCAUCAUACCCAGAUUAAACCCAGAUAACUACUCAAGACUAAUGACCACUGAGAUGGUUUAUCUCAUCACUGAUUUUUUCCCCCUUUUGUCUGACCCCAUCUUUAGACGGUUUAGCAUAUUCCCAAAAUAGGAUAAAUCGGACUUUGACACAGAACUAUUAAAGUUAAACAGCAGUCAUUAAAUAUUUAAUUGACAUAACCCAGGAUUGAUUGAUUGAUUGACUGAUAGCUGGUUGUGGCACUGUCAUAAUUUGUACUGGGAACAAAACUAUCAGUGAAAAUGUAAAAAAAAGACUAGAGAACUAUCUCCCAUAGCUCACUCGUCGAAGAUAAGCGAAAAAAUAUUACUUAACAUCUCAACCAGUUCAGUCAGUUUAAGAAUGCUUAUAUUUUGAGUGGCGAAUUAGACACUCUUUACAGUCAGAGACAACAUGACUUGGAUUCGGAUUACUUCAAACUGCCUAAAUUCAACUCUAUUCCAAACUAUGCUCCAAAGUACCCUUUACAGUUGAAGUUUUGGGGCCAGAGACAGAGCCAAGGAGUAGCCAGACCACCCCUGAAAUCUGAUGGGCCACUCCAGUGACUACUUGAAAUUAUAAACUGUGAUUGCCUUGUCUGCAUUAUAUGUGUUUAACAGGAUGUUAGUAGCUUAUCUGAAUCAUGACAUUCACUGAGUAAUUUCCCAGUUAUAAAAUUUCUCCAUUUAAGACAAUAGAGAACCAGAAAAUGAGUGUAUACAUACUUGUAUCCUUCUCCAGUAAUCAGCCAUGAGAACAUAUUUUGUAUUGAGAAAAUCAUAGGAAGAAAAAUAAAUCUCCUUCUCCUUGCCACAUUAGUUCUACCAGCCAAACCUUACCAGUAAAGUUGAAGUGAUUUCUGGGUGAGUGCUGAGUAUUAACUCAGCUUUUUUCUUUGUUAAGUCUGACCCAAAAGUACAGUUCAAAGCAAUAAAUAAUACAGUCACUGUUAAUCUCAUUUUACUGUGGAGUCAUGAAGAGACAUCAGGGUUAAAGUGACACCAUCUUGAAAUCAGUUAAAACUGAAUUACACUUGUAUGCUGAUGACACUCAGUUUUAUCUAUCAGUGAGAGCUGCUGAUUAAGCACGCUGAGUUCACGAUUGUUUAUACAAUUUCAAAACUUCCAUAUUAAGACAUUGUUUGAUGAACUCUUUCAACUGACCAUUUUAUUAUAGAUAAUUGUGAUUUUUAUGCUUUUUGUUGCUUAUUAUAUUUGCUUACUUUAGCUUGUUUUGUUUCUUGUAAAGCACUAUGUAGUAGGAGUUUAGCAAUAUACUAUAUAAAAAUGACAAUUAUAUAACUUAAGAAUGAUAUCUGUUGCACAAAUAAAUUAAAAAAAAUCUUCAUUCACUCUUGCGCAUCGCCUUUUAUACUGCUUGGCAGUACCUGUGUCCAAAUGGACUUGAAGCACCUCCAGAUCUUUGCUUGUGUUGUUCUUGUUCUCGUAUGGAUAAAAGCAUCUGUUAAAUGACAUUGUAAUAGCCCUCCUGCAGACUCCCUACUUAACCCUUGGAGGGUUUUUCCACUUCGCAGCUCAAUAUUAUAACUGACUGUGUGCUGACAAAACCGUGAUUUAGAUGUAGUAACCGGCUGUGUUCACUAUACUGUGGUGCUAAAGAAGCAUUGGCUUAUCAAAGCAGUCAAGCACAGCAUUAGUUUCCAAAUACCCCUGAAUUUGUCAGGUUUUAAAGGAUUACAAGAGAGUACACAGCUCAGUGCUACUUAAAAAAAAAAAAAAAAUCCAGAUUUUGAAUUUGUAAUGAUACAGCCCCUCUUUAAAUCUGUGGCUGGGUUUUAAUGUCUUGUAAUCUUCUCAGGUUAUGUAUCACUGCUGAGACCCUGACUCCCAAAUAAUGUCAAGCUGUGCCCUGAAAAUAAAGCACGAGAUUGUCAGACAAACCUCGCUGUAAAGAGGAAAGCAAGACCGGUGUUUGUAAUAAGUCUCCUGCUAUCUGUCUAGACAAAAAUGAUAUCAAAGAUUAAUAAAACACUCACAGCAUAAGCGGUGAUUUUUGGCUAAAAAGGGUAAGCCAUCAAUUCAUGACUCAUCUGCAUGACACUCUCAUUUCUUUUAUUGUGAGACGAGGUUAUUUCCAUAAUAGCACAACUUUGGAGGAGAUGAUACCGUUUCCCUUUAGGCUUUUCAAAUAAAGCCUUUCCCUGAGAAAAUGUAAAUACAUUACUUAAUGUACAUUAUCCUUCAUAGUCAGGCUCAUAAAUAAACUCAUGAAGGUUUACAGCUCGACAACGAUCCAUUAAAAGGCGUCUCUUUCCCUUCCUGUAAGCUAUUGCUCAUUAAUGCUUGGUGGAAAAUUUCAGUGUUAGCAUUUAAGCAGCAGUUAGCAAUUAAGGGCAAUACAGGGACAGGCACAGCAAAUUAGCUCACCGCUCUGAGAGGUGUGAUAUGUUGCUUCAGUCUAAUCAAUGAAUAUUCUAUGUUGACGUUCCAGAGAUAAACAAACAAUUCGUCACAUGGAUCGGCUCCUCAUUACCACAGUUACUUCCUUGGCUGCAAUAUUUUGUUUUUAUGAAGUAUUGGACCUCUCAAACAAGGUUCAAAAUGUUCUUGCGUUUAUUGCUGCAUUUGUUGUAUAUUUGCAAAAGUGAUUUUUUAAGCAAGGCGUUAUCAGUUGUCGGAGAUAUAUGCAAAAACCACUGCAGAGGAUUAAUAACAGAGACAGUCAGAGAUGACGCGUUGGGAUAAAGCUCACAGGAAAGCAGUCUUUACUUUUUUUCUCCAAAAUGUCUCAUCGUCGUAUGAAUAAGUUAAGUUAUAAUGAUGUAAAAAUAAUUACACACAUUCAUUCCUGCAAGGUUACCUACAUUUUAAGCCAAAAAAAUCAGACCUUUUGAAUCUGCAUGAACUCAAGACUGGAAAUCUAAGACCUAAUCUUCUGGAAAUCUGCCAGUUUUUGUGACGUGGUUGGUCAAUGACAUCAGUCCGGUUUGCUGUACCUGCAUGUUUAGCUCAAAGGUGGUAGUGCAAACUGGAGGCAAUUUAAUAAUAUUUUACACCUGCAUAUCACUUUUGACAUCUUAGCUUUUAGGGAGUCUUCUCAAGUAAAACGUGCUUCUUAUUGUUUUUCAUUAUGGCAGCAGUGAAAAGCAGGAAGAAACAGUGGUGACUUCACUACAGUAUUCUGAAAAAGAGAAAUUAGCAUGCAAUAAAAGCACAUACUGGUUUUCGACCUUGAGUGCAUCAUGAUCCGAGAGUAGUACCAACAGCCCUUAAUGUGAAAAAAGUCAAUUUUUUUGUUCCAUAAUAUUGAUAAUGCUGAAAAGAAAUACAAACAUUUUAUUUCUCCAAUAGCCUAUUUACAGUUUAAGUCUUUCAAAGUAAAAAUACAACCCUCCCUUUUUUGUUUGAAUGCAUGUAUUUAGAAAUGAUCAGCUCACUUCAUUAAGCUUUAUACCCUAUGUGACUCUUCUUUAAAAAAAUGUUGUUGAAGGAGAAGAACUUCCAGUCUCGACAAGCUAAAAAUGUGUGUCGGUUAGGUGAUUAACACUACAAGUAACAUAAAACCAUGUUACAUUAAACAGCACUGUGUCACAAUUAUGUGGCAGAGCCUUCUCUCUAUUUCCUCAUUUGUAAUCAGUCUUCUGUUGUAAACAAUAUCUAAUAUAAUAACUCCAAGUAAUGUUCAGACUGUAUGAUUGUGUUUUCUCUUUUCUCGACUGUCAAACCCUUUCAUCCAGCCGCCUAUUGUUACUGUCAGCAGAGGACACAGUUUCUACUGCAUUUAUGGCAGCCAUGUAAGAUAGUGUUGUACCCACAGCUUGCCAGAUUCAUCUUCAUACUUUAUCAUCGAUGUUGAUGUGUGUUUGAAUGUGUCAUCAAAUUCAGUAAUUGUCAUCAAACAGUCAGUGAAAACCCUAGAUUAUGAACAAUUUUUGAACAUCUUUCCAAUAGUUGCCAUUUAUUCACAUCAUUUAAAUAUAAACAUCUCUACUGUAUUUGUAUUUUGAAAAGAACAACGGCCAGCCUUCAUCUGCUGAUAUUUUCAUGCCCAUAAACAAAUGUAUGGUACAUAUAGAUCUGCUUUUUUUUUUUUUUUUCUAUUUAUGUGUUUUUGUUUUUCCUCCAGUUAACAGAUGGUGAUGGUAUAAACCUUUCUUAUCGUAUCCAUGGUAACCACAUAGUAAGGGUGCAAACUUAUCCCUCAGCCAGGUCUUGGUAGAUAUGAGGUCGGAGCAGGUUUAUAUACACAGGAUAUGGACAUUUAUUGCUUCUUUCUUUCUCUCUUUUUUUUUUUUUUUUUUUUUACAUGGCCACACUUGUCAAAAGACAUGUCAGUGCUGUGUGUUCACACGCCUUUUAUCAUGGCUGCCAAGCACAUUUUUCAUUUUGCCAUGCCAUUUAAUUUCUGCCAGAUGAUGUGAUAAGAGUUUAAAAGUGCUUUUGACAACACCAUGAUGGAUGAGAGGAGUAAAUAAGCCCUGUGGCGCACUUCAGAAAUUGAAGUCUGAAGUGAUAUACUGUAUACUUAAAAAGAAAAAAUGCAGAGAGAGCCAUUGUCGUUGUGAUUUUAUCACCAAUUUUGACCUCAGGAGUCUCUCAAUUCUAGCAGCUCAUCUAAGAUGUAGUUGAAAUUAAAAGCAGAUACUCAAUAUGUUUUGUUUUGUUUUACAGCUCUGUUUCAAAUUCAAUCAGGAGAGCAGAUCUCCCACAAAUAUUCCCGCCUUUUACUGUCAUCACAGUAACAGAAAAAUCAAUACAUUCACAUCUAUUAGUGUCACCGCUGCCACAGAUUAUUUACUUACACCAAUUAGGAGGCUGAGAGGGAAAUGGAAGAGGCCCAUCAAACAAAAGCACACGUUCAAUGAAGUGAAGCUCAGUCAAAGAUGAUUUUAACUUGCAGGCUUGGACGUCAGAAUAAAACAUCAAAGCAGACAACAUAACUCAAGUAAAAAAAAAAAAAAAAAAACGCCCUAGACCAACCUUAUGAGUGUGCGCGUAGUAGUACUCCAGCUCCCAUAUCUGCCCCCCUGCUGGGUCUAAGCGUAAUCUUUAAGAUAUGCACCAUUUUCCCUGCGAUCAUACCCUCUCAAAGGGCCAUAUUGUUGUGCUUGAAUAGCCCACGUCUUUGUGUCUCUAUCGCUAUGUGAACAAUCCAUUACUUGGUCAAAUGCGCUGUUUUGGAAGAGAAGACAAACAUCUAUUUUUAAUGGUAUUGUUUGUUUCUGGCUUGCUUUUUUUUUUUCCUCCAGAGUGCUAUCCCUGCUGUUGUGCUGUAUGUAAAGCAUCAUAUAAUCCAAAUGAAAGUUUAUUUUUCGCAUCAAAAUCUGGUUUUUAAUGUGGUUGAGUGAUUAACCUGUGAAGCUCCAGGCAGGGGGAGAUGAUUGUCUCUCUGAACUGACAAAGGCAUCAAUUAUUCAGUAUCUGCUGUGUUGACUGCUACAGGCCUGAGAUCAGUGUUGCAGUCUCUGUUUAGUAGUUGCUUUUACUGCACAUAAACUCAGAAUUACACAAAGAACAUCAAGUUCUCUAAGAAAAUAGCCUCUGGAGCAUCUGGGAUCCCAGUGGUAUAAUUUUUUGAAGAACCAAUGCAAACACAAAGGCUUAUUAAAUAUUCAGGCCCACAUGGCCAUAUCAUUUGCAACAAUAAUGAUUUGAUUUAGAUACUCACAGAGAGCAGGAGCUAAGAAAAUAAAGGCACAGAGAUAGUGUGUUGUCCUCUAAUGUGUGUGUUAUAGCUGAACUGUCAAAUGAAUCCUGCUACUAACUGAACCAACAGCAGCACUUCAUUUAAAUAUCAGCAUCUCCCUGUGUUAACAGUCUAGCCUUUACUUUGAGAAAAGUCUGUUUAAAAAUCUCAAAGAGGAAGCCACUCUAGCUGUGUUAGCUACUUCCAUCACCUUUAGGGAAUCAAAACAUCAACAGCAUGUCCUCCUGCCACAUGCUGCCAGAGCCUGUGCAGCAAAGAGCAGCAAGUGGACAUGCAGUUUUGAUGUCUGUUAACCAAAACUGACAGAAACUUUCCUGGAGGAACAUCAAAAAUCUCUCAGGUCUGAGCAGUCUACCGGAGAAGACAUUCUUGAGUCCAUCUGAGCAGACAUUGAGUAUGUUUACAUGUGCACUAGAGUUGAGCUACGGUAAUAGCUCAGUUAGGUGACUAACUGGACUACAGUCCUUGUCCAAGUUUACAACCAUCAGGUAAGAAUUGGACUAUUGACAGAAGCACAUCCACCUUUGUUACAGUAGGUGGCAACAUGACCCCUGACAGCCUGUUACUAUAAUCUAUAGACAUUUUCUGGUUGAAAUAUUACGUAUCAAAACAGUCAGUGAAACAUGUUAGCAAGAGACGAAUGUACAUCAAACAAUGGAAACACUCACUUUUACAGCUCUGUGUUAUAUGCCGGGACUUUUUUUUGGUCUUUUUUCCACAUCCUUUCUUUUGUUUAAAACGUAGCUUCCUGUCAACACAUCCACAUUAUUUAACUUCUGGCUAAGAUCCCAGCCUGCAAACACUUGAGCAUGCGCAGAAUAUUUAAGCCAAUUUCAGUUCGACAGAGUCAUAUACAUGACAGAUCUUCCAGGUAUGUUAGUCCAACUAUGAGAAGUUAGAUGUAGUGAGAGUUCAGUCAGAUUAACAUGUUUACCUGCUUUGUGAAAGUCCAGUUUCAGUCAGACUAAGGCUACAAAAAGAUUGUUUGAGGAACAUGCAAACAUAUUUACCGGGGGUUACAGAAAGUUUAAUGAUUGUUGCAUUUAUGUUUAUUUGCUGUACCAAUCCUGGGCACUCAACACUGCAGGAGCCACAAUUCUUAAUCAGAGCUUUUUACAUAUUUGUUGAUGACCAUAUAGUUCAUUAAAACUUAUUUGGGAAGAAUGUAUUUGACAUGUUCUUUAAUAUUAUAUUUUGACCCUUGUCUCACCUAUUUUUGAGCUAUAUUGCAGCUACUUGAAAAGAGAGAGCUCUAAAUUUGUCAGCUUUACUUUUAGAUAACUGCCCUGUCACCCAUGGUUUAAUACAGUUUAAAGAGAAUAAAUGAUGUCUUAAUUUCUUUUUCCAUAAUCAGCUGUAAUACCUGCAGUUUUUGCUUUCUUGUUGUUUUUAUUAAAAACACUAAUUCAAAGUGCUCACCAAGCCAAUUAUAAAAAAAAAAAAAAAAACAUUCAAGCUUUUUCAAUAAGUCCCUACUGAUAAAAUUAUGAAAUAUUCUCUGCAGCCACAGUGAUCAUGUCAGAGAAGUGUAAAUAUGUGCUCACUUCUCUGCCAUUUAUUAUUUCACUAGUGUGCGGAGCAGGGACUGGGGGUACAUGUUAAAUUGGUCUUGCUAGUUAGAACAAAUUGUACAAAUUGAAUUCAGUGUGGCUGUGUCUAUAUUGGCAGUGUUAGCAGUUGGUUUCAAACCUGAGCAAAGGUUAAUCAAGCACAGGGCUGCCUAGUUUGCAUGACAGUCUCUGAUAUUAAGAUUCAUAGCACACUGUUUGUGAUGAGUUAAUCAACUCUCUGUUUUACAUGAUAUGGUUACCAUGCAUUCAUUGAGACAUGUUUUAAUACUGCUUCCCCUUACCUGUCAUUUUCCUCAGCUAGACGGCACCAGUCUGUUUUAAUGGUAGCUGUAGAACAUCAGAAAGGGCAUGCUGGGUAGUUCUUUAUUUUUGUCCUCAUAAAGGCCAUGUGUUGCACAAAUUGAGGUGCACCAAGAAGCAAGCGGGAUAGAAAAGUGGUCUUGAGAUCAGAGAAAGUGCUCCCUCUGUGAUAUGUACAUGCUAUGAUUAUGGGAGGCACUGUAGUGAAAAGACUGGCCAAUCUUUGAGGCUGUAAAGGUCAGAGGCUUUGAUUCAAGCUAACCGAUGUCAUGUGCCAGGUCUCCUCACACUCACAGAACUCUGACUGUACGGUUGACUAAUUGCAGCAAAAUGGAAGUGACCUGAUAACCUAACGUCUCUUGUAUCACUUUCUGGCAUAUUUAUCUUUAAUUGGCUUGAAUGAAGUUCAAGGCCCCGAUCGGGGAUGUAUUUUAGAUGACAUUUAACUCCUUUGACUGACGUUCUUCUUUGUGUUUCCACUCACACGGUUUCAGGAAAUGGUCCUAUCAGGACAUCUAUCAAAACACUUCUGCCUAUAUGUGUAAUAGCCUCACUGUCUCUUUUGUGCCAGCCAUGAAAUAGCUCCACAGCGAGGAAAUGACAGCUGUUACGGCAAGAUUUAUUCUAAUGUUAACGUACAACAAGUAGUUCAUGCAAGUGCAGGGGGAAUGAAAAUAGGAUAACCUUUUACAAAAUAAAGACAGAUUUAUUUCCUCUGUGGCCCCGUGGAUAUACCGGGGAGGUUGAACGACAAUCUGCUGAAAAAACAUGGCUGCAAGGCAGAAACGCAAGCAUUUGUCCUCCUUUCUAACCAUCGUCUUCUUACCAGGCUUUGACAGAUUUAAAAAUACCCUUGGAUUUGUAAUUGUUAUGCAGAACAGGAAAGCUAUUUCAUCUCUUUAUGUGAAGAGAGCUAUUCCCUAUAGAAAUCCUCAGUCUGUUGAUCAGUCUCUGCUGACUCCUGUUCUAAUGACUAUGAGUCUCUGUGACAUGUUCAGUCAAUCUGCUGAAAUAACAAGGUAAGAAAGUAAUGUGCACAACUCUUAGCUUGGGCAGAGCGAGCCACAGCUGCGCUGCUAAUGAGAGAAGACGUAUAAGUCUUAGACUCGGUGAGAGGCAGCUGGUUGAUUAGUACAACAGCGGUGACCUUGGUCUGGUGGACACUUUAAGUGGACAAAAGAUGCAUGUUCAACAGCUGAUAAAGGCCACAACCAUUAGCCGGGGAAUAAAAUAUUGUCAACAGUUGUUUCCAGGGGAUUGUGAGUACAUAAAAACAAUUUGAUGUAUGAAGAAACUGUUUUCUUGUCAGGCUUUUUUAGUUUGCAUCAUUUAGCAUAAAGUUUAUAACCUCUUUACAAUGGAGGCCUGGCUUCAGAUUGAUUCACUAAAUUAGUUUAAAGACAGAGAACAUUUAGAGUAACAACUAUACUGACUUUUUCUUGACUUCAUCUUGUCUAAAAUGCUUUAACUUUGCGUUGACUAAAAUAAACUAAAAUUAUAAAGAGAUAAAAUGUGACUAAACUAAAAGGUCACAAGCAUUUUUUUCAUGCAAUGAUUUCUGACGUCAAUAAUUUUUUUAGAACCCGUAUCCUGUCAAUACAAGCGCUCACAUCAGCGAUGUUUUCUGAUCCUGCGACAUUGCAGCAUUUAUUUUUUCGUAUCACGGUCGAAUUUUCUAAAGUUUCGCAUACUGUGUGUCCACUUCUGACCAAUCAGAUUUCGUGUUGUUGCGACGUCAGAUUCACCGAUAUAUCCAACAUGGCCAACCGACUGAUUGUUUAUGUGUCGGAGAACAGAUUGCUUUUUGAUAAAAACACAAAUAUUACAAAGAUAAUGACCUGAAGGACAACUUGUGGAGAGUCAUAGCGUCAGAUUUCUCAUAUGACGAUAGUUUUUGUGCUUUAACAGUUUGCUAAACGUCUUUGUUUUAACUUUUAUCUGUGCUAAGUAACUUUAGCUCGUAAGCUAACCUGUUCAGAUACAACAUACCAUAUGUAUUUUCACUGUCUCAAACUCAAUCACGUUGCUGUCACAGCACCAUUAGGUCUUGGUUAUUACCUUACGUAUGUGGAUUAUAGUUUAAUGUGCUUAUCUGGUACUGGCCCCGACUCAGUACAUGCUAUCAUGACAGACAGCCAUCUCAACACUAGUGUGUAAUCAGAACUGAAAAACAGUCAGCCUGGUGUUGUGUCAGUCUUCUCACUUCCACCUGGGACACGUCUUUUUUCCCCAGGAAAGUUGCAAAAUCGCAUCAGGCUCGAUGUGUAUAGUCAGGCACGUCAAAAUUCGCCUCCGAAUAUUUCGUAAUUUUGCGUUGUACUUUUGCAUUGUUCCCGGUAUGUAAAGACCUUAAUAUUAAUUAGUUGCCAGUAUGAAAACUUGUCUUGCUUAUCUAAACUCAACAAAGCCACCUUGGACUGCCCCUCAAAGUACACUUUUUUUUACAAAUUAUACAUGUUUGCAUGGUAAUGAUAAAAGUUAGAGUCUUAGCUUGAACUAACAAAAGCCACCUGGCUGAAACACACUUUCCUGCCAACAAAUGCAAACUGGGUUUUUUAACCUGAACAAAUACAGACACAUUCCUUCAGCUUAGCUUAGCUUAGCUUAAAUUUCUAAAAUUCCAGCCUGUUUUUAUUAAAAGUCAACAAAAGCCAUCUAAAGUCUAAAGUUCAAUCACUAACUAUUUGAAAAGGUUUCUUUGAUCUGUUCAAACACAGACGUGCUAAAAUGACACUGCUGGUAAUGUGUCAAAUUAUUUUUCAGCCAGCUGAAGUAACUUCCUGAAGACUAUGUUGGUUGCCAGGCAACCCCACUGUUGUUACAGCACUCCUGGGGUUUCGUGAUGGUAAGCCAAGAAAAAUUCUGGCACACAAUCGCUUAUAAAACCACAAGUUGUUGUUUUGACACUUCAGGUUUUGUAAAGACAAGAUGUGAGGUGUUAAUUUCAGUGUCUCCAUUUUGAUCUGAGUUUUUUAACAUGAAAAUAUUUAUAGUGAAAUAUUUAUAGAGUCACUGUUUGGUUUAUCUAAAAAACUCAAGUGCUAUCAUGUCAUGUUUUCAGUUAUUUAUUUAUUUUGUAUGUCAUCAGUGUAGACAAAUGUUAACAAUUUCCUGUUUGUUCUCAAAGGAGAUGACACCGCUAAAUGAUUUUGACACAGAUAAUGAAAGCAGAGCCAUGGCACAGAUUUAAGUGUCAGCACAGCUGUUAAUUAUUGAAAGCAUUGUCCCCAGAGGGAGAUUGAAGAAGACUAGUGUUCAGCAUAUUUAGGACAGCUUAUGUUAAUUGAAACAAAACAGUGAUAGCUAGCUUAGUGCUACUCUCUUGCCAAGAAUGGUGAUUGUCUUGGCAGAUGAUGUAUUACAUUUAAAUCAAGUUUAGAGGUCAGGAGAAUUGCUUCAUUCAAGUUGUCCCAACAUAAACUUGGCAAAGUCUGCCUUGGCUGUAUUAAAGCUUUUAUUGUAUUUGCAGUCAAGUCCAGAGUAAGAUUAUACGAACAUGAAAGUACAAGUUUGAUGCUAAGAAUGUUUUGUCAGCUGGGAGUCAGGGUGCCCUGUCGUGAGAGCUUGCUUUGUGUCUCUGGUGUUGUUGCUUUAGUUGAAAACUGCCAUAAGGAACAACAAUGAUUUGUCCUGACAGGUAUUCAGAACUAAAUCAAACUCUGUCUAUAACUAACACUUCUGUUGGCAUUCAGGGCCUAAACACAGCUCAUUCCAGCUGAGACUGAGUGUCAGUGUCACAGGCAUAUUGGGCGCAGAGGAAUAUGUAUGCAGCCCGCAGCCAUGUGCUUCUCUGUCACGGUCAGGCCAGAUGACAGCCAGACGGGACACUCUGUCAUUCAGCUCACAGCAGAGGUGGAGGAUUGUCUGGGGCCCAGAAACAGGCUCUUGAAAUACAGCAAUAAGGAGUGUCAUAUCAUCAAAACAUCACAAAACAUUUGCUCAGCAAAUGAAAGUUACCUUGAAGAGAGCUUGAAAUGUAAUAGUAGAGGAAAGGGAGAAGCUUGAUUUACAUAAUUGGUGGACAUUAUUGGAGUGAAGGCUGUGAUUUUUUUUUUAUCCAUGAGGUGUAAAAUUCCACCCAAAAUAGUUUUUGUCUAAGUAUGGUUUAGCAAACACAAGGAUAACAAUCAUAGUGUGCUUCACCUUUUAUAAAGGUCUGGAUUUUCUGUAAAUAUUAGAAUAAAUAAAAUGAAACCAAAUAAGUAGUAGUUUUUGGUGCAACAUAAAUACGUCUCUAGUUAGCAAAUCGGUCGAAAUAAGAAAGAAGAUAUUGUUUCAAAAAUACUGUUAAAUCAACUCAUUGAAUCAGAGACAGCAGCACCUGAUUCAGGUUGUCUGUCUGUCUGUGGAAAUAUUUCUUUACACCGCUUUCAUUUUAGUUUGCUUUAUGUCUGUUUUCUUCUAUUUGUCAGAUGUCUCUCAAACUCUGUAUUAUUAUUAUUAUUAUUAUUAUUAUUAUUAUUGUUAUUAUUAUUAUUGUUGUUGUUAUCAUUAUUAUUAUUAUUAUUAUUAUUAUUAUUAUUAUCAUGAGUAGAUAGAGUAAUAUAAAGUCAAUUUAGUAUGCUAAGAAAACUGUUGGUUUUGCCAUAGUGUCAACAGGCAGGGGGUAAAUGUGUAGGAUUAGGUUGUUGACUCUGUUGUUAAAAUUCACUCACUGUUGUCGUGGGGUUUAGAUCAAACUGGUCAAAAUAUUUAAUACAGCCAGUUAAUAAAUACUGUUUUAUCUUUUAAUAGUAUUCUUUGCUAUUAUACUGUAAUUUGCAGUAAGGCAAUACUUGGACUGCUGUGAUACAAAGCUAUUUGUUUCUUAACUCUAUCCUCUAUUUAUUUUAUUAUCUUUUAGUCCUACAGAUGCACUGCAUUUAAUUAUACUAUGUUUUGUUCGUCUCAACAGCUUUUUUUCAUGCCUGUGGUGCUUCUUUUGACUGCACUGAACAUCUGCUCUGAAAGUAACUGGGAAAUAUCAUGGGUACACUAUGUUGCUAAAGACUAAUCUAAUCAGCAUAAUAAGUGUCUGAUUUGAUUACUGGCAUGUCAGGGACAUCACAAAAUACAGUCUAGGAUUACAAAAUUAACCUUUGAGGUAUACAAACACACUUGUUAGACAUUUUAAUUACCUGCAGCAUUUACUCUGAGCUAUAAACCCAGUACCUCAAAAACUCUUCCUUUUAAAGACUUCCUGGGUUUGUCUGCGCCUAGGGUUUGGCCUCAAGAAGCACUUUUGAUAUUUAUAAGGAUUCUGCCUGCGUUAGAGAGAAAACAAACCCAAAUUCAUUCCAGCAAGCUGCCUCUUUUGGUAAAUAAAGUAAGGAGAACAUUUCUAAGCGUGGGAGCACUUAAAGAUCAUAAAUAAUUACAGGCUUUAUCAGGAAUGUCAGACAAUGUGGUCACGAGAUGGGAUUCACUUGUCACAAGCUGCACAUUAAGUCUAAGGAAAAGAGACUCGCACCUUAUCUUUAUCCUUCUUUUAUAUUCUGAGUGGAUCAGUGAGUCCCAAAACUGUCUGGAGCAUCUAUGCAGAGGCUUUCAUUCCCUCUGUUUAAGGUUAAAGAAAAGGCCACUUUCAGUGCAAAAUGUGGAGAAGAAGCGUGCUUGUUUGCAGACAUGGUGUUAUCAUGAUGGCACUGCAGCAUUUUUGCCCGUUCUAAUAUAAACAGAGGAAAAACUGAAUGCAUAUGAAGCUUAUCUUAACUCUCUCUGACAGGCCCGAGGCUGGUCACUUCAAGGCUUUUUGUUUGAGGCGUCAACAUCCUCAGCUGUGAAAAAUAAUGAACAUCCAGAAGGAGAAUAAAGCAUCAUUUAAUAGCCUUCUGUCUUGCUGAGGUAAAAGUCAAUGCGGAGGCUAUUUAUAAUGAGGCAAUCAUCAGGUGGACCUGGCGAUAAUAUUGUUUCUCAUAACGUGCCCUGAAAUUCUCCCCUGGCUCACAAAACCUCCCCCCAAACGAGCUGCCGAACUCUUCCUGAGCUCGUUACAAGUGGGAGAAAAAAAAAAAAAAUUCAACACACUGCAUGUCUUUGCUGUGUAUGUGAGUGUGUGCGAAUACCAACAUGAUUCAUGCAAAUUGCCGAAGGUUGUGCUCACGACAUUCAGCUCGGCCUGUAAAGAUUAGCGGUGCCUGUUGACUUGACAACGUACAUUUUAAAUGUGAUCACGUGAUGGACUAAGCAGAGGAUUAAUUGAGGAGAAAAUUCUUUCCGACAGGCUUUUAACUGCUAUGCUCUGGUAUAAAAACUGUCCAUUAAAAGCAUUAAUAACUCUAUACCCCCGUUUGAGUUCAUCUGAGAUUAUCCCAGUUGAAAAACACUCUUGAUUUUAUAAUUUCUUCGAGACACAAGUGGUGGCGGAGGCCAACUGUUUGAAAUUUCCUGUUUCAAGCGUGAAGCAUUAAUCCUUGUUGUGUGAAAGAUGACUGCAGUGUGUAAUGAUAUUAAUUACAACAACAUCUGCUCAGGGAAACUGCAUGAACUGACAAAAAUAUGAACGCUCUGUGAAUCCAAUUCUUCCAAAAUGAAACAAACUCUCCCAAAUGAUGUUCUGAAUUGUAAUGGUGUAAAAAACGCCGAGGACUUUGACUCAAAUUAUAGCCUGUGGUCUUUCUGUUUCAAGGGGUUCAAUCUUUGUGGACAAAAACUUUUCAUACCAAAACCAUGGGGGUUAAUCUGUGGAGUUAACAGCUUCUGGGAAGGAUUUUCACAAGAUUCUGGGCCAGGCUGAGGGGAUUUUCUCCCAAUCGGCCACAAGAGUUUAAGUGAGAUCAACAGAUGGGUGAUAAGGUUGGGCAUCCAGUUGGUGUUUCUCCUCAUCCAGGAGGUCCUGGACAGGGUUAAGGGUCCUGGCUCUGUGCUUGUCAGUCAAGUUAAGCUGAUAAUCUUGAUGGUGGCGCAAAGUUUGGAAACUUAGUUUGACCACACAUUUGAAGUUAAUGUCCUUAUAUUUGUUGGGGAACCAUAACCUCAUGAGUACUUCAUCCUACUUGUUAUUUAGCAUAAGAAAAUAGUGCUAUAUGUACUCUCUAUUAGAUUUAAACCAGCAUUUAGUAUGUUUAGAAAGAAAAUAAGUAAAGAAAAUAUUGGGAAUAAGUUAAUUUUACUGCCAUAGCUUAUAUUAUCUUUGCACCCCUUUCUUUCAUGUUAUUUAUUUCUGUUUGAACAUUUUUUGCUGGACCUACUGUAUAUUUCAUGAAUGCACACAUCAGCAUAAACAUCUCUAAAACCUAUAAGAAAACCAUAUGGUGCAAGUAGCACCAUUGGAAAAACACAAACAGCUAUCUUCCUGUCAACAGAUUCCUCAGAAAAUCAAGGUGUUACACUCCACACUUAAGUAUCAUUUUCAAACUGCUGGAGAUAAUUAUACAUCACAUAUGGACGCAGACAGUUUGUUCUUUCACACAUUUGUGGUGUUUGCCAGAUUCUGUUGUCAAAGCAGUUUUUUUUUCCACAUAUAAUCUUUGCAUGUAAGCAGAUCCUUAUAUUUCUAUAACACAUUAAGUCAUAUUAUGCAGACAAUCUAGCAGCUGGUUAAACCAACAAUCAUGAUAUUCCUGUUGCACUAUCUAUACUCACAUGCUAAGUUCCAGUUCCAGCUGUAGUGUUUGGUUAUUGUAAAAUCCUUGGAUGCAGUUUUGCAACAGAACAAGUCAGGUCAAGUGGUGCGUGCAGUUGCCUACAUGAAGAAGUUGCGCUAAUUUAUCGCUCCUUUCUGUGAACCAUAUUCAGAUAAGUAUGUUUAAAAUCGAUAAAAGAAGGAGUUAAGUAAAUGCUUGUGCUUUGUGAGUUUGACAUACUAGUUUGAAUAUGUUGCAAACUGAUUGCAACCUGUAAACAUAACAUGUUUGACGUUGAAAACCAUUCAUUUAAGUUGCUAUUUACUGACCCCAUAAAUCAUUUGACAGAUUGAUAUGCAUGCCGCGGCUCCAUCAGCUAACAAUAUGGGUGGAGAUGGAAGCAAAAUGUUCAUAUUACUAUAAGUGAUAGAGGCUGAAUAAGAGUCCACCCUGUCAUCUAAGAGUUUCAUACAUCCAUUUUCUCUUUAACUGUCGAUGGUCUCAAACAGUUUCUGGGCGACCAUUAGGAGAUUACAGGACACAGCUGCUAACCGGGUGCUCGCCCUUCUAGCCUCUUGUCCUCUGCUUUCAUCAGCUUUGAAGCCUGUCAGAAGUCCUCUAUUCCACCAUGGCUAUUAUGAGAAUAUAUUGCAUGUAUGUGCAGGAGUCAUUAGGCAAUUAAUUUGUUGUACAACUUCACACACCCUGGUGUCCAAUUGGGUUUAUGAGGGCAGAUUGGUGGUGAAAUUACAAUCUUCCAAUGACCGGAGCAUCAGGGGAGGGGUCCACACGCACUGCAGCGGAACAUGCAGAGUUCAAGGGCUGGUCCGCCUCGUUGGUGUACACACCAAAGCCUUUUUUUUUUUUCCUUCUUGGAUUUUAAAUCAGUAAAGAGCCAGCAGUGGUUAACGAUGGACAGUCACGUUGAACUCACCGCCUCGCUGAAGGAAGCCUGAACACUGACAGAGAUGAGACGACUGUUUAAAGUCUAUUUUUCCUCCGUUUUGAAGAAGGAAAAGUCUGAAUUGGCUUUGUGUAACCGAAGAUGAGGUCCUUUUUGAUUUAAAUGUAGGCACAAGUUUCAGCAUACUCACUUGAGGAAGAAAAAAAAAUAAAAAAACUUGUCUUUGUAAUGUAGCUCGGGUGUAAGAUUCUCUUGUGUUACAUAGGGGGAAGCAGUAAAAAAGCCGCAAUGCAGUUUGCUCUGCCAAAUCAUCUGAUCACAGUGCUUAAUUGAAUACUGAUGUGAAAUGCAGACAGCCAGAGAUAGCAGAGCAGGUUUCACAGGUAAUUAAAACGCGGUACUCAGCCCAUAUGGAUAAUUUGCUUUAACUCGUUUAUCCUCUGCUGCAUGUAUACCUGCCUUAAGUGUUGUACGUUGAUAAGGGAAUUUCCUGGUCAGCAAUAUGUUUGCAUCCUGAAAGUAAACGCACACCUGCAAACUAUGCAGCUUUACAGUUUAAAAGCUUUUAAUCAGGUCGCCUUUCUGAAGUAUGUUCAGAAAAUGAAAUCAAAGCUGCUCCCCUUUGGCUUCAGGAAAUACUCAGAUUCAAUCAGCGAGGAAAACUGCCGACAAAUUCACCGUGAAUAAACAUUUUUUUAUGGAAUAAAUACCAACAAACUAGGUACAAAGACAGCAAAAAUAUGGUUCAGUGGAGGCUACACAUUGCUUUGCAAAUAUUAAUCUACCAGUUAAUAAGUCAGUGUUUGGGGAUGGUGUGGUUCACAGUGUGUCUCUCAGUGCAUUAUCCAGUCAGCAAAUUUCCUUUGGCAGAGACGAGGGCCAAACAAACACCCAAGCUGUGGCACAGCUCUGGUAAGGAAGGAUGUCACAUUUUCAGCCAAGAUGAACCAGAAAAUCCCUCUGGGAAAAAAAAUAUAUUACGGUUUUUUGAAAUUAAGCAAAGGGUAAAAGAUGCAGUUUAAAUAAAUGAGAAUAUAUCCAAUUGCCUUGUUGAGCAAUUGAUGCAGCUGCAGUUGUUUUCCAAGCAUGACCCAUAUGUCAACCAGGAGUUACUGGUUUCCAUGGCGAGAGACAGUCUGACCCUCUGCUUGUAGCUUCUGAAGACUGUUACCUUUAAUUCUGUCCACUGGCUGUGCAGGUAUGGUGAAACACACGCUGAAGGCUUCAGUGUGUUUAGCCAUUUCUGAGCCAACUGUGCAAGGAAAUUGUCUUGUGUGGCAUAAAGCACACUUUAUCCCUUAGUCCACAAAUGUGGCAGCUAUCAGUGCUGCUUUCACGCAAAACAUCACAAAGAAGCCGGUGGUAGUGUUUAUUUAUUUAUUUAUUUAUUUUUUGGUUUUAUUUCUGUGACUCGCUGUCACAGAGAGUGUGUGUUCUCAUAAUGCUCAGAGCAGUUUGUGGGAGCAACCAAGUGUGACUGCUCCAGCUAAGGAGUUAAUGAUUGGCUGUAUUUUGAAAUUCAUUCCUUCUUCCCCCCCCAAAACAUGCCCUCUUCUCAGAAAACUGUUUUGUAUGUAGAAUACCAAAACAGCACCAGUCAUACUCACAGAAGCAUGUCAUUAUGCAUGUAAAAUCCCUGUAACGCACAUUAAACAUUUACAUAAUGGACAUUGUUUUCCAUUUAAAAAAGAGCAUGGAAAAUGAAACCAACAUCAGGGGAUGUGAAACAUGUCAAGAUUAUGGGAAAAAUAGAUCACAAUUCAUUCCUAUUUUCUUUUUCUUUCGUGUUACAAGUGCAUGAGAAAAGAAAUGGACAUGUUUUUAUUGUUUGUGCUUAUCUCGUUGGCACAGCAGUGAAGAGGCUACUGCACAGAUUUGCAAAUUGUACCCACAGACUGGAUUUUAAACCAAUGUGCACCUUAACAGAAAUUAAACCGGGUAUCCAUGCAUUUGUUGACCAUGCCACACCAGUUGGAUAUGUAUCUCCUGAUAAUCCCCUGAUUGCAAAUUGUGCAAACAUGUGGAUGGCACAUGGCUCCCUUUAACUUGCAGAUUUUUUAUUUCAUUAUUUUUUUUUAUUUCUGAGGCAGGCACUUUUUUGUGUGUUCAACAUCCUUUUCUUUUAUUAAGUUGGCUUAACUUUUGGCUGAGGGUUUUAUUUUUAUUUUUUUGGCAGUUACAGAACAAGUAUGUUGUUAUUUGUGCUGUGUUUCAUCUGACUUUUACCAAAGUCCAUUUUAGUAAGGAGUUGUUAGAUCUCUGAAUAAAAGGAGCAAAGAUCACAAGAGUGCUUCAAUGGUAUUUUUUCAUCAAUAGCAAUAAGAGGAAAUAACCAUUCACAAAAAUCAUUCCUCAGUAUGUAAAUUACAGCAUGUUUUUGUGUGUGUGCAAAUUCACACGUCAAACAUUUAAUGGCUACAGGCAGAGCAGCUCCACUGGUUUCUACAGCAAGAAGCAUUUUGACUUUUUUUUUUUGUUUUUUUUAAUAAACAACCUUGAGAAAGGGUGAGUUUAAUAAACAUAAGAAUGACUUAGUGUAUAGAAAAAAAAAAUGCAAUCGCCAAGCUAUUGGGGCAAAGCCAACAGAAAUCGAUCAAAGACAAAUAAGACUCAAACUAAGCCAUUAACCACAGAUAAAUAUAGCUUCAUCUUGUUUUAAUAAAUAGUAAAAAGUAAGUCAGUAAAAAACAACAAAAAAAUGCAAUGAAUAAGUAAUUUAUAUAUAGUUAGUUUCAUUUUUUGCAUAUUAAUUAUAAGCACUCUUAAUGAAUGUUUCUCGUGAAUAAGUAUAUUUAUUUUUCCCUAUUUAAGCUUUUAAAGGUAUAUCAGAGCUUAUUGUACUUUUUUGUAGAGCAACAUUAAUAAAUAGCAGAUAUAUGAAGUCAGAACUGGUGCUUUAAAUGUGCUGGUAGAGUCUGGUAUGUAGUUCUGCCACUUCUAAAUUGAACCUCUGGUGCACCAAUGGGACCUCUGAACAGCUGCCGGUACCCUUUCUUGCCCUCUCCUUGUAACCAUUUCUCUUGCCGAUUCCUGAUAGCACCUUAAAUGCAUCACCCUUCAUGAAACUCUGGAUCCCUUGGUGGGACUUACAUGACUUACUUGUCUGUUUUCAUUGGAGAGAGUCGAUCGGAGUUCGGUGAUGCAGAAGUGCAGAGUUCUCUGCUUUUGUGACUCACUGAAAUAGUUGGUUUAGUGAAUGCAUGUAGUGAAAAUCAACAUAAUCUUCCUGUGACUUUUAUUAACUGAAGUGAUGUUUGAUUUAUUCACCCAUUUAGCUAACCUACAUUACUUUCGAAUACUCAUUUGUGUCUGAUCUUCCCUUUACUCAGAGUAGUCAAAAACAUGUGAACCCAACAAUAGAAAAAAAUAAAAAAGCCUUUAGAGAUUACAGUUUAAUAUUUGGUUUUAUUCUAUCUAUAAACAUUUGACACAUUUCUCUUUAAUCUCUCCCUUUGGCAGCUUGGAUUAUACAUGUUAUCUCUGAGACAUUAUCCCGCAUUUGUGAUCUGUGUGUUUAUGGCAGAUUCACUUGCUGUGUCAAACUACCUCUGCUGUGGAGAUUAAGGGUGUGUACGGGGCUUUACAGGAGGUGCUCAAACAAGCAGCUCAAAGGGCUGAGGGCUAUACCCAGAUCCAUUCAAGUAUUACAUCCUCAUAUCUCCUCCCAUCUUGAGUAUUAAAAACCAGCGAGACGUUCAAUGGCUUGCGACAGCCAUUUCACAGCCGAGGUGUUGUCUGUCCAUCUUCUCGACUAUAAAGAGUAUCUUUCUGUUUGUUUGGGGCUGUAAGCAGCAGAAAUAAUGCGGAACAGCCACAAUAAGCAAGUUAGAGGACCUGGACUGAGUUCAUUCAGAGUUGUUGUUGGUGUGUGUUUUCUUUUCAUUCCCCUCUAUCAAGUAUCUCCUAAUACUUCUUUCUCAGUUUAUCUGUUUGUGGCAGAUUGCUGUCCAUAAAUGAGUCUGGCUCUGUUUGCAUUUCUGCCUGUUGAAUGGAGUUUUCCUUGCAACUACUGCAAAGUGUGUGCUGAUCUGAGGAUUAAUGUUGGAUAUGUGAGCAUAACUUAACAGCGCAUUCUAAACCUGCUCAGAUUAAUUGAGUUCAGGUCUGAGGUUAAGUGUUCUCGAAUAUGGUCGAUGGCUGAUCACCAAUGAGUCUGGCUCUCAUCAGAGUUCCUGCCUGUUAUUAAGAAUCUUUCUUGGCGGGUUAAUGAAGGCUCACAGUAAAUAAUAUAUGGCUGACUGACCAAACAAAUUGAGGUGUGUGUUGGUGUUCCCAGAUACCUAAGUAAAUAAGUGACAACUUUAAAUAAUGUCCAUGGACAAAACUUGAAUAAUACUUCCAUUAACUACACGAAGCAAAAUGAAGAUAAACAUUAUCAGAAGUAGAGCUUUUUCACUGUUGAUAAAGGGAGCAUCCAUCUUGGAAAUGAAGCUCUGGGUGAUGUUUCCCCAGCGAUCUGUUGGAGCCACUUAUCCAGUGUGGGGGUUACUGCCCCAGUUUCCCCGAUGACCACAGGCACCACCGUUGCCUUCACCUUCCAGGCUUUCUCUAGCUCCCCUUUGAGCCCUUAAUACUUCUUUAGUUUCUUGUGUUCCUUUUUUCUGAUGUUGGUAUCUCUUGGGAUGGUGACAUCUACCACAGCGGCUUUCCUCUGCUGUUUGUCUACGAUUACAAUGUCCGGUUGGUUGGCCAUUACCUUUUUGUCAGUCCAUAUCUGGAAGUCCCACAGGAUCUUGGCUCGGUCAUUCUCCAUCACCUUGGGAGGUGCUUCCCGUUUUGCCCUCGGGGUUUCCAGUACAUAUUCUGCACAGAUGUUCCUGUACACGAUACCGGCCACUUGAUCAUGGCGUUCCAUGUAUGCUUUUCCUGCCAGCAUCUUAUAUCCUGCUGUUAGACUGUUUCAGGGCCUUCUUUGCACAGCAUGCACCUGGGACAGCCUGGUAUGGUAGAUCUGGGCCUCUAUUGCUCUGGUCCUCAAGGCCUGUUCCAUGAUUAGUGCAUCUCAUAUGUCCAUGGGUCUCAUAGCAGGUCAGGUAUGGCCUUGUGGUAAUGAGCUCUCAUCUGUUCAAUGCUUAUACUUUCACUCCCCUUAUCCUGCUCAGGUCUGACUUUGAUGCUUUUUGGUAACUUGGCCCACUGUUGUAAAGCAAGCCCCAGGUGUAAGUGUUAGCAUAGAGGAGUUGUGUAAACACAUUGAUGGAUGAGAGACUUACAUACUGUAUGCAGCCAACCCAGAUUGGGAACCCUUCUGCACGCUAUGUGAACAAGUCCAGAGAUUAGAGGCACAUGUAGGUGUCUCUAAUCUCUGAGUCUGAGACUCAGUGAAAAUGGGGAAUCACUUGUUAGCUUUGAUCUAAAGUCUUUAAAUAUACAUGACAGAAAGAAAGGCAUUUAAAGGGAUGGUUUUCCUGUUGCCUGUUUCAUGUUUUCCACCUAACAGUUCAGCGAGCCAACUCGCACUGCAGAGUCCUCUUCAUAGCAAACUUCGCCUUUAAUCCCUCCAGGUAUAAAACUCCAGGAGGAGAAGCAACCCAAUGAGAUUAAGGUGUUAGAUUAAAUCUAACAGUGAUUAAAUAACCGACCAUUAUAUGACUGUAGCAAAUUAAUUUCCCCAGUGUGGUGUCAGCCAGGCUUACACAGUGUGAGCUGCUAGUAUUAGCUGCAGUCACACCGGCUUUUGGAAAUAAAACACUAAUAACCUAGUGGCUGCCCCCUUUUGUGGAGAACUCACAUUAAAAGUAAAAACUCCCUGAGAACAAAUAAGAUUUUAAGGAUGCCAAAAAAACAGAUUUGCAUCCCUCGAAAUGACACUUUAAACCCCUUCAAAGAGCUUUGUGUCAAAUGUUAGAGGGAACAGUCAUGUGCAUCUCCAAGUAAACACAGUAAAUCUUGCAUAAAAGAACCUUUUGGGUUUGUACCCCCUGUCUUCAGUUGUAAAUGUUACUGUCAAUCAGCACAUUUGAGUAUGAUUCCAGUGUGGCAGCUGGCGUUGUUAAGCUUGUGUCAAAUAAAGCAUGCUUAAGGCACUCUGCACUGGUUAUAGCUGGCAUUUAUGGUGAGCAAAUACAAUAUCAUGCAUGAGAUUGCUAUAGAAAUCGCUUAGCUUUCACACACAUGUGAGAUAAACAUCUUUUUCAUGAUAGCAGCUCGCAUGGCAGGUGAUUUUUUAUUUAUUUUUUUCUCGCACUAACUGUCUGAAUUGAGCAGUCUCCGCCAGCUAAAGCACAAUUUGGAUUAAGCAAAAAGCUCCACUGAUAGGUCAGCUUAGCCCGUAAUGGAGCAGCUUAGGCCUUGUCUGCGUGAUUAUAACAUUCUUAGCAGCCUAUUUUCAUGCAGCCAGAUGUUAGAGCACAAACAUCGCUGCCUCCCUCUAAGCCUAACACACAUUCAGAUCACAGGAACACACAACAUUACACUUUCAAAGCAUCUCUGCAUAUUUGAUUUAUUUCGACAACAAACCUAAUUACUGACAUUGACGGAUCUUUUUUCUGCUUUAAGCUCCUGAAAUAAUCAUUUCUUGUUUUGUUUGCUAUGUUUUGUUAAUUGCAGAAGGUAUUAUCUAGAUCUUGCUGCUUUUACAUCUGUCAAAGUAUCAGCUUUGGAAACUUGUCAGCUUUCUUGAAGAGGAAAGUGGCUCAAAUGAGGGCAGAGAGUCUGCAAUGACCUGAAUGAUCUUCAUUAAGUAAACCAUGCUGUAAAUACUGUAUUAUUAAAUGACUGAAUGCAUCUCCAUGUGUGUGCUCCUGCUGUGGGACUGUAGUCUAUGUGUAAAUGUGUAUUUGGCUGUGUGACAUAUUCCCAGUGUUCAUGCUUAUCUGCUUGUCGGUUUGGUUGGAAUCGUGCCUUAAAAAUCAGUUUAUGAUUGAAGGGAUUUGUAUUCUUUUCCUCAUCCAGCAGAAAAACAAAAAAAUCAACCCAUGGCACCACCUAAAAAGCAGCCCAAACCUACAGGAAAACCCUGAGGAAAAUGUCAGUGUCUGGACUUCUUCUGUUUCUCUUCAAUAAUAAAGCUCCUUCACUUAGUGCCCCCUGCAGGCCUGGAGAACUUCUGUUCAAAAGUGUUGCUUAGCAGCAUUUAUCCACUGCAGUCAGUUUCUACUUUUGUGUUAUUGAAUUUGCACAUACUGUGUAUUUGCGGUUUUUUUAGCGAUUUUUUUAAUCUUAUUUUUGUAUUGAAGUGUUUUUUCUUUUACUAAGCAUGCGUUUUUGCAGGGGCAUCAUACAAAAGCCUCUGUGAGGAGCUUUUGACAGCCUCUAACAAAAACAAUAAUAAUGAUAAUAAAGUAAUACUUCCUUAUGACCUACAAAAUCAAAGACAACAUCAGCAAAAGGAUUGACAAAAUAUGUAUUGUAAUUUUUGAUGCCUGUAAGUGCUGCAAAUGGGUAGACAAUAUACUAGGCGAUGGACAGCAAGCUGAGAAAACAGACUUUUUUCUGCUUUUUCCUCAGCAGUUAUUAAAAGUGAGUAUUACUUUUUUAAUAACUUAGAUUUGCUUUUCAUUUUGGUGAAUCCCUCAUAAAUGUCGAGGUAUUCACGGGGUACCUUUCCAGAUCUGGCCUUCCUUGGUCAAAAACUCAUUAGCUUAACAACAAUUUUAAACGAACAACUUUUUUAACAAUCCUAAAGUCGAUGACGAGUUUAUUUCUAUCAAUAAGAGCCACUCAGCUGUAAAAUGUAAUGCGGCUGCUAUGCAAAAACAGCUAUGACUCGUGUGAGCAGGCCUGUCCACAAACUACUUGAGAGAAAGCAUGAUGAGAAUUUUUUGAUAGAAAACACAACUCACAGAUGAACAGAACAAAACAAAGUGGUGCGCUCUAACCAAACAGAGUCAUGGUUAUUUUGAUUGUCCCCAGGGUUAGUAACACUGCUCACUUGUGUGCAGUGUGCUAACCUACAUAUGUGAUGGAUUCAGGUUGUUAAUAGCAUCUAGCGAUUCUCAGAAGCGAUUGCAGCACAAUCAAUAAGCAACUGCAACAAACCAAUGGGGGGUUAAAGGUUUGAACGGUCUGUAAGUGCUGAUGUCAACGAUGGAAACUAGUUAAAAAAGAGAUUGCCAGACAAAUCCAUAUUUUCUUCUGCAAAUGACGAUCCACAUGUUGAUGGGUGAAAUGCACAGAAACCAUUUAGUCAUCAAAUAUGUCAUGGUUACUUGUCAUCACAGCCUGCAGACCAAUUGCACACUCUUCUAUUGUUUCUCUCAACAGUGAGCCAUUAUAGCAGGCUACUCUUUUAUACUCAGGUUUAUUUCCUUGGCCAUGAGUAAGUUUUGUUUGCGAGAUUAAAACAUUAAAGUCAGAGUUUAUGAGCAUCAAACGCAGGCAGCAACACUUCCCCAACAGAGUGCUGCAGGGCAGCUCACAGCUUUAUGAAUACAUAACAACCAGGAGGCAGGGAGAUAAAUAUCAUGCUACUGGAUGCACAACGUAAAAUGCAGGGUAACCUGAACCAGCAAAUAGUUUAAUCUGUUGGCCAAUGCUUAAACAGGAUGCAUUUACUCCUUUUAUAGGGGCUACAUUAACCACCCAUUAUCAGAGCAUUUAUUUACACACACACACACACACGCAUGCAUGCACACACACACACACACACAUAUGUAUGUAUGUAUGUAUGUAUAUAUAUAUAUAUAUAUAUAUAUAUAUAUAUAUAUAUAUAUAAUCUGUAGAUUCUCAUCUCUCUUGGUGGUUCAAGGGUUUUUCCUUAACUCUAAAUUUAAGACUCUGAAAUCAGCACUAACAACCAGACCUUUUUCCCAGCCUGUCUUUCUUCCAUAGCUCCAGCUAGUAUCAAUAUUUUACAGUGAGUACUGCCCAGAUGACCUGCUACAGUAGCUGAAAAGAAUUUAAUGGUGCCACAGUGUUGGAUUGAAAAUGGAUAAAACAUAGAAUUGUGUAUUCUUACGUCCUUAGACCCCUAUAUUUUAGGACUCCAUCAUCUCAGUUUUAUACACCCUACAGAGAAUCCAAAACUGUUAGCUGUUAGCUUCAGAUAGCAAUAACAAGCAACAUGGAGGAUAUACAAUAUUUAAUGUUACUUAUACUUAACAUUGUUGAUUUAGUGCACCUUAGAGAAGUGUACAGCCUUACAUUUGGUCUGCAUACAACCAUCAGCUUUAGACAACACAAAUAACUGCCUAAUAAUCAUAAAUCUUUACAGGAAUGUUUCUGUUUGUCAUGAUGAAGCAUCAAUACUUGUUUGAUAAUGACUCCUAAGUUGUUUUGAGAUAAUGCUGGGACACUCCUUUCGUUUAAGUGCUCAAGUUAGAGAGUGAAGUCAGGACACACAGUUCUAGUUAGCCCUUUGUAUUUCUCUUCAGCAAUGUAACAGCCAUUUCACGGUACUUAUUUAACAUUGACUGUAUAUGUGGUUUCUGUAAAUAAGAAUAAGAAGAACUUUGUCAAUCCCCGAAGGGAAACUUAAUUGUCUGUUGUCCCACAUAAUACGUCUCAAAAAGCUAUCUACUAAUUAUACAAGAGUAGCAAAAUAGUACAAGAGUACAAAUAAAAUAGACACAAAGCGAGAAAUGAAAAAAAAUGUAUAACAGACAUCAACAGUGCAUCAGCCUCAGUAACGCGAUAUGUAAGUAUGCUAAUGAACUUAAUGUAAUUCAUGAGCCGUACUCGGUUGAACACACACACACACACACAUUCAACAUUUCCAUAGUAAACAUUACUUACUUCUUCAUGAACGCACAAUCAACUUGAAAGGACAACUUGGUAUUGAUUGGCAUUUAGCUGUGAUCUCCGCUAUCGCUAAAGGCUUUUAGGACCCUCAAACUGCCCUUAUCUAUGCCUAAACAAAAAAAAAUGGCACCCCGGGCAGCCCAAACGGGUGCCUGAACAAAAACUUAUUUUAAGUGGUUUCACACAUAGACGGAAAAAAACAUAGGACAUUUAUAAUAGUAGGCAUUUUAGUUUGUUUCAUAACCAUCUAAAAGCUCCUCACAGGUGCUUUCAUGUUUUACAUCUGCCCAAAUAUGAACAUCACACAUCACACCUUGCAGAUAAAUAAAGCAAGGUAAUUUAUCUGUGAUAAGCAUACAUAGUUGAUCCAGUAAGCUACAUCUGUUCAAAACUAGGCUGUAUUAAUAAAGGCUUUUUUGACUUUUAUUUCUUAAAUUUUAGUCUGAAAGUGAAAGAAAUCUGAAAGAUGUUUGGUGUAUCAGACCAUCAUUAUGCAUCCACUGCUACUUUCUUUUCAUAUUCAUCUUGGAGCAUGCCACUCUAAAAGCCUCUGGCAGGUUUUAAGGCUAUUCUCCUUCAUAUUCUCAUGUUAUCAGCAUUUUGGUUUUCUUAACCUCUCCUCCAAGAAAAAUAGUGAAAAUAUGAAAAAGAUUUCUAGGCAAAUAAAUACAGAAGACAAGCUAAAGCAACAUCUUUGUUCUUAUUUCCCCUCUGUUUGUCUUUUGGGGGGAAAAAAAGUCUUUGAAGCUUCCACUGUGCAAAGACUACAGUGUGACACAUUUCCAUAUUGUACACAGGAGAUAGAAAUAUAUCAUAUACCUGGAAGCUAGAUUAUAUAUAAAAAGAUUAAGUCAUAGCUGCAGUGCUUAGGAAUACUCUGACAGAUCUCUGACAGUAUCAGCAUGCCGUAGAGUAACUCCCCCCAUGUGAUUCAUGUCGUGUUUAAAUUGAAAUACACCAUUUGCUCAGGAUCAUAAAUAUUGUGUGGGAAUCGUCUGAAAUGAUCUAGAGUCACACACACCAGCAGGCGUCCACUAUAACCCACUGGAAAAAGAGAGAAAAUCAUUCCCGUUUGUCACUUUUAUUCGCUCGCCAGUCGCAGCUGUAAACUGCUGACCAAACACUUCAUGCACAUUUUGCUUUUCUGGACUCAUUUUAAAAACCCUUCAAGUUGUGCCACUGUUUAAAUAGCAGGAUCAAUACACAUCCACACUGAUAUUCCGUGUCAGUGUGCGGCCGCAUGUGUGGGGCUGUUAUAACAAAGGGGUCAAACUGGGGGUACGAGGCAUUGUGGCACAACACCGCAGAUGAAUCCAGUGAGGGUUUUAUUCAGUUAAUACUCCACUGCUGCUUCAUUUAAUCGAGCCAAUGAUUCAAUUUACUACCAAGAAAUUAUAAUAGACUGUUUCCAAGCAGGUAGAUCCAGGCUUUUAGUAUUAAUGAUCUUAAUGGAUGCAUGACACAGAAGUAACACACAUCAUUACAGGAGCUCCCAGCCCUUUUUUUUUUUCUAUUUUAACUAUCUCUGCGUUUAAGAAGAAGCCGACCUCUACUUCUCUGGCUCAGGAAUAACGAGUUGUUAGUGCUCAUCCAUGUUGAGGUUAGACAUGAUAAAUCAGUGAGAAAAUGAAAGAAAGCGAGAUUCAGGAGCUUGUAUAUUUAGAGUUAAGGAUAGGGAAGUAUAAGCCAAGCUCUUGGACCCCUUUCCGCUGCUAAUUGCAGAAAUAUGUUUGUUUUCUAAAUAUAUUCUCUUUUUGUCAAUCCUUUUCCUUUUUUAUUUUUAUUCAUGACAUAGUACAAAGACUCCCACAUGCAUCUCUCGUUGGGACUUUUCAGCUGAGCUUUAAAAUUGCCUUAAAACAAGAUGCUGCAAGUGUUUCAUCUUUUUUUUAAUCAUCAGGACUGUUUUUUUUGUUUUGAAUAGGGAGGAAAUUUACUGUAAAAGUCUGUAAAGUUUGUCAUUGGGUGGGUUUUGAGUACUUUUAACUUGCAUGGAAUUAAAAGCAAAGCGAAUUUAAAACAUUUUACACUAAUUUUAAGCAGGAUCCGUACUGACCGUGUUCCAUCAGCGUCACAUAUCUGCUUCGUUGAGCAGUACUGUCUAUCACCAACAGGAUGCACAUUUGGAAUGUAGCAGCAGUGUAGUGAAGCCCCAGUCAGCUGGGCUCAGUAUAGAGGAAACAACAUGCUCACAAGUUUUUUUUUUUUUGCCUCUCUGCAGUCUAUUUCCUGCUAAUUUGGAUAUAAUUCAGUGAAUGUUGAGCCUCUACUGUAUGUGAAAAAGUAAGGUGAUUUUACAGUUUUGUUUUUGCAGGUUUACCCAUGUCUAAUAAAGUAAACUAUGUUUCUUUAUCCUGUGCUGUUACCUUCAGACAGAGUUAGCAGUUAAAAGUCCUGAUAGGGUCAACAUGGAUCAGGUAUUGACCAUCAGAUUGUUCUGUGUUACUGAUAAAUCAACAACCAAGAAGUAUUUCUCAUCUACACGGACUGACACACAGUCGCCAGUCUGCAUAUGGUGUUUUAUUUUCAAAUACCGGAUGACACGCAUGGUUUUCUUGCUUGACAUCCUGUCUAGGAGGAUCUUCUCUGUAUAGAUUGACGCGUAUUGGAAGCAUAGAGCAGCAAAAAUAGACUCGGCGCUUAGCUUUAGCAGAGCCGCGCUGAGACAGAACUGCGACAGAGCCGAGAUGUGUCCUGUAUGCGAUGAUGCAUUGAUUAGAAUGGCAACCUAUUUGCUGCGUGACACACGACGCUGACGGAACGCGCUCAGUACGGAUCCUGUGUGUUUUAGCCUUUAGGACAUUGGCAAUGCUAUAUAAGGAUAUAUAAGGACAGGAUAGGAUACAAUACAGGAAAAUACUGUAAUAUAAGAUAGAAUAAGACAAUGAUACAAUACAAUUACAAUACAAUAUACUAAAAUAGAACUUAGGAAAAAAAAUCAGUGAAACUAUAGGAUAAAAUAUACGACAUGAUAGGAUACGACAGUACAAUAGGAUACAAUAGUCAAUGACAGGAUAGGUUACCACAAACUACAAAACAAGAUUAUAGGAGAUAGGGUAUGGGACGAUACAGUACGAUAGGAGAUGAAAGAGGAUGUCACUAGAGGAUACAAUAUGAUAGGUAAGGAUAGCAUAUGGUAGGAGGACAAGGACCUUUUUAUUCAUUUAAUGUUAAGUUUUGAGAGACAAGAAAUUGAUAUACUCUAAUAUGUAAAGAGAUAUCGCCAUAAUAAAUGGAAUGAAAUGCAACAAAUAUGCGUUUCCAGCUCAUAGCAAGUUAUAAAAUUGACAAAAACAUCUAUUUUAUAUUUGUGCAAAUUGGACUUUUCCACCCAUAGUUUGAAAGGAUUCCCAGGAGUACUCAACUUAAACUCAGACAACACUUGAUAGGAUGUCUGGAAACAAGGUUGAUCUCAUAUGUAGACUUAGUUGUAGUGCUGGUGUUCUUCAGCAGAGACCGUCACUGACAUUUUCCAACAGCUUUAUGGCACACUUUGCCAAUUUAUAGUCUGUGUGAAAUGGCAGAAAUAACACAUUUGCCUGCCAUUAUUUUGCAUCUGAUAUUCAACCUGACAUUUUGUUAGCAACCCUAAAUCUCUGCUGGAUCAAGUCCCUCCGGUGUUAUUCCUGGAUAUAUGCACUAAUGUCUUUCGCAUGGCGUGGAAAGAGUUUGUGCAGCCUCUUCCUUUGUGGUGUCACACUGACCUACAGCUCUGUAAUGAAUUGGGGAAAAAAUGGAGAAAAAAGUGGCUGUGAUAGGUAAUUUCCUGCAAAAGGUUCACGCUCAGGUGUUUAACUGAUAGUGCUGCCAAAAAAUAACCUCUUGGGUAUGAAACAGGGGAAGAAAAGACAGACAAGCUCUUUUCUCUGUUCUGAGUUCAGCACUCAGCUAACAGGUAGACACAGGUAUCGAUAGAUAACAUUCAGAAGUAAAAACAAGGAUUUAUGCACCGAGUUGCGUGGGACAAAAUCAAGGUUAGAUUCACCACAGUGUGUGUUUUUAAUGACCUUUCUCACUGUGUUUGCUUGUGAUGAUGCCUUCAGCCAUAUGGCUGUGCUCUGAUAGAAAGCACUUUAUAUUUUCUGAAGCCACUUGUUUAUCCACUCAGUAAUUGCUGCCCUUCAAUCUUGUCAGCUGCUGUAUCACUGUAGGCUCCCUGCACAGUGUGUGAUUAGAAAUGGAAAAAUACCAAAUGCCAGGAAUGCUCUUAAAACAGAGAGAGAGAAAAAAGCAUCAAAUGUACCAUUGGGUUUUAGUUACCUCAUAUGAACCUAUUUAACACAAGUACGCCUCAUCAAAUCUCAUGAUUAUGUCAUGUAAGCAAUGAGCUUAAAUAAGCCGUGGCCAUGUAAAAAUGUUGUGGUCACUCAGCUAGCUUUUUUUUAAAAAUUUGAAUCUGCUUCAAACUUCACUGGAAUGACUGGGUGCUGAAGUUUCAACCAUUUAUUUUCCUCUUGCACAGAAAUCUAUCAUGUUCAAACUGUCAUAUUAAUUGGUUCUGCUUAACUGAGCUGGAUCUGCAACAUUUCCUGGAUGUAAAUUUUAGCCUUUGACUUUGAUGUACUCAGGUGUGACUUCCAAUUACAGCCAGCCUUUUUGUGUUACAACCCUUUUUUUCUUCUUUUUUUUUUUUCAGAGGGUUUUAGAGCUGCAAGAGAACACGUAUGGCACUUGUUCAGAUAAACACAAGGGCUUUUGCUUUUUUUAGACUUAAAAGCCAACCCUAAUACCCGUAUGUUUUUCACUGAAACACUACAGACAGGAUAUUUAUAUUAACUGGAGAAAAACAUGCUAAUAUCUGGUGCAUUUGACUAAACUCCAUGACGCUUGCAUCUGAGUCAGUUUCCUCUCUCUGUUCGGUCUUUGUCAGUAAAUGACACUGACAGUGGCACAUUUUCUCUCUGCGAGCGUGUUUAGACUGCUUGUUUUUUGUAGUGGCAACAUCAAUACUCAAAUAUUGAGGGCAAUUGUGAUCAAAUUGAACGAGUGUAGCCUCGAGUGCUCUCACCAGCUCAUCCAAAGGCAAAAAAAACAAACAAGAAAAGAACAAAAAAAGAAGAAAAUCGUCUCUCAGAAGAGUCGGACUACUGUUGUUUUAUAAGAGAACAGAUGAAACGUUAUGUAAGGAUUUUAUUUCUGGUUUAAUGUUUGUACUGUAUAUUUAUUUCAAGGUUUGUGAAGAGGAAUCAGUGCAGUUUUUACAGACAGUAAAGCUUAAACUGCUCUGAAGUUGAAAAAAAAAAGCAUUAUCCUCCUUUGAGGGUCUGGUUUGAGAUAAGAUUGCUUCCAUUUCCUCUCUGGACUUUAAAAAUAGACUAACUCUUCAGCUCAUAUUCACUGUUAUGGACUAAUGAUGCCGGGUGGUACAGCAUUCCAAACAUCCCCACAGUUUCCCCCUCGUUGCGGUGCUUUAUUUCAUGAUGUUUUUUAUGUCCAAAGGGCGUCUGAACACAGCUUCAGAUCUCAGCGCUGCAGUCUGGUGAUGUGGGGAAAAGAGGUACCUGGCUCGCCCACUGUUGGAAGUGGGACAGUCUUUGGGGGAUCUCGGGAAGAGAGCGGGGAAUAAGGUUUUGAUCAGGACCAGCUGUCACUUCUGUCCUCAACAAUUCUGUUGAAGCCCACUUUCCUGCAGGAGAAUAAUGGGCCUUUUUUAAAAGAGUGAGGAGGCUGAGUUGUGUUUUAAUUAGUCACACCGUCUCCAUCAAGCAGACAUGGUUUACUUGAUGGUAGAACCUAAUGUCCUAUGGGAGACAAACAGUUAUAGUGUAGAUUAGUUAUUGUGUUUAUUUAUGACGCGAUCAUUUGGCCUAAAUCCCACGGCCAUGUUUUAUUAAUGAGAGAUCUGAACAUGAGUUUGUGUAGGUGUGAUGAUGAACUCUGUGAUCCAUCAUUGCUCUGAACUCCACAGAGAGUGGAGUAGAGUACUGUGGUUCACUGACAGCUGGCAUUAUGAGCAUAAAUGUGCAAAAAGUAGGGGUGGAAAUCACCAGCAGACUCCUGAUAGGAUACGACAUGAUAGAAGAAGAUACAUGGUGCAAUGUGAGCCAAUACCAGAUGAUACAAAACGCUGUGAUACAAAAUGACAAUUAUUUUUUUUUAAAAGCAGGUUGCAAGACUGUCCUGUAAGAAGGCUGAUGAGAACCCAUUGCCAUGGAAACAUUACCCACAAUGGAAUCUGCAGGGACUUUUUUUCAAGCUGUAUCCAUAAACUCCUUUCCUAAAUACAUUUAUCGUGAUAAUGUCAGCUUCUUUAUUGCACUAUAGUAGGUAGCGACAAUAGCAAUAAUACUUAAGCUAACAUGCAGUUAAAAAAAUGUAUUUAGAGCCUUAAGGUCCUUACACACCAGGAAUGACGCAAAUAUAUGACGCAAAAUUACGGAAAAUUUUGAAACAAAUUAUGAUGCACCUGACUAUACACAUCGCGAUUUUGCGACUUUCCGGGGUGAAAAAAGACGCGUCCCGGGUGGAAGCGAGAAGACUGACACAACACCAGACUGACUGUUUUUCAGGUUUGAUUAGACACUAGUGUUGAGAUGGCUGUCUGUCAUGAUAGCAUGUGCUGAGUCGGGGCCAGUUCCAGAUAAGCACAUUAAACUAUAAUCCAUAAACGUAAGGUAACAACCGAGACCUAAUAGUGCUGUGACAGCAACGUGAUUGAGUUUGAGACAGUGAAAAUGCAUAUGGUAUGUUGUAUCUGAACAGGUUAGCUUACAAGCUAAAGUUAUUUAGCACAGAUAAAAGUUAAAACAAAGACGUUUAGCAAACUGUUAAAGCACACAAACUAUCGUCAUAUGAGAAAUCCGACGCUAUGACUCUCCACAAGUUGUCCUUCAGGCCGUUAGCUUUGUAAUGUCUGUGUCUUUUAUCAAAAAGCACUUUGUUCGACACAUAAACAAUUAGGCGGUCGGCCAUGAUGGAUGUACCGGUGUAUCUGACGUCACAACAACACGAAAUCUGAUUGGUCAGAAGUGGACACACAGUAUGCGAACCUUUAAAAAAAUCGACCGUGAUACGAAAAAAUAAAUGCUGCAAUAUCACAGGACGGGAAAACGUCACUGAUGUGGAUGCUUGUAUUGACAGGAUAUAGGUUCAUAAAAAUUAUUGACAUCUUAAAUAGUCACACAAAAAAACGCCCCCUGUGUGUAUGGACCUUUAAACCGACUGAAACUGGACAUUUAUUUUUUAUUAUUUUUUUGGCCGAUUUUUGCCCUUUAUUGACUCUCAAACCUCAAACCUGCGACUGCUGUGAAGACCAUGGUCUCCAUGUAUGGGGCUCGCUAACCAGCUCGGCCAUCUGCGCGCCCCCUGUAACUGAACUUUUAAAAAUCAUAUCAACACAUUGUCCGACUGACAUUAAACUAAUUGAACUAACUGAACUUCUCAUAGUCUGACUAACAUACCUGGAUAAUGCAGUUGGGGGUUGUUUUUCUUUGACAUGCUUCUGUAAAUAAUUUAGAUUUUUGCUUUAUGCAUGUAAACUGACACAAGAACAGCCCUCCAGCUAAGUCGCCUAAUUGAACUAUGUAAACAUAUUGAGUUUUCAAAGUUUUGAUUUUGGCUCAAUUUAGUUUUAAAAGUGUGUCAACCGCAAAGUCAAGGCAAAAGUCAUCACUUAAAUUUACACAGAAGACUGGUUCACAUUAUCUGCUAAACAGAAAUGUUCAAUUAUUGAGAUGGCUCAUAUGACUACUCCCACCCAGCAAAUAGUGGUUAAAAAGGCAUUGAAAAGACGUUUUCACCACACAUCUAAACAAUGUCUAGAUUCAGAUGGUCUAAAUAAAGCCCAGCUUUCAACAUCUUUUUUUUAAAUCAGGACCGAAUACGACUGUCUAAAUGAAGCCCAGUUUUCAACGUCUUUUAUUGGGCUAAAUUACAGACAUGACGGGCUGACAUGAUUUAGCCUUAAAAACGACAUAUAUGUUGGGUGUUUGGUAGGCUAUAUUAGCUCACUUGAGUUUUAAUUGUACUAUCAACUAAAAUGUUUAGUCUGGUGCUUGUUUGUGCUCCAAGAAUAAGGAUAACAGCCUAUUACCAUGGUACCAGCCUUGGAAACGUAGGGACAUAUUUUUAGAUCCAUGCUUAAUUAUUGGGAUGUGAUCUCACCCUUUUCAGACUGAAUUACCCUUUACUUUGCUUUUUGAUAUGACACUCUAAAAAGAAAUAUUCAACAUGACAGAAAACCCAGCAUGUGCCAAACUCAGUCGUACCUCGAUAGCAGCAUUUCGAGGCUUGAGACCCACAGAACAAGGUGCUGUUGACAAGUUUGAAGUGACAAGAUUGGGGUGAGAACAUGUUGGGAAUGAUACACAUGGAGAGAGUACAGCUCUGAAUCAAGGAAAGCUCACAUGGAGGACCCUUUUCCUGCUCUCAGGUAGAAAGGUCAGAUACAGACAGAGAAACAGAAACAAUCUCUUCACCUCAACUUGAGACUGAUCUGUACGCUGAGAUCGGCAGUAUUCUGUGGAGUUGUUUUGCACCUUAACCAUGACAGCAGAAUGCCUCCCACUCCAAAACAGAACCACUAAGACCCUUUGCCGUGGCCUGUGGGCUUGUUGCUUAUGUGUGCCAAACAUGUACGCGUAUACACUUGUAAAAAGCCGGGUGAAGAAUGACUCAUUUGACCAUUUUUUUUUUAUUUCAUUUUUUUGAUCUCUCUUCUCUUCUCAGUAAACCAAUGUCUUUGUUCUUGGAGCUGCAGUAAUCACCAACAUGUCACUCAGGGUGUAAUAACAGGAUUAUUCAUUGCAAACUGACCACAGUAUCUCUCACUUCAAAUGUCUUGACUGACUGUUGUUGAUGAAUAGCCGCUUACACCCUCGAUUGAUAUUUGCAGUGAGACUCAGAGUUACACCUCAAUACAAUUACCUUUUGUCAUUGGUUCUAUUAUCAGCCUGCUGUGACAGUGAAGGCAUCGGGUUACUGGGAAAAUGUCCAAACAUUUCUGAAAGUAAAAUUGACUGUAGCGUUUAUCUUUUAUUAUGAAUUUUUACAAAGCCUGAAUGAAAUAUGUUCCUCUGCAAAGGCGAUGAUUCACUUGGACAAUAUUGACUGAAAACAAAAAAGGUGACACAUUCCUAUUAUUCACACCUCUGUGUCUUGAUAUAUUGUGUUUUUUAGGAAUUGUUCAAAAGCAUCACAGCAGUAGUCCACGCUUUCAUAGUGCUGUCUUCAACAUGCUCUCUCCGAGGACUCAGAACCUUGUUAUGAGUGGACUCUUUCAGAAUAAUUGAUCGUAUUUGACGUGACAUGGAGGAAGCUCGUGCAGAUUGAUACUCUGCAGCCAAGCCAUGAUCAAUCCAAAUGAGAGACAGGGGGGAGCUUUUAUUUUUCCUGCCAGACUUUAUUAGUGAGAACUUAUCUUCUCUGGAGAAACGCUUUUCCUCCUGAAACAGCUUGGACCCUUUAGUACCUGCAAUGUGAAUUAGCGUGAUCCCUCACCUCAUCAUGCCUCAAAAUAUCCCCCCUUCACUGCUUUGACAGAGCGUAAUGAAACACGGAGUUAACACGUCUGGGCGUGCUCAAGAAUUUUUUUUUUUAGGGCAUGGAGAGUUGUGAUUUUCUAUACAGAUUAGUUUCUGUCUUAUCAAAUACAAAGAUUGGUUGUGAUUUGGUGCACUGCACAUUCUGAAUGAUGAAUCCACCUUUUAAGAGAUGGCUGGACAUGCUGCGUAUUUGGAAUUUUUAUGUGGAGUGGGUGUGAAAUGAAAUUUCUCCACUCGCGCUGAGGUCAUGUACUCUAAGUCGGAAAGGAAAUGCAGUUUUAAAGGUUGAUUUUCUACUUUUUUAUUCAUCUGUCUGACUCAGAUAAUGUUUUCACCGCGUUAAAUGGAUGAUGACGCCUGAUUUUGUCCGCACUUUUAGGAAUUAUGAAGGCUUCAGUUACACAAAACAGAGUCACAUUCUUGCAUUUAUUUCUUAAUGCAACAAAGAUUAAUCUUUCUCUUCUCACUCUAGCCUUCCUCUCGUAGUAUUAAAAUGAGGUACAUUCCCCUCUCCUUCUAUGUAAAUAAAGCUUUGGAUGUGAUGUGUGUUGAAAUGCAAGAAAGCAAGUGUUACGGAGAAUGUCCUCACUCUGAGGCAGUAAACAGCAGAUGGUUCGUGGGGCCUCUUAAGCGCUAUGGCUUCCAUUUACCUACCCACCUGAAUGACCUGUGCAGAGCUGUGCAGCUGAUGCAGAGACGAAAUGAAAAGCUUGAGUUUUCUCUUGUUUAUUCCAAAACUACAGCACUGCAAGGCCAGAGGAGUCAUCGGCCACGUGCUGGGAAAUUAGCUUGUUUAUCAGCAUUUUGAUUUCCGUCCCGCCUCACCGUCCUGCUGACAUUUAAGACGCACAUGAUCCAUGACUGAUUCCCAAUCAGAGCGGGGAGCCUCAGAAACACAACAAAGCAUUUGCCCUGUGCAGUUUCCAUUGUUUUUUAAUUAAGUGUAGGAUGAUUAGCAUUGAGCCAAACAGGGACAAUGGCUUCUUAUGUUAAGGUAACCUUGAACAUUGUCCACCUGUCCCGUCAUUUGGAUAUGCUCCAAAGAUGCACAGCACAUUAGCGCAAACGGCUCGGCUCAUGUUCAAACAUUAUGUUUCAAGGUGAUUUCCUGUGAUAUAUUUGAGUUUAUAUCUUUGAUGUUCAUGCCGGUGGUGGAACCUGAUUUCACUAGCUGCUCUUUGGAGUCGAGUUAAAGUCCUUGAAAGGUUAAGAAAAAAAAUCCUCAACCGUUCAAUACUGUGAGGAAAAAAUGGAAAUAAGAUGAAAUAUAAUGAAAACUAAUACUCUUCUAGUCACCAUGCUAUCUGUAGAUAUGUUUAAUAUCCCAUUACAGGCCCAGAAGUAACCACAGUUCUAUACUGUCAAGAGACAAACAUAAUCCGGAGGGAAAUUACCCAUCAGGAAGGCAAUACUGUUACUGAGAUGCAAUUACCAGGCCACUUGUGAGACUUUCAGGCCCGGCAUCCAUGGGUGCAUGGCUGUGUGUGAGGGUGGUCGAUAUGUGCAUAACAGCUCUUAUGUUUUGCAGAGUAAAUUGGAUUCUUUGCCAGAGAACAGUUAAUUUAGAAUAUGUCCAAGAUGCAAAUGAUUGAUGUGACUAUAUCGUUACAACUCUAGGUUUGGUGUGCAGGGCAGCCUGGUGGAAAAAAAAAAAAAAUACAGCCAGGGGAGAGGGGAAAGAAGGAAGCGAGGAAGGAGGGAAAUAGCUUUUUAAGCAGAAUUAUGGAGAAAGCUCCUGCUCUAAAUCUGUAAGUCUCUGGAUGGAAUAAUUUGGGUUUUGGCCAGCUGUUUCGACGUUAAUUCCCAAGCUUACAUUACUUAAUUUGAGGAGGAACAGAGCAGUGUGCAUGCUUGGAUUCUGUCUCACUUUACGUUAUAUUGUAGAGCUCCUGUGCUGCUAUUUGUGAGUCGUUAAAUACACGGUGUGUCUCACAGAGGAUUUAAUGUACCAAUUUAGCACUGAAUCACAUAGCCUACAAACAAAGAAAAAAGCGCGGAUUGGAGUGAGCGUCAGUGUAAACAUUUGAUAAGGAUUUGCUCAAGGCGCAUGCUAUGCUUUAUUAUCGAUAUGAAAAUAGAAACAGUAGAAUCCAGCCCUGUCUCUGUGCAUGUGAUAUACUUGCCUUUGCACUGUCACAUCCUACAACUCAUCCUCACAUUGUGGGUAAUAUUUGUGGCAGUGGCAAAUGGCUUCAUGAUAAAUUUCUCAGGUGUGUACGCGCAUGUGUGUUUGUGUGUGUGUGUGUGUGUGUGUGUGUGUGUGUGUGAUGUUUCUAUUAUACGGAGAAUUAUCACAUUAAAUCUGAUAAUGAAUCUCAGCUGCCUUCAAUGGACAGCCCCUAACCUUACACAUUGUUCAGGGAGGAGAAGAAAAGAGCUGUCUGCACCCAUUGGAUAGGAAGUGCGCGUGCAUAAGGAAUAAAACUGCCUGCACAGAGUGUGAGCCAUGCAUGCAUAAUAAAUGUAUGACAAAACAAUACCCCAGGCACCCCGGCAUUAAUGAUAUGCAGCGCACUCAUUAUUAAAGUUCCAAAACAGCUCCUGGAGUAACACAGAUGGAGUCAAUUAAGCAAUGAGCAUACUUGCUUUGCCUGCCGUUUCAUCUCCUUUCUUUUAUCUCUUGAAUAUUACUCCACGGAUGUAAUUAGCUGUAUGUUUCUCCUCGCAACAUAAUGUCCAGUGAUAAUAACAGCUAUUUUCACUUGUAAUUUCAAAUAAUGUACUGCUUAAUAAAUGUACCAAAUUUGCUUGCGCUGUGUCCUUGGGAAUUUUUAUCUGCACAGUGUGAGGUGUGGAGGAUGAAACUCUGCUAAGCUUAUGUUUUCUCUCUUUUUUUCCCCUUCUUGUUUCUCUUCCCAGAGACCUGAUGCCUUCUACGCUGGAGGGGCAGAUCACCAUGGAGAAGACACCCAGCUACUUUGUGACUAACCAUGCCCCCAAGCGCAUCCACACCAUGGCCAGAGACAUCAAGCUUAUUAUUGUGGUGCGUAAUCCUGUCACCAGAGCCAUUUCAGACUACACACAGACUUUGUCCAAGAAGCCAGAGAUUCCCACCUUUGAGGUUCUGGCUUUCAAGAACCGGACGCUGGGUCUUAUAGACGCCUCGUGGAGCGCGUUGCGUAUCGGGAUAUAUGCGCUCCACUUGGAGAGCUGGAUGCAGUAUUUCCCUCUUUCCCAAAUGCACUUUGUCAGUGGUGAGAGGCUCAUUGUGGACCCCGCUGGGGAGAUGGCCAAAGUGCAGGACUUCUUGGGCCUCAAACGGAUUGUCACAGACAAACACUUUUACUUCAAUAAGACUAAAGGAUUUCCUUGUCUGAAGAAGCCAGAGGACAGCAGCACUCCCAGGUGCCUCGGCAAAUCGAAAGGGAGAACUCACCCUAAAAUCGACCCGGAUGUGAUCCGCCGGCUGCACAAGUUCUACAAACCCUUUAACAUGAUGUUCUACCAAAUGACCGGCCAGAACUUUGAGUGGGAGCUGGAGGAGGACAGUGAACCUCGCAGCUCUCAGGACUAAGCAGCAGACUGCGGCAUGGCAACGGCUUUAGCCACACCACCAGCCUUCAAAAAUAAAACAAUUGUCUACAGAGAGUGUCCGAGCACGCCAAUCAAUCAUGGCCGUAUUUGCAGUGUCUGUAUCCAUUAGCAAGAGUUUACUGACAUGCUUUUUCUCUCCUCCAAUACUAAUGUCGUUGAUGAUGGCGAAUCAUUAUUGUACAUACCAAACAUAAAAUAUAUUUAUAUUUGUGAAAAGGGGAUGAUUUAUUCAUUUUGUUUUAAAAAGCAUAGAGCUGAUAUAAAAUCCUGUCGACUAUGGCAAUGCAUGCGAUGAGUUAAGUGUCCUUACCUCAUGAGCCCUAAGGGCAAAUCUGCCUGUUUCUUCUCCCUUUACUUUCCUGCAGUUUGUUGCCCUCACGCCCACUCACCAGCACUCAGUACAAAAAGAUAUUCUAUUUCAAUGGCUGAGGUCAUGAAGAGCUCUGUAUUAUGUCUUUUCACACUGUCCUGCUGCUUUAGAAGAGAGAGAAAAAUCACAGACACACAGUCCAGUAAUCCUUUGACAUGAGCUCAUCCCUUCAUUUAUCCAUAAUGUGAGUGGAGACAAUCUUUUUUUUUUCUUUUUUUUUCUCUUUUUCGUCAGUCUGAGUUUACCAAAGUGUUAAUUUCUUCUGUGUCAGUAUUCUGGUUUGCUCUGCGCUCAUUAAUUGCACACAUAUUCAAUAAGGGAGCUGAUGUACAGUGGCCAUCAGUCAAUAAUUGGAUUGUUUCGCUGCAUAGCUGCGCAUUAGCAUACUGAUGACCACGCACUCAGAUGUGCUGCAGUAUCAGUGGUUUUGGCAUAAUUUGACAAAUGAAUCCGUGUUCGACAAAUAUCAAGGGUUAGCUGUGGAUCAAAACAAUCCUGCAUCUUGACAAAAACAAUUUCCCGCCACCGCCCGCAAAACUCCCACAGUCCUUCUCUGUUUCUUUUUUUUUUUUCCCCGGCGACCCUCCUCUUGUCGCAGUAAUACAUGUCAAUGAGGGUGAAGAACAACAGCGCAGGACCGAGCAGAAGUUUGUUAACCAACAUCUGCUGCCACGCGGUCUUCUGUCGUUAGAGAUUAAUGGCGUGUUAAAUAAACCGCUGCUGCUGGAACAAUGUCAAUGUCAGAGCGAAUUUGCUGUGAAGGAAAAAAAAAAAAAGCUACAUACAUGCCCAGGUAGAUGACAAAGCCAUUACUGUAUGUACUUAACUUGAAUGAGAUGAUGUGUGCAAGGGAAAUAUGCUGUAACCAGAAGUUUACUACCAAACACUUGGGGUGGAUGUUUGUGUGGAAAACAUUUACAGGGUUUUUCUGCUGUGAAAUGCUCCUUUACGACAUAAUAUCUGCUCUAUUAUUUUUCAUUCUGCAUAACUCGCUGUGCGUCUGUCUGUUGUCUCUGGACUUUUCAUCAAUUGAGACAAUCAAUACAGUCAAUGAGUCAAUAAAUACAGUCUGCUCCACAUCA